GUUCCCAGCCUGGACGCCUCGGCUGGAGGGACUGCUGUUACGAGGAAAACUACAAAACUACACGGCGGCAUAGGCCUGUAGUUUUGUUUUUUUCUUUGGGGUUCCUUUGAGGCUCAACUGUUCCCCUUUUGGAUUUUCUGACUCCGUUUUCUGGAUAAAGAUUUUAGAUUUCCUGCUGAGCGCCCAAAUCUGGGCUUCCCAGGCAUCCUUGUCCAGACAAGGUGCCAGCCAACAUGUCAACACAAGCACCGACAUUCACACAGCCGCUACAGAGCGUCGUGGCACUUGAGGGUAGUGCCGCGACGUUUGAGGCUCAAAUUAGUGGUUCUCCAGUUCCUGAGGUGAGCUGGUUCCGCGAUGGCCAGGUUCUUUCCACCACCACUCUGCCAGGUAUACAGAUCUUGUUCAGCGAUGGCCGCGCUGUUCUGAGGAUUCCUGCUGUGACGGCUGCACACAGCGGAAGGUUUUCUGUUAGAGCCACGAACGGAGCUGGACAAGCCACAAGCACCGCUGAACUCCUCGUUACAGUGGAGACGGCGCCUCCAAAUUUCCUUCAAAGACUUCAGAGUUUAACAGUGAGACAAGGCAGCCAGGUGAGGCUGGAUGUGCGAGUGACAGGAAUCCCAACACCAGCUGUGAAGUUCUACAGAGAAGGGGCCGAGAUUCAGAGCUCGGCCGACUUCAGGAUCCUCCAAGAUGGAGACCUGUAUACUUUGUUGAUCGCUGAAGCCUUCCCAGAGGACUCUGGGACAUAUUCUGUGACUGCCACCAACAACAGCGGACGGGCCACCUCCACUGCCGAAUUGCUAGUUCAGGGUGAGGAAGCUGUGCCAGCUAAGAAACUGAAGACUGUUUCCACAUCCCAAAUAUCGGCUUCCCAGAGCAGAGUACAGAGGGUGGAGACUAGUUUCCAGGCCUCCACUAAGAGGGAGAUCCAUGUAGGAGAAGGAAUGAUCACUCAGCAUUUGGCUCACAAAACCCCCCCACGGGUUCCUCCAAAGCCGACCUCCAAGUCCCCGCCGUCCUAUGUUUCCAAGGUGACGGCAGGACGUCAGCAGUCCCCUUCGCCUGUCAGACAUGUGAAAGGGCCAACACCGACACCUGUCAGACCAGUGUCUCCAUCCACCAAACUGUCUGUUUCUCCCAUCCGACCAGUCAAGUCUCCCAUCAUGACCAGGAAACAGGUCAGAGCAUCUAUCUGGAGUCCACUUUCACUGUCAAGAUGCUGUAACAGUGACUUAGUGUACAUGCCUCGGUUUGUUUGGCUUUUCAGUUUGCUCAUCAGCAAAUACCAAAAAAACAUGAAAUGCUGCAUAUUCCAUGUAUUUAACUGUAUUAGUGCCAUCUUCAGGUGUGCGGUAGCAACACAAUUAGUGACUCUGAUUUUCAAUACCAGCUACGUAACCUCAAUCGACUACUUGCAGGUAUCUACCUCUGCAGAGGUUCUGCCGCCCUGGAAACAGGGAGACUACGCGACUGAGGCGAGCUAUACCAGCAUGGCAAGCAUGACCGCUGUCAGCAGCACCACUCAGCUUCACAUGGAGAAGCACUGGGAGCAGCAGGUGGCUGCCACCAGAGAGGAUGAGGGAGAAAAAAAGGCUGAGGCAGUGGCUACAGUGGUGGCCGCUGUUGACCUUGCUCGUGUCCUCAAGCCUGUGCAUGGGGAGGGUGUUCGGAAAGAGGAAGAGGAGGAUGUGGAGUUGAGGAUAAAGCAACAGGCGGCAGCAACUGCAGAGAAACAAGUUAUUGCAACAAAAACACUUCCUACUGAGCCUGCUGUGUCUGCAGAGCAGCACAGAGUCCAGGUCUCUCAGAUUCAGAGAACAACAGAAAUCUUCUCCUGUGUGGACACUGGUGUCGUCCAGCCCCCAGUUCCACAUUUCACAGUUUCUAAAGUUUCUGUUCCUAAACAUGAACCUAGACAUGAGGUGUCCCUUGCUGGCUCUGCCAUCGCUACACUGCACAAAGAGCUAUCCUCCCCUUCAACUCCCAGAAAGAUCAUCAAGCCAGUCAAAUCUCCCAGUCCGUCUCGACAGGCGGCGGUGGAGGUUCAUGUGAUACCUGAGCCCUUCCCACCACCGUUCAGAGAUGUGCGAUAUAAGACUCAACUUGACAGCAGAGGCGCUUAUGCGUUUAGUGAGGAAGAAUUUGAGGAAUGGGAGCCUCAGGAGGUGGCUGCAGUGCCUACAAGAUCCCAGGAGCCUGUUGUUCCACCCACUCUUAUUGCUGGACUGAAGAACCUGACUGUGACCGAAGGUGAGUCAGUGACCUUGGAGUGCAAAAUCAGCAGUCACCCUUCCCCGGUCAUAAUCUGGUUCAGGGAGGACUACAAGAUCGAGAGCUCCAUUGACUUCCAGAUCAGCUACGAGCACGGAUUUGCCAGGUUGAUUAUUCGUGAGGCAUUUGCUGAAGACAGUGGCCGGUUUACCUGCACUGCCACCAAUGAAGCAGGAACUGUGAGCACCUCCUGCUACCUGCUUGUGAAAGUUUCAGAAGAAAUCGAAAGCAGAGAGGAAACAGCUGUCACAGACAUUGCAAUCACACAAGAAAAAACUGUUGCAGCUGAAACAAAGCUGCAGACAGUGACAGAGUUGAGCGCAGGAGAACCUGCAGCUCCGUUCUUCAUCAAGAAACCCACUGUGCAGAAGCUAGUGGAGGGAGGAAGUGUUGUGUUUGAAUGCCAGGUUGGAGGAAAUCCAAGACCUCACAUUAUCUGGAAAAAGAAUGGCGUGCUGCUUACCACUGGAUACAGAUACAAAGUUGCCUACAAGGAAACUGGAGAAUGUAAACUGGAGAUCUCGAUGACCUUUGCUGACGAUGCCGGAGAAUACUCCAUCUUUGCUAAAAAUCCCCACGGAGAAGCUUCAGCUUCCACCAGCCUGUUGGAGGAAGAGGAAUAUGAAGCACAUAUGAAGCAGCACGAUGUAACAUAUAAAACUGAAGUGACUACGUCAGUGGUUCAGGAACCCUCCGUGGUCGUGAGUCAGUAUGAAUUGGAACAGAGGAGGACAAUAACCCCGAUGAGCUUUGUCUCAGAAACGGAAUUCCUCAUUUCAGCCUUUGAGGAGAGGAUAAUACAGAAGAUCGAACUGUGUAUCAUGAGAAUUACUUACAGAGAGCUUGUGGCAGAGGACGGAGAGCUGGUAGUGACUAUAGCAGAUGAGGAGGCAGUGCAGCCAGCCUUUGACACACCAGUGAAAAACUACAGGAUCAUGGAGGGAGUGGGAGUCACUUUCCACUGCAAGAUGGUUGGAAAACCACUGCCAAAGAUUGCCUGGUACAAAGAUGGCCAGCGCAUCAGGCCCAGUGCGCGUUACCAAAUUGAAGUUCUUCAAGAUGGGCGAGCCAGUCUUCGUAUGCCUGUGGUGCUGCCAGAGGAUGAAGGCGUGUACACUGCUUUUGCCACAAACAUGAAGGGAAAUGCAGUCAGCUCUGGAAAGCUUUAUGUGGAGCCAUCCGAAGCUGUAACGCCGCAGAGAUACACACCACAGCCAGCAGUACAGAGGAUAAGAUCGACAUCUCCUCGUUCUCUGAGCCGCUCCCCAGGGCGUUCUUCCAGCCGAUCUCCUCGCCAGUCUCCUGCCCGUCGAUUUGACGAAACAGAUGAGGCUCAGCUUGAAAGACUAUACAAACCUGUAUUUGUCAUGAAGCCCUCCUCAAUAAAAUGUUCUGAGGGGCAAACUGCCCGAUUUGAUUUGAAAGUUGUUGGCAGGCCAAUGCCUGACACAUACUGGUUCCACAAUGGACAACAAGUGAUCAAUGAUAACACACACAAGAUAGUGAUUAAAGAGGAUGGUACUCAGUCCCUGAUCAUUGUCCCAGCCCUACCACAAGACUCUGGAGAGUGGACGGUUGUUGCUCAGAAUAGAGCUGGACGGGCAUCUCUCAAUGUAACUCUUACUGUUGAUGCUCAAGAAACCCUGGCACGUCCUCAAUUUGUUGAAAAGCUGAAAAACAUCACUGUAAAGCAGGGCACUCUGGUUGAGUUGGCUGUCAAAGCCAUUGGAAACCCCCUGCCAGACAUUGUGUGGCUGAAAAACAGUGACAUCAUCACCCCACACAAGCAUCCACAGAUAAAGAUUGAUGGCACCAAAGGAGAAGCCAAAUUCCAGAUUCCAUCUGCUUCAGGCUCAGACAGCGCCUGGUACACUGCUACAGCCAUCAACAAGGCUGGUAGAGACACCACUCGUUGCAGAGUCAAUGUUGAGGUGGACUUUGCUGCCCCUCAAACCGAGAGGAAGCUCAUUAUUCCUAGAGGAACCUACAAAGCUAAAGAGAUUGCAGCACCCGAGUUGGAGCCGCUUCAUUUGCGAUACGGCCAAGAGCAGUGGGAGGAGGGUGAUCUUUAUGACAAGGAGAAGCAACAGAAACCACAAUUCAAGAAGAAGUUGACAUCUAUCAGAAUGAAGUGUUUUGGACCAGCCCAUUUUGAGUGUAGACUCACUCCUAUUGGUGACCCCAAUAUGGUAGUGGAGUGGCUGCAUGAUGGCAAACCUCUGGCUGCUGCUAAUAGGUUGCAUAUGGUCAAUGAAUUUGGAUACUGCAGCCUUGAUUAUGAAGUUGCUUAUGCUAGGGACAGUGGUGUUAUUACUUGCAGAGCCACAAACAAAUGUGGAGUUGACCAGACCUCAGCCACCCUGAUUGUCAAGGAUGAGAAGGGACUUGUUGAGGAAACACAACUUCCUGAAGGCAGGAAAGGAGCAUAUAGGAUGGAUGAGAUUGAGCGCAUGGCUCAUGAGGGAGGACCUGCAGGAGUCGGCGCUGAUGAAGAAUCUGAAAAGACAAAACCUGAUAUUGUCUUGCUUCCUGAACCAGCAAGAGUGCUGGAAGGCAACAUUGCACGAUUCCGCUGCAGAGUAACUGGUUAUCCAGCACCAAAGGUUAAUUGGUACCUCAACGGACAACUUAUCCGCAAAAGCAAGAGAUAUAGACUCCGUUAUGAUGGUAUUUACUAUUUAGAGAUUGUUGACAUCAAGUCCUAUGACUCAGGAGAGGUUAGGGUGGUUGCUGACAAUCCUUUAGGAACAGCUGAGCACACAGUAAAGCUAGAGAUCCAGCAGAGGGAAGACUUUAGAUCUGUCCUGCGUCGUGCACCAGAACCAAAACUUGCAGAGGCUACACACGAGCCUGGCAAGAUUGGAUUUGAUAUUGUGAAGAUGGACCGACCUAGUGAGGCUUCACAAGACAGGGAAGUGGUUAAGCUGCGUAAGACACAGAGAAUUCUUCAUGAGAAAACUUCAGAGGAGUCUGAAGAACUGAAGAGCAAGUUCAAGCGCAGAACAGAGGAGGGUUUCUAUGAGUCUAUCUCGGCUGUAGAGCUUAAGUCUCGCAGGAGGGAUGACUCUUAUGAAGACCUAUUGAAGAAGACUAAAGAGGAGCUGCUCCAUCACAUGAAAGAGAAAGAAGAAGCUGAAAGGAAGAGGAUGGAGGAAGAGGGUAAACUCACUAUCCCCACAAUAAAACCUGAACGGGUCCUGCUCUCUCCCAGCAUGGAAGCACCCAAGAUCCUGGAACGCAUUGCAAGCAAGACUGUUGCUCCAAUGGAUGAGGUUCGUUUCAGAGUCAGAGUAGUUGGUAGACCAGAACCUGAGUGUCAGUGGUUCAAGAAUGGCAUUCAGCUGGAAAAGUCUGACCGUAUUUACUGGUACUGGCCUGAGGACAAUGUAUGUGAAUUGGUCAUAAGAGAUGUCGAAACACAAGAUUCUGCUAGCAUCAUGGUUAAGGCCAUUAAUAUUGCUGGGGAGUCCUCAAGUCAUGCCUUCCUGCUUGUACAAGCCAAGACAGCAGUUAGCUUUACCCAAAACUUGGAGGAUACGAGUGCCAAGGAGAAGGAUACCAUGGUGACCUUUGAGUGUGAAACCAAUGAACCCUUCGUCAGAGUCAAAUGGUUUAAGAACAACACGGAGAUCUUCUCAGGAGACAAAUACAGAAUGCACUCUGACAGAAAAGUCCACUUCCUAUCUGUGCUAAUGAUUGAAAUGAGGGAUGACGCAGAAUACACCUGUGUGAUUGCAGAUGAUGAAAACAUAAGAACGAGUGCAAGGCUUCACGUGGAAGGUGCUGCUCUCGAGCUCAUCAAACAAAUGGAGAACAUUGAGGUACCAGAAUCCUAUGCUGGCGAGUUUGAGGUCGAGUUAUCUCGUGAAGAUGCUGAGGGCAGCUGGCUCUUUGGAGACAAAGUUCUCUCACCCAGCAAUAAAUACAUCAUAUCGUCACGUCGAGGAAGACACACUUUGUCUGUCAAGGAUGUCAGGAAAGAGGACCAGGGAAAAUACACCUUUGUAUGCGGUGAUCUGAAGACCAGUGCCUCACUAAAAAUGAAACUGCGUCCAGUGACACUGAUGCAGCCCCUGACUGAUCUGAUAGUCUGUGAGGGUGAUAUUGCUCAGCUGGAGGUCAGGUUUUCCCAAGAGAAUGUUGAGGGAACCUGGAUGAAGAACGGCCAGGCCAUUUCUGCCUCGGAACGUAUCCACAUUGUCAUUGACAAGAUGGUUCACAAGCUGCUGGUGGAGAAUAUCAGCACAGAAGAUGCUGCCUUGUACUCUUUUGUGGUUCCUGCCCAGGACAUCUCCACCUCAGGCAAACUCAGUGUUCAAACUAUUGACAUUGUAGUGCCACUGAAGGAUGUAUCCUCUAUUGAAGGCACAAAGGCUGUCCUGGAGGCUAAGAUCUCUGCCCAGGACAUCAGCUCUGUCAAAUGGUACCAUAAUGACAAACUGUUGACGCCCAGUGACCGAAUCCAAAUGGUGGCAAAGGGCGCAAAGCAGCGGCUGGUCUUCACCAGAACCUUUGCAUCUGAUCAGGGUCACUAUAAACUAGUUGUUGGCAAGGUUGACACCAGCUGUAGCCUGACGGUUGAAGAGGUACACAUUGUGAAACACAUGGAGGACAAAGUGUGUUCAGAGUCCCAGAAUGUGACGUUUAAUGUUGAAGUCUCUCACCCUGGAAUUGACUCAGUCUGGACAUUCAGGAACCAGCAAAUCAAACCUGGACCCAAAUCCAAGAUUGAGUCAAAGGGAAAGGCUCACUCUCUGACAGUCAUUGACGCCAUGAAAGAUGAGGAGGGCCAGUACAUGUUUCAUGCUGGUGAAAAGACAUCUAGUGCCAAGCUUACUGUCUCUGGUGGAGCCAUUACACGGCCCCUGCAGGAUGUGACAGUGGCGGAGUCUCAGACUGCUGAGCUUGAGUGUGAAGUUGCAAAUGCCAAUGCUGAGGGCAAGUGGCUUAAGGAGGGCCAGCCCAUUGACUUCAAUGAGAAUGUGGUGAGUGAGGUGAACGGAGCCAUCAGGCGCCUCAUCAUCAACAUUACCAGGCCACAGGAUGUCGGAGAGUAUACCUACCAGGUGGCCAACUCCAAAACUACAGCUAAUCUCAGGGUGGAGGGAGUGAAGAUCAAGAAAACUCUGAGGAACCAGACCGUGACGGAGACCCAGGAAGCAGUGUUCACACUGGAGCUCACACACCCCGAUGUGAAAGGAUCCCAGUGGAUUAAGAACGGGGUGGAACUGCAAAACAGCGAAAAGUACGAGAUCGUCUCCAGUGGCGUGGUCCAAACGCUGAAGGUCAAGGACUGCAACAUACAGGACGAGUCUGUUUACUCCUUCAAACUUGGAAAACUUUCUGCCAAUGCCAGACUCAACGUAGAGAAAAUCAAAAUUGUGAAGAAGAUAAAAGAUGCGACGUCUCUGUUGGAUGGCACAGCCUCCUUUGAGAUGAGCCUCUCACAUGACAACAUCCCUGUUAGGUGGAUGUUUAAAGGUUUGGAGCUGAAGUCAAGUGAGAAGUGCAAGAUUCUGUCUGAGAGGAAAGCACACAAACUGAUCCUGAAGAAUCUGGACAGCAGCGAUGCAGGAGAGUACGUGGCUGUGGUUGGACACUUGCAGUGCAGUGCUGUACUCACCGUGGAGGCUCUGCAGGUCACUAAACCCAUGAAAAGUGUGGAGGUACCAGAGACUCAAGUGGCCACAUUCGAGUGUGAAGUCUCCCACUUCAAUGUGCCGUCCACCUGGCUGAAGAACGGAGUGGAGAUUGAGAUGAGUGACAAGUUCAGGAUUGUGGUUCAGGGAAAACUCCAUCAGCUGAAGAUCAUGAACACCAGCAGGGACGACUCUGCAGAGUACACCUUCAUUUGUGGCAACGACCAAGUGUCUGCAACACUCACCGUCAACCCGGUUCUGAUCACCUCCAUGCUGAAGGACCUGAAUGCCCAAGAGAGAGACACUAUCACCUUUGAGGUCACCGUCAACUAUGAAGGCAUCACGUACAAAUGGCUGAAGAACGGCGUGGAAAUGAAGUCGUCGGACAGGUGCCAGGUCCGCAGUCGGCAGCUUACGCACUCCCUCACCAUCCGAAACGUUCACUUUGGAGACGGAGGAGAGUACAAGUUUGUGGCCGGCUCUGCUGCCACCACUGCUAAUCUCUUUGUCGAAGCUCGUGUGAUUGAAUUCACCAAGAAGAUCAAGGACAUAAAGAUCACAGAGAAGAAGAAGGCGAUUUUUGAGUGUGAGGUUUCUGAGCCAAACAUCCAGGUGAUGUGGAUGAAGGACGGUCAGGAGAUGGACAUGUCUGAGGAAAGGUAUAUUGUGACAGCAGAGAAGUAUGUUCACCGCCUCGUGAUCCAGACGGUUCGAAUGUCUGAUGCUGGGGAAUAUUCAGUGGUAGCUGGAUCAAGCGUCUCCAAGGCCCGGCUCACAGUGGAGGGUCGCGACAUUCGGAUCUCGGAACCUCCUGAGCGGGAAAUUACGGUUCUGGAGAAACACCGUGCAACCUUUGAGUUUGAAGUGAAUGAAGAAGAUGUGGAGGGUCACUGGCUGAAGAACGGUGUGGAGAUCCAGUUCUCGAUGGAAGAACGAUUUAACUACGUGACCAUCAGGAAGCUGCAUCGCCUCACCAUCUCAGAGACCUACAGGAGUGAUGCUGGGGAGUACACCUUCAUCGCUGGCAAAAAUAGAAGCACCAUGCAGCUUCGAAUAAACAUCCCCGAGCCUCCUCAGAUCCUUCGCCACAUGGAGCCCCAGUCGGUGGAGGCUGGAAAACCAGCUCGCUUCUCAGUCCAGGUGAGCGGUGUUCCCCAGCCUCAGGUCUUCUGGUACAAAAACUCCCAGGCUCUCUCCGCUGGCUUCAAGUGCAAGUUCCUGCACGAUGGCAACGAGCACACACUGCUGCUCAUCGAGGUCUUUCCUGAAGACGCUGCUGUCUACACCUGUGAGGCCAAGAACGAGUAUGGCACUGCCACAAGCACUGCAACACUCAAUGUUGAAGUUUCAGAGGUGGUUUCUCCAGACUCCCCCGCCACUGUUGCUCCCCCUGUCAUCAUCUCACCCAUGGCCAGCACUUCAGCCUGCGAGGGCGCACCAGCUUGCUUCCAGUGCAAAGUCCGUGGAGAUGAUGUGAAGAUAAGCUGGUUCCACAAGAAAAAGGAAAUCAAACAGUCCGAAUUCUUCAGGAUAUCUCAGUUUGAUGACAGCUGUCAGCUGGAGAUCUCCAGGGUUUAUCCAGAGGACGAGGGCGAGUAUACCUGCAUGGCCACAAACAAUGGAGGGACGGUGUCCUGCUCUGCAACUCUUACAUUAGACGUGACUCACGUGAGAGAGCAGGCUGAAACCAAGACUGAGCUGGAAGUCAAAGUGCCCCCUGUCUUUAGGCAGAAAAUCACACCUCUGGAGAUAAAUGUCGGCAGUCACACCAAGUUUGAAUGUGAGAUUGAAGAAGCUCCGGACGUGGCGUUCAAAUGGUACAAAUCUGGCACCGAAAUCAGACAGAGUGAAAAGUAUCGGAUCGUCAGCCACCACACUAGUUCCUCUUUAGAGCUCCUGAACCCUGUCAAAGCUGAUAGUGGAGAAUACACCUGCAAAGCUUCAAAUCAACACGGCACAGACAGCUGCACUGCCUCGCUCAUUGUCACCGAGAUGUACCCACCAGUAUUUGUAUCAAAACCAGACCCAAUGACUUUAUAUGUGGGAAAACAAGCUGUGUUCCAGUGCUCACUUACUGGAUCCUCGCCUAUGGAAGUUGUCUGGCACAAGGACAACAUAACAAUUUCCUCUGAAGGGAACUAUGUCAUGAAAUGUGAAAAGAACAAGUAUUCCCUUCACAUUAAAAGUCUUGAACUGACUGAUCAGGGAGUGUACCUGUGCAAGGCUUCCAACAGUGUUGGUGUAGCUACUUUUGCAGUAGAACUCAAGGUUAUUGACAAGCCCCGGUUUGUUACGGUCAUUGAGCCAGUAUCUGCAGCUGUUAAUGACCCACUGAGGCUGGAGUGCCACGUGAAUGAGGACACUGGUGUGGCUGUCACCUGGACCAGGGAUGGCAAAAAAGUCCACCAGAGUAUGGAGUGUAAACUGUCCUUUGAGGACAAGGUCGCUGUUCUGGAGAUCCCCAAGUCCAAACUAAAGGACUCUGGGAAAUAUGUGUGCACAGCUGCAAACGAGGCUGGCAGCUCCUCCUGUGAGGCUGUGGUAACAGUUCAAGAGCGCCCUGCCUUUGUGAAGAAAAUGGAAUCUAAGCUCACGUGGAAACAGGGCAUAGCUGCACGCUUACAGUGCACAAUCAAAGGAUCGCCUGAACUUCACAUCCACUGGUUCUGGAAUGAAAGAGAGCUGAGUAAUGGAGACAAAUAUAAAAUAUCUUUCAAGAGUGGAGUUGCUACUGUGGAGAUCAUGAACCUUCUGGUCACAGACAGUGGCAGAUACACCUGUGAGGUGUCAAAUAAUGCUGGGAGUGAAAGCUGCAGUACUCUUUUAGCUGUUAAAGAGCCACCGUGCAUUAGAAAAGACCUGCAGACAGUAGAGGCAGUGAAGGGAGCAGCUGCUCACCUGGAGUGCGAGGUCACAGGAACAGCUCCUUUUGAAAUCACUUGGGUAAAAAAUAAGAAACCCAUCACCAGUGAUCAGAAAUAUAAAUUGAUUUCCCAAGACUCAAUAGCAAGGCUGGAGAUUCAAACAUUUGACACUACAGAUAUUGGAGAUUAUCAGUGUGUCAUAUCAAAUGAUGUGGGAAAAGUCACCACUAAGGCUAUGGCUAAACUUAAAGAUCCACCAACUUUCUCAAAAAGGGUUGAGAGUGUUACAGCAGUCUUGGGAAAUACAGUAAAACUACAAGGAAUGAUUAAAGGUUCAACUCCCAUCACUGUGAAAUGGAUGAAAGACUCCAAGAUGCUAAGAGAUGAUGAUCCAAAUAUCAAGAUGGUUUUUGAGAACGGUGUUGUGAGUUUGUCGAUAACAACAGUUGCCAUCAGCCAUGGUGGCAAGUAUUCAUGCCAAGCGGAGAACGAGGCUGGGCAACAAAAGUGUGAAGCGAUCUUGACUGUGCAAGAACCUGCCAGGAUUGUAGAACCUGCAGAGUCCAUUAGUGUGACGGCAGGGGACUCAGCCGCAUUGGAGUGCACGGUCUCUGGAAGCCCAGAUCUCAAAGUGAAAUGGUUUAAAGAUGGGAAGGAGAUCAUUAGUGGCCGUAAAUAUAAGAUGACUCUGAAGGAUAAUAUUGCCACCCUGAAAAUUCUUACUGCAGAAAAAGGAGAUACUUCAGAGUAUAAAAUGGAAGUGGCAAAUAAAGUCGGGAAAGACCAGUGCACAUGCUCAGUCACUGUUUUAGAUCGGAUAAUGCCUCCAGCUUUCACCAAGUCGCUGAAAAGAGUUGACGGUAACAUUGAUAAUCCUGUCUCCAUGGAUUGCAAGGUGUCUGGGUCACAGCCCAUGACCGUGACUUGGUUCAAAGACGACCAGGAGAUUGUUUCUGGAGACAAAUUCCAGCCUGAAUUUAAAGACAGCUCUGCUAUACUGAGAAUCAUGUGGCUAGAAAAGGCUGACUCUGGUGUUUACAAAUGCAGAGCCACCAACUCAGCUGGCUUUAAAGAAACCAGUGGCACGCUCUAUGUGAAAGAACCCCCAGCGUUCACAGUGAAACCACACGACCAGGAUGUUAUUCCAGGAACUACAGUUUCCUUAAGAACAGCAUUCACUGGAACAGCUCCUUUAACUGUGAAGUGGUUCAGGGAAGAAAAAGAGAUAAUUACAGGAGGCACUUAUUUCAUUAAAAAAGAUGCCUCUUCAAGCUCUUUGGAGCUUCACUCUGUAAAGCCCACUGAUACCUCGAAAUACACGUGCGAAGUGUCCAACGACGCUGGGAAGGUAGACUGCACGGUAGUCCUCUUUGUGAAAGAACCUCCCGUGUUUGUGAGGAAACCCGAGGCAACCAAGCUCAUCACCAGUGGUGACUCUGCCAGGCUGGAGUGCAAAGUAACUGGCAGCCCAGUCAUCAGUUUCAAAUGGUUCAAGGAUGAAAUGGAGAUCAGUGGCAGUACUAAAUACACAAUGAGCUUGAUCGACUUGAUGGCAACUCUAGAAAUAGCUAAUUGUACAGUAGAGGACACUGGAGAUUAUGUGUGUGUGGCAUCAAGUGAGGCUGGAAGUGACCGUUGCACCUGCACAGUUAUAGUCAAAGAACCGCCAUUGUUUCUGCGUAGCUUGGAGCACAAGGACGUGGUGAAAGGUUCUGAGCUGAUGCUAGAGUGCCAAGUCUCUGGUUCUGCUCCUUUUACUGUGUCAUUUCAUAAAAACUCCAAAUUGAUUCGGAACGACAAAAGACACAGGAUUACUGUGAAAGAUGACCUGCUGGCACUUCAGGUUCUGGCAGUAGAAACAGGAGAUGUUGGUUUGUACCAGUGUAGUGUUGAGAAUGAAGUGGGAAGGGCCUCCUGUGAUUGUCACGUAACGCUAAAAGAACCACCAUCAUUUGUUCGAAAGCUGGAGAACCUCAGCUCAUUGGCUGGCAGCGAGGUUUCUCUCAUUUGCAGUCUGAAAGGUUCUGAGCCCAUAACUGUGGCCUGGCUAAAAGACAACCAUGAGCUCAAAGAGGCUGAAAACAUUCAGAUUACAUAUGAGAACAAGACUGCGCUACUGCAGAUCACCAACUUACAGAGCAGUCACUGUGGUAAAUACUCUUGCCAGGUGCAGAAUCAGGCUGGCAGCCAGACAUGCUCUGCUGUGCUGACAGUCAAAGAACCAGCAAAAAUCACAGAAGAGGUAAAGUCUAUCAGUGUGACUCAGGGGGAUCCGGCUACUCUGGAAGCCAGGUUCUCAGGCACAAAACCCCUGAAGGUCAGAUGGCUAAAGGCUGGCAAGGAGCUGACCUCAGGCCAGAGAUAUAAAGUACAGAGCAAAGAUACCAGUUCUGUGUUGAAGAUUAUUAAAACUCAGAAAAGUGAUGGUGGUGAAUAUGUCUUUGAGGUUUCAAACGAUGUUGGACAAAGUUCGUGUGAUGCCACACUCACCAUUCUCGAUCAAAUAAUUCCUCCGUCUUUUACAAGAAAACUGAAACAGACAGAGGGUGUCAAAGGAUCAUUUGCGCAUCUGGAGUGUCUCGUGUCUGGUUCUCUUCCAAUAACCAUACAGUGGUACAAAGAUGAGAAAGAGAUCCAAACCGAUGACAAACACAAAUGCACAUUCUUUGAAAAUGUUCCGUUUCUAGAAAUCUCCAAUCUUGACACUAAAGACAGUGGCAAUUAUACCUGCAUUGCUACAAAUAAAGCAGGAACGGUCCAGUGCUCUGGAGUCUUAUUUGUGAAAGAAUCCCCGUGCAUUCUUGAAAAACCUGAAUCCAUAAAUGUUUUGCCUGGCUCAAAAGUCCAAUUUAGUGUACUGUUCUCUGGCACACCACCACUCACCACCAAAUGGUUUAAAAGCAGUAAAGAGAUCCUGUCCAGUGCUGACUGGUCAGUGAUCAAAGAUAACACCUCGAGCACACUGGAACUCUUCUUCGCAAAAACCACAGAUUCUGGAGACUAUGUCUGCCAAAUACAGAACGAUGUUGGCUCCGCUUCAUGCCAAGCAACACUCUUUGUCAAAGUGCCUCCAAAGUUUACACAGAUCCCAGCCCGUGUGUCUGUAGUUUGUCCUGGUCAGAGUAAGGUUUUUGAGUGCCAGGUGACCGGCACACCUGAGAUUGACAUCUACUGGUUCAAAGAAGGCUCUGAAAUCAGCCCCACUGAUCACUAUAAGAUGGCCUUUGUCAACUCUGUGGCAACACUGGAAGUCUGUGGGGCUGAAGUUAAACAUAGUGGGCUUUACUACUGCGAAGCUCGUAAUGAAGCUGGCAGUGAGAGCUGCAGCAUGGAGUUGAAGGUCAAAGAACCGCCAUCAUUUAUUAGAGAACUGGCUCGAGCUGAUGUUGUGAAGGGCUCCACUGCCAUGUUAGAGUGUCAAGUUGCUGGGACGGGUCCCUUUGAGAUAACAUGGCACAAAGAUGGAAAGGAGCUCAAACCCAGUGCUAAACAUGCCUUCUCUCAGUUAAAUGACACUGUGUGUCUUGAAGUGCACAAAUGUGAUGCUGUAGAUAUUGGUGAAUAUCAAUGCACUGUUGCUAACGAGGUGGAAAGCUGUACUUGUAAGACUACACUAAGCCUCAAAGAACCACCAACAUUCAUCAAGACAAUUGAGAACACUGCUACUGUUCUGGGUAAAAUGGCAGAGUUUCAGUGCAUUGUGAAAGGCUCUCCCAUCACCUCUGUACAGUGGAAAAAAGAUGAGAAUUGGAUAUUGGAGGAUCCAAAGAUUCAGAGAACAUUUGAAAGCAAUGUGGCUACACUCCGGAUCCCUGCCUGUGAGGCGAUACACAGUGGCAAAUACACCUGCCAGGUGGUAAAUGAGGCUGGGCAGGAUAAGUGUUUUGCCGCCCUCACAGUGCAAGUGCCUCCGCAGAUCACAGAGAAACCUGAGGUGGUAAAGGUUACAGUUGGAGAUCCAGUCAGUCUGGACUGUAAGGUUACAGGCUCCCCUGAACUCAGGGUGAAAUGGAUGAAAGAUGGCAGGGAGCUCAAGUCCAUCAGGCAGCACAAGCUGAUCUUUGAGAACAAUAUCAGCAGCUUAAAGAUUCAGGCUGCGCAGACAGAGGAUGAAGGAGAGUAUGUCUUUGAGGUGGUAAACUACAUCAGUAGCUGUACCUGCAAAGUCAAGCUAAUUGUAUUAGAGCAAGUAAUUGCCCCAAGCUUCAUCAAACCCCUGGUAGACAUGCACGAGAUAUUGGGGUCCUUUGUUCAGAUAUGUUGCAAAAUAUCUGGUUCUCUCCCCAUCUCUGUGGAAUGGAAGAAAGAUGGAACCAAAAUCUCUAGUGGUCUAAAGCACAAGCUCAUUCAGCAGGACAACUCUGUGUCCAUUGAAAUUGAACAGCUAGAGAGAGCUGACGCAGGGUUAUACUCUUGCAAACUGACUAACGCAGCAGGAAGCUGUGAAUGCAGUGGGUCCAUCGUGAUCAAAGAACCUCCAAGCUUUGUGACAGUGCCCGAGUCGCAGACAGCUCUACCCAAAGCCACUGCACGUUUCAAAGGCACUUUUAAGGGAACUCCUCCCUUCACAGUCAAAUGGUUUAAGGACGACACAGAGCUUAUGACUGGGCCUACUUGUUUAAUAGGGCUUGAUGGGCUGUCCUGUUUCUUAGAGCUCUAUUCAGUGGGCGUCACACAGAGUGGAGUCUACUCUUGCCAAGUCAGCAAUGAUGCUGGCUCCGUACACUGUAGUGCAAACCUGACAGUAAAAGAACCACCUGAAUUUCUACUGAAACUCCCUGCCAAUAAGUUUUUGAAGCAGGGUGAGUCACUCCGCCUGGAGUGCAAAGUCAGUGGCACAGUCCCUCUGAAAAUUACCUGGUUCAAAAACGACACCAAAGUUACAGACGGUGGCAACUACAGGACGUCGUUUGUUGACUCAGUAGCAGUGCUAGAACUGGUCUCCACUAGUUUUGAGGAUGAUGGAGUUUACACCUGUGAGGCUCAGAAUGAUGCUGGCAGUGUGAGCUGCAGCACUACACUUACCAUUAAAGACCCCCCAUCUUUUGUCAAAAUACCCCAGCCUGUUGAAGGGCUGAAGGGUAAGGACGUAAGUUUGUACUGCGAGAUCAGUGGUACAGCUCCAUUCCAGAUCACCUGGUUUAAAGACAGAAAACCUCUCAUGGAGAGCAGGAAGUUUAAGCUGGUGAGCGAGGGCAGCUCAGCCACACUGCAUGUCAUUGGAAUAGAGCCCUCAGACGCCGGCGAAUACGAGUGCAAAGUGUCAAACAGUGUAGGAAGCGAUACCUGCCAGACAUCAAUUAAACUCAGAGAGCCACCAUCAUUUGUGAAGAGACUGUCAAACAUUACAGUGAUACUGGGAGGGGAGGUGACCCUUGUGGCCACUGUUAAAGGCUCUGAACCCAUUACUGUGUCCUGGGUUCAAGACAAGGAUCACAUUCUCAGGGACAGUGACAACAGGAAAAUCACCUAUGAAAACAACCAGGUGGCAGUUAAAAUCUUUAACGCUGAUGCAACUACGGCAGGCAAAUAUACCUGCCAACUCAGAAACGAUGCUGGGAGUGUGGAGUGUUUCGCUAACUUGACUGUUCUAGAGCCUGCUAAAAUAGUGGACAAGCCGGAUGCUCUGAGUGUGACGGCAGGUGAUAUGGCUGCCCUGGAGGUCAAAGUGUGUGGAACCCCAGAGCUCAUACCCAAGUGGUUCAAAGAUGGUGCUGAGCUGGCUUCUGGGAGAAAAUACAAAAUCUCAUUUUCCCGGAUGAUUUCGAGCCUGAAUGUGCUGUCUGCUGAGAAAGUUGACUCUGGAGAAUACACAUUUGAGAUUAUGAAUGAAGUUGGGAAGGACCUGAGUAAAAUCAAUCUCACUGUUUUAGAUAAGACGAUUCCUCCAACAUUCUCACGGAAACUGAAAGACUAUACCACUGUUGUUGGAAAACCUUUAGAAAUAGAGUGCAAAGUGUCAGGCUCAUCUCCUUUUACCAUUUCAUGGUACCACAAUGACGAGGAGAUAAAGAGUGGGCCAAAUUAUGAGAUUUCAUUCAGUGACAACAACUGUACACUAAGGGUGCUCACGCUGAAGCUGGCUGACUCUGGAGCAUACAAAUGUAAGGCUGUCAACAAGGCGGGAACCACAGAAACUACAGCCUUCCUGGUUGUUCGAGAACCUCCAACGUUUGUGGUGCCACCGCAGCCAGUGGAGGCCAUGCCAGGCUCUAAUGUGACGUUCUCAGCCAUGGUGAAAGGCAGCGCCCCUCUCAAACUCAAGUGGUUCAGAGGGACGAAAGAGAUCGUAGCUGGACAUGGCUACGAUUUCUCCCUGGAUGAUAACAAAGUUCUAUUAGAGCUUUACAACGUGGACAAAUCUCAUGCUGGAGAGUACACCUGUCAGAUCAUUAAUGACGCAGGAAAAGAAAGCUAUCCAGUGAAUCUCACUGUCAAAGAGCCAGCAACUUUCUCAAAGAAGCUGAAGGACAUAUCAGUUGAGAAGGGCAAACCAUUAACCCUGGAGUGUACAUACACGGGCACCCCCAUGAUCACUGUGAGCUGGUACAAAGAUGGCCAGCAGAUCUUUGCUUCAUACAAAUACAACAUUACCACAACAGAAAGCUCCUGUAUCUUAGAGUGUCUCAGCACUGAUGACAAGGAGGCUGCAGGAAAAUACUGCUGCCAAGUGUGCAACGAUGCUGGGAAAGACACGUGUGAGGCAGUGGUUUCUAUCCUCGAGCCACCAUAUUUUACUGAGUCACUGGAGCCCAUGGAGGUGACAGCUGGAGAUGCUGUCUGUCUGAAAUGUCAGGUUGCAGGCACACCUGAGAUCAAGGUGUCCUGGUUCAAGGCUGAUGGCAAAGUCAGGUCUAGCCCCACCUGCAAGCUGGAGUACACAAAGGGUGUUGCCUGUUUGAAGCUAAGUAAAGCCACCAAGUCCGAUAUCGGAGAGUACACCUGCAAGGCAGAGAACAGGAUUGGCUCUGCUUCCUCCAGCUGCAGACUCAAUGUGCAAGAAGCUAAAACGCCACCAUCAUUCCCAAAGAAGAUCACCAGCCUGCAGCAAACUGAGGGCCAGCCAGUGCGCUUUGAGUGCCGCGUGGCUGGCUCAUUGCCCAUUGAGGUGUCCUGGCUGAAAGACAGCAAACCUCUGAGUCAGGGGGAGGAGUUUUCCAUGCUGUACGAUGAUAACACAGCUGUUCUGCAGAUCAACAACAGUGAGAUGAGGCACUCUGGGGAGUACACUUGCGUGGCCACCAACAGUGUGGGCUCAGCUUCAUGCAGAGCCAAGCUCACUCUGCAAGAACCCAGAUACCCUCCGGUAUUUGACAGGAAAUUGUCACUACAGGAGGUGACAGUGGGUGACAGCAUUGAGCUGGAAUGUCACAUGACUGGUUCUACCCCCAUUAAAGUCACUUGGUCCAAAGACCACAAAGAUAUUCGCUCUGGGGGGAAUUAUAAGAUUAGCUGUGUGGAUAAUACACCUCACCUGACCAUUCUGAAGGCAGAUAAAUCAGAUACAGGGAGGUACUUCUGCCACGCCUCUAAUGACAUGGGGAAGGACUCUUGUUCCUCUGAUAUCACUGUCAAAGAGCGCAAAAAUCCUCCAGUGUUCACCAAAAAGCCCUCAGAGCACAUCGAGGACAUGGAGGGCAAACUGGUGAAGAUUGAGGGCAGAGUCUCCGGGUCGCAGCCCAUUUCAGUCAGCUGGUUCAAAGAUGACAUGGAGAUACAGAGUUCUGACAAGUAUGACAUCAGCUUUAAGAGUAAUGUGGCAGUGCUGUGCAUUAAAAACAGCCAAGUGAUUGACAGCGGAAGGUACUCGUGCCAGGCCUCUAAUGAAGCUGGGAAAGCCUCCUGUGAUGUCACUGUUGGCAUCUCAGAGGCCAAGAAGCCCCCAGUGUUUGAUGUACCUCUCAAACCAGCAACUGUGGAUGACGGCGAAAAGCUAAUUCUCAGGUGCCAUGUCUGUGGAUCUUCCCCUCUGAAGAUCCAGUGGAUGAAGGACAGGAAGGAGUUGACACCAUCCAGCAGCACUAGAAUCAGCUUUUCUGAUGGCACAGCAUGUCUGGAGAUCAGCACAGUCUCUAAACUCAAUGCUGGUGACUACCUCUGCAAGGCUACCAAUGAGGCUGGCAGCGAAUUCUGCAAAGCCAAAGUCACUGUCAAAGAGAAACCUGGAGCAGCUCUGUCUCCUGCUGAAGCUCCAGCAGCUUCUCCAUCCAAAAAAAUGGACAAUCUGUUCUUCAUUGAAGAGCCUAAAACUGCACACGUUACCGAGAAGGGAACCGCCACCUUCAUCGCAAAGGUGGGUGGUGACCCCAUUCCCAGUGUGAAGUGGAUGAAAGGGAAGUGGAGGCAAGUGACCCAUGGUGGCCGGAUCUCCAUUGAACAGAAGGGCCAAGAGGCCAAACUGGAGAUCAAAGAAGUGACGAAAUCGGACUCUGGUCAGUACAGGUGUGUCGCCUCCAACAAACAUGGCGAGAUCGAGUGCAGUACUGACAUGCACGUAGAGGAAAAGAAGGACGUAGUGAUGCUUGAAGGAGACCUCCGCGCUAAACUGAAGAAAACUCCAUCAAAGCAAAAGAGCCCACAGGAGGAAAAAGACAUUGACAUAGUUGAGCUGUUGAGAAACGUGGACCCGAAAGAGUAUGAGAAAUACGCCCGGAUGUACGGUAUCACUGACUACCGAGGUCUACUGCAUGCAAUUGAGCAGCUCAAAAAAGAGAGAGCUGAAGAAAGUGGAAGACAAGAGGUAGACCGUGGAGACAGAGAGUCUGAUGAGGACAUGGCCAGGCUGGUGGCUGACCUGCAGAAGAGGAUGGAACGGACUGAGCCUGUCACUGUGGUGAAGGACAUUUCCAAUCAAUCUGUCUUCAUUAAUGAAGAAGCAAUGUUCGAGUGUGAGAUCAAGAUCAACUACCUAGAGAUCACGCUGUCCUGGUACAAAGGCACACAGAAACUUGAUACUAGUGACAAGUACAAUAUCACCAUCAGCGGCGACCGCCAUCUGCUCAGGAUCAAGAACUGCCAGUCAUCUGACCAGGGCAACUACAGGGUGGUGUGCGGGCCCCACAUAUCCAGUGCCAAGCUCAGUGUCAUGGAGGUGGAGGUUGAGAAACAUCUACAGGACACAAUGGGUAAGGAAGGCCAGUCAUGUACUAUGUCUUGUCAGAUGUCCAUCCCUAAUGUAGAGGCUCAGUGGUUUAAAAAUGGAAAGCAGUUAGAAAUGAAGGACAGGUACACAUCUGAGGUGAAACACAAGGUUCAGAAGCUACUGAUCAGAGACCUGAAGCCUGAAGACCAAGGAAGAUACACCUGCAAGUACCAACAGCUGGAGUCUUCAGCAGACCUCUGGGUGGAAGCUGAACAAAUUCAUUUCACCAAACGCAUCCACAACAUCGAAGUCAAUGAGCGACAGUCAGCCACCUUUGAGUGUGAAGUGUCCUUUGACAAUGCCAUUGUUUCAUGGUACAAAGACACCUGGGAACUGAAAGAGAGCCCUAAGUACAACUUCAGAAGCGAGGGCCGAAGACAUUUCAUGGUCAUUCAAAACGUGACCGUUGAAGACGAAGGCGUGUACUCAGUAAUUGUGAGGUUGGAACCCAGGGGAGAGGCUAAGAGCACAGCUGAGCUUUAUUUGUCUGGCAAAGAAAUUGAAUUAGCAAUGGUCCCCAUUGGUAGGUAUUUUAUUUUCAAGACCCUCGAUGACUUUAAUCAUUCAGGAACAUCUUUGGAAAACCUCUUUCUGCCCUCUUUAUCACAGUCAGAUAUGGACACAGUCCACCACUCUAGUUCACCACUGCAGGGUUUUACGAAUUCAGACACAAUCAAAAAUGAUCUGACUCUUACCAGGAAGGAGACCUUGGGGAAGACCAAGGACAAAUUGCCUGUCUUUAAGACGCCUCAGUCACCCACCCGAAGAGCUGGAGAUAUGCCAGAUUCCUCUGUUCAGAGGCCUGAAGUGCCUACGUCAGUUGCAAUUCAAGAAUCUUAUGAAUUCUAUCAUUAUGAAGAAGAGAUUGAAGCAGUUGUAAGAGUUGCCAUUGAGGAGACAAUGGAGACCAAACAAGUUCAAAUGAGAGAGGAAAUCCCAACAAAAGUUGAGGAAAGGCCUGAAGAGAAACCAACACCAGCAUCACCACAGAGAGAGCCUGAAGCCAGAAAGCAAGUGGAGGAAAAGAUUGCUGUGGUUUCAGUCCCAGAAAAGGAUGUUCCUGUUCCCAGAGAAACAGAGGAAGUUAAAAGGCCGACUGCUUCCCCACCUCCACCUACUGAGAAGCCUGGAGUGCCAAAGAAAGAUGAACCCAAGCCUCAGGUGCCAGCAGACUCCAAAGUAGUGGCCCCUAAAGCUAAGCCUGAAGCUGAGCCCAAGCCCAAACCCAAAGCAGAACCAGAAGCAAAGCCAGUGCCUACACCCAAAGCAGAACCAGAAGCAAAGCCAGUGCCUACACCCAAAGCAGAACCCAAGGUUAAACCUGAACAAAUCCCCGAGCAGGAGCCUGAAGCUAAACCAGUACCAGUAAAGAAAAUGGUGACGCCACCAUCCAAAGUCCCUGAAGAAGCUGCAAAACCAGAUCCAUCAAAGACCAGGCGCAAGCCAGCUGAAACCAGGCUAGAACCAGACAAACCUAAACCAGAAGCUCAUAAACCCGAGCCUUCUCUAACAAAACCAGAACCAAAAGAACCUGCAGUGGUUCCCAAGCCUGAACCUGAGGUGAAAAAAUCAGCAGAAAUAACAGCACCAAAGCCUGUGAAGCCAAAACCGGAACCCCCAGUGACCAAACCAGAACCAACUCCUGCACCAAAGGAACCUGCAAAAAAAGCAUCAGAAGAACCAGCAAAGAAGGAGGUUUCAUCUCCAAUCCAACCACCCCAACCUUCACUUGCACAACCAGAAAAGUUUGAGACAGAGGAACAAGCGCCACAGAAGAAACCUGUGGCAGUUAAAGUUCCUGUGGAGGAAAAAAUAACUGAGCUUCCAAAAGCAGCCAAGAAAGCAGAGCCUGCUGUCGUUCCACCAAAGGAAGAACCAACAAGGAAAGAGAAAGUACUUGUAAAGGAGAAGGAGUUGGUGCCAGAAAUCAAAGAAUCACUGGUAAAGCCAGCUGCUCCACAAAAAGUGAGCAAACCACAAGCUGCUGUUAAAGAUCAAGAAGCUGCCAAAAAGCCUGAAGUCACUGAUAAUGCCAAGUUGAAAAAGACAAUUACUCCACCAGAAGAAAAGCCAGUGGUCGUGACAAAGCCCGUUAUGGUGGCUGAAGAACCAACUAAGAUGAUUGCAGAGGAGGAAAAACCACUAACAAAAAAGAUAUCACCUGGAACAGAUGAAUCCAAGGGGCCAGUCCAAGCACCAGGAGGAGUCAAGAAAGAAACAGUUCUACACAAAAAAGGUCAAAAGGUCAAAUUGGAAGAGGAUGUGACGUUUGAGAUCCCCACGUUGAGAAAGACAACCAGGGUCAUGAGAGAGGUGGAAGAAGAACAAGAGAUUAUCAUAUUGAAGAAGAUCCCAUCAGUUCCACAAAAAGAGCCUGAACAAGAGGAAUUACCUCUGGUCACCAAGACCACAGUUGUUAAUGUUGAGGAGAUGGUACAUAAAGAAGAAGCUGCUGAGAUUAUGUUUGUCACCACGAGAUAUGAGGAGGAGAAGAAGCUAAAAGAGAAAGCAGAUGUGGUGAAAAAGCCAAAAGUUAUUCAACCUAAAGAAGCAAAGGAACAAAAAGAGACUCCUAAAGAUGCGUGGACCCGGCAGAAGCCUGGCCCAAAAGAUGAGAAACCCAAAGAUACCAUUUCUCUGAAGAAAACUCCCAAGACACCUAAGGAGGAGGAAAGUGCCCCACCCAGUACAGCCCUAAAGAAAGUUAAAAAAUUGCCUUUGGAUGAAGUGGAACCAGAAGUAGUCAAACUGAAACCCUUCGAGAAGCCUCUUAAACCAGCAGAGGAUCCAGAGAAAGACAAGAAGGAGAGGCCAGAGAAGGACACGUCACCUUUUCAGAAGGCGGAAAGGCUUCCCAGACAGGUGGAAACCACAGAACCUCCAAAGCAAUCUGAGAAAGAACCUGUUGAAUUAAAAGAGCCACCAGCCAAGGUGCCAAAACCAGGAGACCAAAAGAAAUCUCCAGAGAAGGAGCCUGAAGAGGACAAAAGGCCAAAAAAGGUGAAGAAGAUUCCAACAGUGGAACCAGAGAUAGAAACAGUCAAGUUGAAGCCCUUUGACAGGCUGGCCAAACAGGCUACAGAGCCUGAGAAGAAACCCGCAGAGGAGAAAGAAAGGAGGCCAACUGAUGAUCUGCCAAAACGUCACACAAGUCCAGCUGAGACCCCUGAAGAACGGAAACAACAGGCUAAACCAAAGAAACCUGAGAUCCCAGAAGCUCCAGAGAAGAAGCCGGUGAAACCGGAGAAGGUAGAUGUAGCUCCGUUGGAAAAGACCAUACUUCCUGUUCCAGCCCCCGCUGAGAAACCUGAAAAGGUUCUCGAGGAGAAAAAACCUCUGCAAGUGAAGAAAAAAGUGUUAUCAAAGGAAAAAGAGGAAGUAUCUCUAAAACCUGUAGAGCAGCUCAAGAAGGUAGAGCUCAAAAAGACUCCCUCCCCGAAAGUUGAGAAACUUAAAGAAGCAGAGACAGUUGCAGCUGAGAGAAGGCCAAGUCUUGACAAACUCAAAAAGCUUCCUAAAACUGUUUCACCCAAAGAAUCUAUUGAGGAUGUGAUUCUAAAAAAAGUCCCAAAGAAGCCUUUGGAAGAGGAAGCCAAGGUUAAGGAACCGGCAAAGCCUGAUGAAGGAAAGCUUCCCUUGGUAAAGGAAGUCUCUCCUGGAGCCGUGGAGAUGAAGAAGGUUGCCACUCAGGCAGAGGAGGAAGUAUUUGAAGAGGAGUUUGAAGCUGAGAAUGAGGCUGUGCCAGAGGGAGAGGAGGCAUGGGGCUGGGAGCUGGUUCCAGAGGAGAGUUACGAGCUAGAGGACUGGGAAGGUGAAGCAGAGGAAGGUGCUGUGAAGGUUCCAGGGGUGGCCAGGAGAGAGGGACAACCAACAGAGGAAGCAGGAAGAGGUAGAGGUAGAGGGCUGAAACCUAAGCAGACCCCAUCUCCUGGAGAGGGCAGGGGUCGGGGGCUGAGGCCUGGUGGGAAAGGACCACCACCACCAGAGGAACCUUUUGCAGGGUUCAAGCUCAAAGCUGUCCCGCUGAAGUUUAUCAAAAAGCUUCAGAACAUUGUUCUGCAGGAAGCAGAGUCUAUCGGCUCAUCUGCUGUCUUUGAAUGUGAGGUCUCACCUUCCACUGCUGUUACUUCUUGGAUGAAAGAUGGUAGCAAUCUCCGUGAGAGCCCCAAGCACAAGUUCACUUCGGAUGGCAAAGAUCGCAAAUUGAACAUCAUUGAUGUCCAGCUGUCUGACACUGGGGAAUAUACGUGCGUGGCCAAGAACGCUGGCAAAGAGAUAUCUUGCACCGCCAAGCUUAUCGUUGAAGAGCUACCUGUGAAAUGGAUCAAAGAACUGGGAGAGGAGACAUCAGCAAUCAAGGGUCAGCCUCUGUAUAUGACCUGCGAGCUGAACAAAGAGAGGGAUGUGAUAUGGAAGAAGAAUGGUGAGGUCCUCAAGAAAAAGGAGGGCAAGAUUCAGAUCAAUAUCAUUGGUAUGCAGCACGCGGUGACCAUCCAGAACUCCACGGAGGAGGACGCCGGUGUUUUCUCAUGUGAAGUGGCUGGACAGGAAGACGUUAAGACUACAACAAACGUCAAAGUGAUUGAAAUUGUCAAAGACUGGAUAGUGAAACCACUGAGAGAUCAGCAUGUAAAACCAAAGGCUGCUGCAACAUUUAAAUGCGAGCUUUUCAAGGAAACUCCCAACUGGAAGUGGCUCAAAGGAGAGAAUGAAGUCCAGCCAUCUGACAAGAUUGAGAUCAAGAAGGAAGGAAAGGAGCUGACGCUCAUCAUCAAGAACUGCCAGCCUGAUGACGUAGCAGAAUAUGCGCUGGAGGUGGAAGGACGCAUCUACACUGCCAAGCUAACACUUGGAGAGCGGGAGGCUGAGAUCCUAAAGCCUUUGGUCAGCGUCGAGGUGGUUGAGAAGGAAGAUGCCAUGUUUGAGACUGAGAUUUCUGAGGACGACAUUCCUGGGGAAUGGAAGCUCAAAGGAGAGGUUUUGACCAGAUCCCCGACAUGCGACAUCCAAAUGGAGGGUACAGUGCGUAGACUCAAGCUAAAAAACUGCCAGCUGGACCAGGCGGGAGAAGUGACCUACACGGCUCUGAACGCCAUAACCAGCGCCAUGCUUAAUGUCAAAGAAGUCGAAAUGGACUUUGUUGUCCCGCUGAAGGAUGUUUCUGUGCCAGAAAAGAAACAAGCUAAGUUUGAAUGCACCAUCACAAAAGAUGUUUUUAAAGUCAUGUGGUAUAAAGGGGCUGACAUCAUCACCCAAGACCAAAAAUAUGACAUCAUCGAUGACGGAAAGAAGCACAUGCUGAUUAUAAACUGCUGUGAGUUUGAUGACGAGGACGAAUACAUGAUUGAAGUUUUAGGCAAAACCUCAAAAGCUAGACUCACAGUGGAGGGUAUCAGGCUGAAAUUUAUCUCACCAAUAAAGGAUCAAACUGUAAAGGAAGGCAAAACAGCUCGCUUUGAGCUGGAGCUUUCUCACGAGAACAUCCCCAUCACCUGGUACAAGAACGACAACAAAAUUCAUCCGAGCAGAACUGUUGUCAUUCAUGUGGAUGGAAAGAAGCACGCACUAGAAAUGAGAGAAGUGACUCUAGAUGAUAUCUGCCAAAUUAAGGCUGAGGCCAAAGGAAUUCUUUCCAUGGCCAACCUGACAGUUAUAGAGGGAGAUCCGUACUUCACAGUUAAGCUGCAGGACUAUACUGCAGUGGAGAAAGAUGAGGUGGUUCUAGAUUGCGAGCUCAGCAAAGAUGUCGAUGUCAUGUGGUACCACAAUGAGGCCGAGAUCAAAGCUUCUAAGACGGUGAACAUUAAAGCUGAAGGCAAACGCAGAGUCCUCAUAAUCAAGAGAGUUGGGGACAAAGACAAAGGACAGUACCUAUGUGACUGUGGAACAGACAAGACGACAGCGACUCUUCACAUUGAAGCUCGUCACAUAAAGGUGGUUCGGCCGAUGUAUGGCGCUGAGGUGUUUGACGGAGAGACAGCUCGAUUUGAGGUUGAGCUCAGUGAAGACGAUGUCCAUGGCCAGUGGAAACUGAAUGGGGAACUCCUCAGUCCAUCCACUGAUGUUGAAAUCGUGGAGGACGGUGCCAAACAUACUCUGGUCUUGUACAACUGCAGAGUACCUCAGACCGGCGAGGUCAUGUUCACUGCUGCUAAUGCCAAAUGUUCUGCUAACCUGAAAGUGAAGGAGGUCCCAGUGUCAUUCAUUACACCUCUGGCUGAUGUACAUGUGUAUGAAAAGGAUGAAGCGAAAUUUGAACUAGAAAUUUCCCGGGAGCCCAAAAGCUUCCGUUGGCUGAAGGGAUCUCAAGAGUUGUCAACAGAUGACAAGUUUGAACUCCACGUGGAAGGAAAGAGACACAGUCUUUUUGUAAAAUCUGCCAGAUAUGAAGAUGAAGGUAAAUACAUGUUCGAGGCUGAAGAUAAGAGGACAUCCGGAAAGUUGAUUAUCAAAGGUAUUCGCCUUGCAUUUAUCAAGCCAAUAAGAGAUGUGACCGUAAAGGAACGUGAAACUGCAGAGUUCAGCGUUGAACUCUCUCAUGAAAAAAUCCCAGUCGUCUGGUACAAAAAUGACGUCCGUUUGCACCCCAGCAAAGUGGUGCACAUGUCCGAGGAAGGAAAAGUGCACACGCUGGCCUUCAAGGAGGUCACAAUUGAUGACACGUCUAUGAUCAAAGUGGAGGCGAUGGCCAAGACUUCAGAGGCCAUGCUCACCGUUCUGGAGGGCGACCUGUACUUCACAGUGAAGCUCCAGAAUUACACCGCUGUUGAGAAAGAUGAGGUGAUUUUGUCCUGCGAGUUGAGUAAGGCCGCUGCUGAGGUCAAAUGGUUCAAAGAUGGCGAAGAAAUCUUUCCCUCCAAGAACAUUUCCUUCAAAUCUGAUGGCAAGAAACAUAUGCUGGUCAUCAAGAAGGCAGCAAAGAGCAACAUGGGCGCUUACAGCUGCGACUGUGGAACUGACAAAACUACCGCUGACCUUAACAUCGAAGAACGUGACAUCAAGGUCGUCCGCCCACUGUACAGCGUGGAAGUUAUAGAGACCGAGACGGCGAAGUUUGAGACAGAGAUUUCUGAGGAGGACCUUCAUGCCACCUGGAAACUGAAGGGCGAGACACUUCAUCCGUCUGCUAAUGUGGAGAUCAAGGAGGAAGGAACCCGGCACUUAUUGAUCCUCUAUAACUGCAAAAUGGACAUGGCUGGAAGUGUUGACUUUGCAGCAGCGAAUGCCAAAUCCUCAGCUCAGCUCAGGGUCAAAGCCCGAGUGAUUGGCCUCCAGAGGCCUCUGAAGGAUGUCACCGUGACUGCUGGGGAGACUGCCACCUUUGAGUGCGAGCUGUCAUACGAAGGCAUCGCUGUCGAGUGGUUCCUGGGGGGUACAAAGCUGGAGCCAAGCGAUAGAGUGGUGUUGAAGGCGGAGGGUAAAGUCCACACCCUGACUCUACGCAAUGUCGAGCAAAACGAAGCCGGACAAAUCAAACUCGCAGCCAAAGACUUCCAGACUGAGGCCAGUCUUACUGUCAAAGAACCACCAGUGGAGUUCACUAAGCCUCUGGAGGACCAGACAGUGGAAGAGGAGGCCACGGCCACACUCGAAUGUGAAGUUUCCAGGGAAAAUGCAGAAGUGCGAUGGUUCAGGGAUGGACAGGAGAUCCGCAAGACAAAGAAAUAUGAGAUGAUCGUUGACGGCUGCAAGCGAGCGCUGGUCAUCCACGACUGCACUUUGGACGACUCAAAAACAUAUGCUUGUGAUGCUAAAGACUUCAAAACCUCAUGCUUCCUCAAUGUUGAACCUCCACACAUUGAGUUCUCAAAGCCACUCCACGACGUCGAGGUUGUAGAGAAGGAAUCGGCCAGGUUUGAAUGUGAAGUGUCCAGAGAAGACGUCAAAGUCCGCUGGUUUAAGGACGGAAAUGAAAUCAGAAAGGGAAAGAAAUACGAAAUUAUUGCACAAGGUCGCCAGCACAUCCUCAUCAUCCACAAGUCUGUGUUUGACGAUGAGGCUGAAUACGAAUGUGAUGCAAAGACCUCAAAGUCCUCUGGCAUGCUCACUGUCGUUGAGGAGGAGACAAGGUUCACCAAGAACCUGUUCAAUGUGGAGGGAACUGAGACCGACAGUGUAAAACUUAUUUGUGAAGUCUCCAAACCCAGCGCAGACGUUAUCUGGUACAAAGGAGACACGGAGCUGCCAGAGGGUGGCCGCUAUGAGCAAAUUGUAGAUGGGAAGAGAAGGAUACUCCUGAUCAAGGAUCUGAACAUGUCUGAUGCUGGAGAGUACAACUGCAGGCUAAGUUCCAGCAACAAAACUUCAGGAAACCUCAAGAUUAAUGAAUUAGCUGCUGAGUUCAUCUCAAGGCCACAAAGCCUAGAAGUGGUGGAAGGAGAGAAGGCAGCGUUCACGUGCUCCGUAUCCAAGGAGACCUAUGAAGUCAAAUGGAUGAAGGAUGACGUGGAGCUCGAGGCCGGAGAGAAAUACCAGAUAGUCACCGAUGGCAAGAAACGAAUCCUUGAAAUCAAGGACUGUGAACUUAAAGAUGAGGGUGGAUACAUAGUUAUGAUUGGACCAACUAGAGCCAGCGCCGACCUUACUGUGCUCGAGAGACUGAAAAUCAUCACUCCUCUAAAAGACACAGAGGGCAAGGAAGGUCAGGAGGUCGUCCUGAACUGUGAGGUCAACACAGAGGGAGCAAAGGCCAAGUGGCUGAAGAACGACGACACCAUAUUUGAGAGCAGCAAGUACGUAAUAACCCAGAGAGACAAUGUCUUCUCCCUGAGAAUCAAAGAUGUCCAGAAGGGAGACGAAUCCAACUACAGCAUCAACUUGACCAAUCAGAGAGGAGAGCAUGCCAAGAGCAACUGCAGCCUGACCAUCAGGGAGGAGAGUCUAAGAAUAGUGGUUCCCCCAGAGGACAUUGACACUCAGGAGAAGAAGACCAUCAGCUUCUCCUGUAAGGUCAACAGGCCCAAUGCCACUCUGAAGUGGAUGAAGGCCGGUGAGGAGAUUACCCUCAGCAAACGCAUUGUCUACAGAGUUGACAAAGACAAGCAUACGCUUACCAUCAAAGACUGCACCCUGGCCGAUGAGGGUGAAUACACAGCUGUAGCCGGAGAUGACAAAGCCACAGCAGAGCUCAUCAUCAGCGAGGCACCGACGGAUUUCAACGUGCACCUAAAAGACCAAACAAUCACCGAGUUCGAGGACGCAGAAUUUACAUGCAAGUUGACCAAAGAGAAAGCUGAAGUCAAGUGGUACAGAAAUGGCCGAGAGAUCAGAGAAGGACCCAGAUACAUAUUUGAACGAGAUGGAAAGAUUUGCACUUUGCGCAUCAAGGAAUGCAGACCUGAUGAUGAAUGUGAAUAUGCCUGUGGUGUGGAGGAGAAGAAAUCCAGAGCCAGGCUUUUUGUUGAAGAGACCCCAGUGGAAAUCAUCAGACCCCCGCAGAACGUGUUUGAACCUCCAGGCUCGGACGUUGUAUUUGAGGUGGAGCUCAACAAAGACAGAGUGGAGGUGAAGUGGUUGAGGAACAAUAUGACCGUUGUCCAGGGAGACAAAUACCAGAUGAUGAGCGAGGGUAAAGUCCACAGAUUGCAGGUCUGUGAGAUCAGACCUCGGGACCAGGGAGAGUACAGAGUCAUUGCCAAGGAUAAAGAUGCAAAGGCCAGGCUGGAACUGGCAGCUGUGCCUCAGAUAAAGACCACUGACCAGAACUACGUCACAGAUGUUGGAAAGCCUGUUAUCAUGGUCGUCCCCUACAGUGCCUAUCCACAAGCUGAAGCUGACUGGCUGUACAACAACCUGAGUCUGCAAAAAGACAACAUCUACACCUCAGCCGAGCACACAGAGUACCAAUUAAAGAACCCCAAGAAGGUCGACGAGGGCUCCUACAAGAUCAUCAUCAAAAACAAACAUGGAGCGGGAGAAGCUUUCAUCAACCUGAAUGUCAUUGAUGUCCCAGGACCUGUGAAGAACCUCCAGGUGACUGACACUGCAGAUGGUGAGAUCAGCCUCGCAUGGGAGGAGCCUGAGAGCGAUGGCGGCAGUAAAGUCAUCGGCUACGUAGUGGAGAGACGUGAUGAGAAACGUAAGACCUGGACACUGGCCACCGACCAUGCCGAAAGUCCUGAAUACACAGUGACCGGCCUCCAGAAGGAGUCCAAGUACCUAUUCAGAGUCUGUGCCCGAAACCGGGUUGGCAGCGGACCCACUGUGGAGACUGACGAAGCUGUGCAAGCUAAGAACAAGUUUGAUGUUCCUGAAGCUCCUCUGAAUGUGAUCGUGGGAAACGUCACCAAGUUUGGCUGCACUCUGUCUUGGGAGCCUCCCACGUCAGAUGGAGGCUCUCCCAUUACCUCUUAUAUCAUUGAGCUCCGCGACAGGACGUCAGUGAAGUGGUCUCCUGUCCUGGUGGCCAAACCUGAUGACCUCAGUGCCAUCAUUAAUGAUGUCAUUGAGAAUAAAGAGUACAUUUUUAGAGUGAAAGCUGAGAACAGAGCCGGUGUCGGCAAACCCAGUGCUGCCUCACAGCCCGUCAAAAUCAUGGAUCCAAUCGAGCGUCCCAGCCCCCCUCUGAACCUGUCCUGGCAGGACCAGAACAAGAGCUCAGUGCAGCUCACCUGGGAGACUCCACUGAAGAACGGAGGCAGCAUGAUCACCGGAUACAUCAUUGAACGCUGUGAGGACGGUUCUGACAAGUGGCUCCGCUGCAACGCCCGUCUCUGCCCUGACCUCUUCUACAAGGUGUCAGGUCUGAAAUAUGGGACUAAGUACAACUACAGAGUGUUUGCUGAAAACGCUGCCGGAGUCUCUGAGCCUUCAAACAUCAUCGGACCUCUGCUAGCUGACGACCCACAUGUUGGUCCAAGCUUUGACCUGAGUGCUUUUAAAGAUGGCCUGGAAGUGAUUGUUCCCCAGCCUCUCACCAUCAGAGUCCCCAUAACUGGAUAUCCAAUACCUGUUGCUAAGUGGACCUUCGGAGAGAAGGAGCUAUCCAGCAUGCAUGAUGAGCGGGUUUUCCUCAUGACAAAGUCAACAUUUACAGAGCUAAUGGUCACACCGAGUGUCCGUCCAGACAAAGGCAUCUACACGCUACAUCUGGAGAAUGAUGUCACAUCGGUCUCUGGAGAGAUUGAAGUCAAUGUUAUUGCUGCACCCAGUGCUCCAAAGGACUUCAAGGUCCUUGAGGUGACUCGGCAGCAUGUCCACCUGAGCUGGGAGGCUCCAGAGCAUGAUGGAGGAAGUCCUCUGAUUGGCUACCAGGUGGAGAAACGAGACGUGUCCCGCAAGACCUGGGUCAAGGUGACCACAGGGAUCCAGGAUCUGGAGUUCACCGUUACUGACGUGGUUGAAGGGAAGGAGUAUUUGUUCAGAGUCACCGCCUGCAACAAAUGUGGACCGGGAGAGCCAGCGUAUAUUGACGAGCCAGUUAACGUCUCCUCUCCUGCAACUGUCCCCGACCCUCCAGAAAACCUGAGGUGGAGGGACAAGUCAGCCAGUGGCAUCUUCCUGACCUGGGAGCCGCCAAAGUAUGAUGGCGGAAGCGGCAUCCGGGGCUACAAUGUUGAACGCUGUCAGAGAGGAACGGAUAAGUGGGAGCCCUGUGGGGACUUGGUACCUGAGCUGAAGUGCCAGGUGACGAAUCUUAUUGAGGGUCAGUGGUACUCUUACAGAAUCAGAGCCCUGAACCGACUUGGAGCCAGCCGGCCCUGCAAAGCCACUGAUGAGAUCCAGGCUGUUGAUCCUAAAGAGCCUCCAGAGAUCCAGCUGGAUGCCAAGCUUCUGGCUGGUCUGACUGCUAAGGCUGGCAGCAAGAUUGAACUUCCUGCUGAUGUGACAGGUAAGCCUGAGCCACGAGUCAAGUGGACCAAAGCCGACCUGGUCCUCAAACCAGACGACAGGGUGUCCAUCGACACCAAGCCAGGACACUCCAUGGUCACCAUCGCCAAGACAAAGAGAGAUGACAGUUCCACUUAUAUCAUCGAAGCCACCAACAGCAGCGGUCGUGCCACUGCCACUGUGGAUGUCAACAUCCUUGAUAAGCCUGGUCCCCCUGCUGCUUUUGACAUUUCUGAAAUCACCAAUGAGUCCUGCUUUCUGGCUUGGAACCCUCCACGUGAUGAUGGUGGCUCCAAAGUUACCAACUAUAUUGUUGAACGGCGAGCUGCUGAUAGUGAGAUCUGGCACAGACUGUCCUCCACUGUGAAGCAGACCACAUACAAAGCUACCAGUCUGAUCAAGUUCAAGGACUAUAUCUUCAGAGUAUUUGCUGAAAACCAGUUUGGUGUUGGUCCAGCUGCUGAACACCCAUCAAUCACUGCUAAAUACCCCUUUGAUACUCCCGGGGCUCCUUACAAGCUGGAGGCUUCAGAUAUUGCAAAGGACUCUCUGAAUCUGAACUGGUAUGAGCCCGAUGAGGAUGGAGGAAGCCCAAUUACUGGAUACUGGGUGGAGAGAUACGAAGCUGACCAUGACAAGUGGAUAAGAUGCAACAAGCUGCCAGUCAAAGACACAAACUACAGGGUCAAAGGUCUUCCAACCAGGAAGAAGUAUAAGUUCCGAGUCCUUGCUGAGAAUCUGGCCGGAACUGGAAAACCCAGCAAGGAGACAGAUCCAAUCCUUGUUAAAGAUCCUAUUGACCCUCCAUGGCCCCCUGGCAAACCCACAGUGAAGGACGUAGCUAAGACGUCAUGCUUCCUAAUGUGGACCAAACCAGAGCAUGAUGGCGGAGCAAAGAUUGAUAGCUAUGUCAUUGAGAUGCUAAAGACCGGCACCACGGACUGGAUCCGCGUGGCAGAGAACAUCCCCAUGCUGGAAUAUUUCCUAAAGGGCCUGAUGGAGAAGCAGGAGUACUCGUUCAGAGUGCGAGCUGUUAACGUGGCUGGAGAGAGCGAACCCAGUGAACCCAGUGACCCAGUGCUCUGCAAAGAGAGACUCAACCCUCCCUCAGCUCCACGCUGGCUAGAGGUUGUCAACAUCAGCAGGAACAGUGCUGAGCUGAAAUGGGCGGUUCCUGAGCGCAAUGGAGGUUCAGCCAUCACCAACUACAUUGUGGAGAAACGUGAUGUGAGGCGUAAAGGUUGGCAGACUGUGGACACCACAGUCAAAGAGCUGAAGUGCGACGUGAAACCGCUCAAUGAAGGGUCGCUUUAUGUGUUCCGUGUUGCUGCUGAGAACGCUGUGGGUGUCGGACCCUUCUGUGAGAUGGAGGACUCUGUGCUGGCAAAAGACACUUUCAGUACUCCUGGCCCACCCUACGCUCUCGCUGUCAGUGCUGUGACCAAAAGAUAUGUGGACUUGCAGUGGGAGGCACCGAAAAAUGAUGGUGGAAGACCCAUCCUCAGGUAUUCCAUUGAGAAAAAAGAGAAGCUUGGAACUCGCUGGGUGAAAUGUGGGAAGACCUCGGGUCCAGACUGUAAGUACAGGGUAACAGACGUCAUUGAGGGAACAGAGGUUCAGUUCCAGGUCCGAGCUGAGAACGAGGCUGGCAGUGGACACCCAAGUGAACCCACCGAGAUUCUCACCAUAGAAGAUCCAACAGGCAUCCCAUCACCACCCAUUGAAUUACACGUGACUGGAGCCAGCCGAGACUUCCUGGCAAUUGCCUGGAAACCUCCACAAACAGAUGGCGGUGCCCCUGUCAGAGGAUACCACAUUGAGAUGUGCGAGGCUGGAACGGAGAAGUGGAUGAGGGUGAACUCCCGUCCAGUGAAGGAGCUCAAGUACCGUGUAGAGGAGGGUGUGACCCCUGAAAAGGAGUACAUUCUGAGAGUGAGGGCCGUUAACGCUAUCGGAGAGAGCGAACCGUCGGACAUCUCUGAAAAUGUCUUUGCCAAAGACUCUGACUGCAACCCAACUCUGGAAUUCCAGACUCUGGAUCUAGUUGUUGUGGAAACAGAAAAGCUGCACAUUCCAGUUCCCUUUAGAGCAGUCCCCUUACCUAAAAUCACCUGGCACAAAGAUGGCAAAGAGCUGAAGGCGGAUGAACGCCUUGGCUUUAGGAAGGAGUAUACCUCCUGUCACCUGGAGACUGACAGCAGUCUUCAUGCCGAUGCUGGAGUGUACAAAGUGACACUAGAAAACAAGCUGGGAAGUGCCAGUGCCACCAUCAAUGUCAAAGUCAUCGGGCUUCCUGGUCCUUGCAAGGAAAUUGUGGCUUCUGAGAUCACAAAGAGCUCCUGUAAAGUUUCAUGGGAUCCACCAGAUUAUGAUGGUGGUAGUCCAAUUCUUCACUAUGUCUUGCAGCGGCGUGAGGCCGGCAGGAGGACAUACGUCAACAUAAUGUCAGGAGAGUGCAAGGUGAGCUGGGUGGUCAAAGAUCUCAUCCACAAUGGAGAGUACUACUUCAGGGUCCAGGCCGUUAACAAGAUUGGAGGAGGAGAGUUCAUCGAGCUCCGCAACCCAGUCAUCGCCGAGGACCAGAAACAUGCCCCUGACCCACCAGUGGAUGUGGAGACCCACAACCCCACAUCCAGUACUGUUACUCUAACCUGGAAGCCUCCCAUGUAUGAUGGUGGCUCCAAAAUCAUGGGCUACAUCCUAGAGAAGCAGCAGAAAGGAGAGGACAAGUGGGAGAGGUGCAAUGACUUCCUGGUGCCUGUACUAUCCUACACCGUCAGAGGAUUGAUAGAAGGAAAGAACUUCACCUUUAGAGUCAGAGCUGAAAAUGCUGCUGGGAUCAGUGAGCCAUCACGCAACACGCCAUUUAUCAAGGCCGCUGAUACCAUUGAUCCUCCAAAGGUUUUCCUGAGUGGCAGCUUGCAGUCUGGUCUUGCCGUGAAGCGAGGCUACGAGAUCUGCCUGGAUGCCAACAUUUCAGGAUCUCCGUACCCUCAGAUCACCUGGUACUGGAACAACCAAUCAAUUCAGCCUGAGCCACUCCGGAAGAGACCUGAAAAACCCCUGAAGAAGAAGGAGGAGGAAGUUCCACAACCAGAGGUCGAGGAGCCAGACUACCCCACCAUAAAUGAACGCCUGGCCAUCGACAAUAGCCACAAGGGUGUAUCCUCUAUCGUUAUCAGGGACUCGAUUCGCCCUGAUCAUGGUGUCUACAUGGUGAAGGUGGAGAACGACCAUGGCAUUGCCUCGGCAACCUGCGAGGUCAACAUACUCGAUACUCCCGGGCCUCCCGUAAACUUUAGAUUCGAGGAGGUGAGGAAGAACUCUGUGAUCUGCAAGUGGGAUCCCCCUCUGGAUGAUGGUGGCAGCGAGAUUCUCAACUACACCCUGGAACAGAAAGACAACUCCAAGCUGGAGAUUGGUUGGAGCACCGUUACCGCAAUAUUGAAAGGAUGUCGUUACUUGGUGCCCAAACUCAUUGAAAAGAAGGAGUACAUCUUUAGGGUCGUGGCUGAGAACAAGUAUGGUGCAGGCCCACCCUGUGUCUCCAAACCGGUCAUUGCCAAGAAUCCUUUUGAACCUCCCGAAGCACCUGAUAAACCACAAGUUGAUGACAUCACAGCCAAUAGCAUGCUGGUCACAUGGAAUGAACCAAAUGAUAAUGGCAGCCCCAUCUUGGGAUACUGGGUGGAGCGCCGUGAGAUCAACAGCUCACACUGGGCACGUGUAAAUAGGAACAUCAUCCCUGUCCCUGAGCUAAAUGUUGAAGGUCUGAUCGAGGGGCUGACUUACAUCUUUAGAGUUGCUGCCGAAAACCAGGCCGGCCCUGGAAAGUUCAGUGUUCCCUCUGAACCCAAGACUGCUCAGCCAGCGAUUUUGCCUCCAGGUCCUCCAGUUGCCCGAGUGGCAGCAACUACUGACCACUCCAUCGAAGUUGAGUGGGACCCGCCUGCUGACAAUGGAGGUGGGGAAAUCCUGGGAUAUCAUGUGGAUAAGGCUAUGGCUGGUACCAAGGACUGGUCAAGAUCUACGGAACGUCCGUGGAAGACUCGGAACUUCACUGUUUAUGGAGUCAGAGAGGGAGCAAAGUACAUGGUCAGAGUCAUUGCCUGUAAUGCUGCUGGAGAGGGAACACCAGGAUUCACAGAGUCUGUAUUCGUCAGAAAUCCUGCAGAGAUCCCAGUAAUUGAAUUGGAUCUGUCUGUCAAGAAUGGCGUCGUGAUCAGAGCUGGAGAAAACCUCCUUAUACCUGCUACAGUCACAGGUAAACCCUACCCAGCCAUCACCUGGACCAAGGAUGAUGGCAAACCCGACAAAGACCGUGCGGAGAUCCUCACUGAGGACAACAACAGCAUCUUUUCAGUCAAGAAUGUCCAGAGGAAAGACUGCGGAAAAUAUCAAAUCUCCGCUUGCAACCCCAGUGGCAUCAAGUCUGCAUGGACCAGAGUGGAGGUCAUGGAUGUCCCGGGACCUGUCACAGACCUGAAGCCUGUUGUUGUCACUCGUAAGAUGAUCUUUCUGAACUGGGAUGACCCUGAAGACGAUGGAGGCAGUGACUUGACCGGCUUCCUCGUGGAGCGAAGAGAUCCCAAGAUGCACACAUGGAGGCAACCUGUUGAAACCGCCUCGUCCAAGUGUGAGUGUGUGGGCAUUAUGGAGGGACAAGAAUACCUGUUCCGUGUCAUCGCCAAGAACAAAUACGGCCUGGGCCCACCUGUUGAGCUAGGACCCAUCAAGGCUGUAGACCCACAGGGCCCGCCAUCAUAUCCUGAGAAGUUCCACUACACUGAACGCACAAAGAACUCCAUCACGUUCGCCUGGAAACCACCACGUAAUGAUGGCGGCAGCCCUAUCAUUGGUUACUUUGUUGAGAAAAAGAGACAGGACCAGCAGGCCUUUGAGCCCUGCAACACUGAGAUCUGUCCCAACAUGACUAUGACUGUGGAGGGCCUGGAUGAUGCCUGGAUGUACGAGUUCAGAAUCAAGUGUGCCAACCUUAUUGGAGAGAGUGAGCCAUCCAUCCCACUGACUGUGGUUAUCCAAGAUGAUGAAGUGUCUCCUGAGAUUCACAUGCUGAAGCAGUUCAAAGGGGAUACCAUUACUGUGAAGAAGGGUGAAUCCAUCGAGAUCCCAGCUGAUGUCCUGGGACUCCCCAUCCCUAAGAUUGAGUGGUCUAAGGAUGACGUAGUGAUCGAGAAGCCUACUGAGACUCUACUGAUGGAGACAAAUGUGACUGGCAGAAUGAAUUGCAAGACCAUGCUGUCCAUCCCAGCAGCCAACAGGAGGGACCGUGGCAGUUACACUGUGGCUGCCUCCAACAACAUGGGUUCAGCCACGCACACGGUCUAUGUCAUGGUGCUUGACCGACCAACUCCACCAAGGAAUGUGACAGUAACCAAUAUCAGAGGUGAGUCCUGCUACCUCAACUGGGACGCACCACUUGAUAAUGGCGGAAGUGAACUGACCAACUACAUCAUUGAGAAGAAGGAAGUGGUAACAGAGGUGCCUGAGGUGGAAGAGGGACAGGAAGCUCCACCUGAACCGCAGUGGGAGGAGGUUACAAAUAGUAUAAUUGAGAGAAAAUAUGGGGUCUGGAACCUGGAAGACAAAAAGACCUACCUUUUCCGGGUACGUGCUGAGAACCGCUACGGUAAAUCUGAUCCCUGCACAACUGAGGAAGUUCAAAUUAUAGACCCCUUCGGCCUUCCUGGCCCUCCAGAGAAACCAACAAUUGCAGAGUACUGCAAGACCUCCAUGACUCUAACCUGGGAACCUCCCAGAGAUAAUGGAGGCUCCACGAUUAUUGGUUACUGGCUGGAAAAAAGCGAGAAAGGUACUGCUUACUGGGCUAAAGUCAAUAAGAUGCCCAUCACAAAGAGGGGCAUGAAAGGCUGGGAGUACCAGGUGACACGUCUGUUUGAAGGAACAGAGUACGAGUUUAGGGUCGCAGCCUGUAAUUCAGCAGGAACCGGACCUUUCAGUGGACCAUCUGACUCUGCCUUUGCUGUUGACCCUCUCACUCCUCCAAGCAUGCCUGCUGCUCCCGAGGUGGCCGAUAAGACAAAACACAAUGUCACACUCUCCUGGAAACCACCAGAGAGUGAUGGUGGCAGUCCCAUCAAGGGCUACAUUAUCCAGAUACAGGAUGAGGGGACAUCAGAGUGGGUGAGAGUAAAUGAUCCUGAAACCCUGCACCCCACUACUGAGUUUACAGUGCCAAGCCUCCGCGAGCUGAAGCGCUACCGCUUCAGGAUCAUUGCUGUCAAUGACAUUGGAGAGUCUGAUCCCAGCCCCCGCACUAGUGAAGUUCUUAUUGAGGAUGUCCAACUUCCACCUUCAAUCACACUUGAUGUGAUGGCAGAUGACCUGGUUUCCAUCCGUGCUGGAGAUCCCAUUAGAAUCCCCACCACCAUCAAAGGCCGGCCCACUCCUAAGGUAACCUGGGACUUUGACGGCAAAGCCAAGUCGCACAAGAAAAACAAACUCCACACACUGCCUGUGGACUCUGAGGUGGAGUCCACAGACACCACUUCUGUUGUGACUAUACCUGUCAGUCUGAGGACUCACUCUGGACGUUACACCAUCACAGCUAAGAACAAGUCUGGACAGAAACACCUCAACAUCAGGGUCAUUGUCCUCGAUGUUCCCGGACCUCCAAAGGACUUAAAGAUUACUGACAUCACCCGAUCAACCAUGAGGCUGAUCUGGAAGCUCCCCGAUACAGAUGGAGGAGAGCGAAUCAAGAGUUACUUUAUUGAGAAGAAAUCUGUGACCGACAAGGCCUGGACCAAGGUUAAUGUAGCCUGUGCUAGCCAGGCCUACGUGGUGCCAGGACUGCUAGAGGGUCAGGACUACCUGUUCAGAGUGCGAGCAGAGAACCGAUUGGGAUUCGGCCCGUUCACUGUCACCACUGAACCUGUCCGGGCCAGAGACCCCAUCUACCCACCUGACCCCCCCACCAAGCUGAAGGUUAACCUGGUGACAAAGAACACUGUCACCUUGAGCUGGGAGGCUCCCAAAAAUAAUGGUGGCUCUCCUGUGAAGCAUUACAUCAUUGAACGAUUGAGCUGGGACACCACCGGCAAGGAGAAAGAGACCUGGAAACAGUGCAACAAGAGAGAUGUGGAAGAGCUCACCUUCGUGGUGGAGGAUCUCAAAGAGGGAGGAGAAUAUGAGUUCAGAGUAAAAGCUGUAAAUGCUGCUGGACCCAGCCGACCCUCUGCCACCAUUGGACCCAUGGUCAUCAAGGAUCAGACAUGUCCGCCCACUAUUGAACUACGUGAGGCUAUGGAGGGAGAGGAGGGCUGUGACAUCAGCAUUGUUGCAAAAGUUAGCGGCUGUCCGUUCCCCAGCCUCGUUUGGCACAAAGCCAGUCUGGACAAACCUGAGGAGAAGUCUGCCAUUCAGUAUGACCAACACAUCAACAAACUAGUAACCCAGGAUAAGUGCACCCUUCUAAUACAGCAAGCCAGCAGGCAUGACAGCUCACUCUACAGCCUGACCGCCACUAAUAGUCUGGGCACUGUUUGCAAGGGCAUCAAGCUCUCAGUGUUUGGGCCUCCCGGUCCCCCAGUCGGACCAGUCAAGUUCACGGAGGUGUUUGCAGAAAGAAUAGGCCUCGCCUGGAACCCUCCCAUCGAUGACGGUGGAUCUAAGAUCACCAACUACGUGGUUGAGAAGCGUGAGGAGAACAGGAAAUCGUGGGUCCAUGUCUCCAAUGAUCCCAAAGAGUGUACCUAUGUGGUAACCCGGCUGACCGAGAACCAUGAGUAUGAGUUCAGAGUCAUGGCUCAAAACAAGUUUGGAGUAGGCCCACCACUGGUCAGUGAUCCAGAGAAGGCCAGAAAUCUCUUCACUGUCCCCGGUCAGUGUGAGAAGCCCACUGUGACCGAAGUCUGUCUGGAGUCAAUGACUGUCAACUGGGAAGAACCCAAGUACGAUGGUGGGUCCCCCGUCACUGGCUACAUCAUCGAGAAGAAGGAGACCACUGCCAAGCGCUGGAUCCGUGUCAACCGUGAGCCCAUUAGGGCACUGCCACUGGGCAACAACUGGGAUGUCACUGGGCUACUGGAAGGGGCCCUAUACCAGUUCAGGGUCAUUGCUGUCAAUGCUGCUGGCUGUGGACUGCCCAGUAUACCUUCUGACCCCAUACUCUGCAGAGACCCCAUCAAGCCUCCUGGACCGCCCACUCCAAAGGUAACAGACUGGACAAAGUCUACAGUUGAGCUCGAGUGGAUACCGCCUCUGGUGGACGGAGGGUCAAAAGUCACAGGCUACAUUGUGGAGUUCAAGGAGGUGAACAAGGAGGAAGAGGAGAAGAAAGCUCAGAGGAGGCUACUCCUGAGUGUAGCUGAAGAGGAGAAGGAAACAGAAACUGAAGAGGCCUGGGAGAAGGCAAAGGACACUGAGAUCAGAGGAACUAAAUUUGUGGUGGCUGGCCUUAAGGAAGGUGGUCUGUACCGCUUCAGAGUCCGAGCUGUGAAUGCUGCUGGAGUAGGAGACCCUGGAUUAGUGUCUGAGCUAAUUGAGGUCAAAGACAGAACAAUUCCUCCUGAGAUGGAUCUUGACGCCUCAGUGAAGGAGAAAAUUGUAGUCCAUGCCGGUGGCACCAUCCGCAUUAUCGCCUACGUGUCCGGCAAACCUGCCCCACAGAUCACUUGGUGCCGGGAUGACAGUGAGGUGCCCAAAGAGGCCGUGGUGGAGACGACAGGCAUCUCUAAUUCACUGGUCAUUAAGAACUGCAGACGCCAACACCAGGGCAUUUAUACACUAAGUGCAAAGAACGAGGGCGGAGAGAGGAAGAAGGCGGUCAUUGUUGAGGUCCUGGACGUUCCUGGACCAGUUGGUCUUCCCUUCGCUGGAGAGAACCUGACCAAUGACUCCUGCAAGCUGACCUGGUACUCCCCUGAGGAUGAUGGCGGCUCAGCCAUUACCAACUAUAUUAUUGAGAAGAGAGAGUCAGACCGCAUGGGUUGGACCUCUGUAUCUUACACAGUGACAAGAAACAAUGCUGUAGUACAAGGACUCAUCGAUGGCAAGGGCUACUUCUUCAGGAUUGCAGCUGAGAACAUCAUAGGCAUGGGACCUUUCAUCGAGACCGACAAGAUGGUUCUCAUCAAAGAUCCCAUCUCUGUCCCAGAGCGUCCUGAGGAUCUAAUCAUCACAGCUAUUACCAAAGACUCCAUCUCCGUCACCUGGAGACCACCCAAAUAUGAUGGUGGUGCAGAUGUGACCAGCUAUGUCCUUGAGUCCCGAAUGAUAGGCCAUGACAGCUUUGUGAGAGUAGGCGGAGAGGACAAGCUGAUGGACAGACGGUUCACACUAACUGGGCUAAAGGAAGGCUCAAGCCAUGAGUUCAGAGUCUCAGCUGUCAACCAGGUGGGACAAGGCAAACCAUCUUUUGCCACCAAACCUGUGCAGUGCAAGGAUGAACUUGAGCCACCGACUCUGGACCUGGACUUCAGGGAAAAGCUCAUGGUAAAGGUGGGAGACACCUGCAUGCUGUCGGGACGCUACAGUGGCAAACCGGCCCCUGCUAUCACCUGGGCAAAGAAUGAUGAGGACCUGAAGGCAGAUGAGGAAAUCAGCCUCCACAGCACCACCCAUCACCUCAGCCUCAACAUCAGCAAGGCCAAGAGAGAACACAGCGGCCGCUAUUGUGUCAGCGUGGAGAAUGCUGCUGGCACUCGCUCGGGAAUCUGCACCAUCACUGUGGUCGACCGUCCUCAGCCACCAGAGGGACCCGUAGAGUUCAACGAAGUCUACAGGAAUUACAUGGUAAUCACCUGGAAGCCGCCUCUGGAUGACGGAGGCUGUGCUGUCUCCAACUACAUCAUUGAGAAGAGAGAUACCAACAGAGACCUAUGGAUGCCUGUCACCUCAUCCUGUACCAGAACCACCUGCAGAGUGCCAAAGCUAAUCGAGGGCCGGGAGUACAUCAUUCGUAUAAUGGCUCAAAACAUCUAUGGCAUCAGUGACCCUCUUCUGUCUACAGAGACUAAAGCUAGAGACAUUUUCAAGACACCAGAUGCUCCCAAGCAGCCUCUGGUGAAGGAAGUUUACCAUGACUCUGCCCUAAUCAGCUGGGAGCCGCCUGCUGAUGGAGGGAAACCAAUCACAGGCUACAUUGUGGAGAGGAAGGAGACCAUGGCCAACAGGUGGGUUCGCUGCAACACAGAAAGAAUCCAUCCUAAGGUGGAGUAUUGGGUGACCGACCUCCUGAAAGGCUGCGAGUAUGAGUUCAGGGUCAGUGCUGAGAAUGAAGUGGGAGCUGGAGACCCAAGCCCACCAUCUAAACCGGUCUUUGCCAAAGAUCCCAUUGUGAAACCUAGUCCGCCAGUGAAUCUAAAGGCUAUCGACUUUACCAAAGAGUCAGUUACCCUGUCAUGGGAGCCACCCACCGACACUGGCAGAGGAAAAAUCUUUGGAUACUUGCUGGAGUUCCAGGCAGCUGGAAAGGAGGAAUGGCUCAAGGUGAACCAGACUCCAGACUCCUGCAAAGAAACCAAGUUUAAGGUUAUCAACUUGGAAGAUGGUGUUUUGUACCGCUUCAGAGUCAUGGCUGUGAACGCUGCUGGGGAGUCCAACCCAGCCAACCUUACUGAGCCGAUUAGAGUACAGGACAGACUUGAGCCUCCAGAGUUGAUUCUGGAUGCCGGAAUGACCCGAGAAAUUAAAGCCAUGGCUGGCACUCAUAUUGCUCUGAUAGCCGGCAUCAAAGGUGUCCCGUUUCCCACUGUCACCUGGAAGAAGAAUGACGCAGAAGUUCCCCCUCGGGCAGAUAUCGAAACCAACCAGACAGGCACCAAGCUGGAGAUGAGGUUCUGCCAUCGUGGUGACUGUGGAGAUUACACCCUAACUGUGGAGAAUCCAGCAGGAACCAAGACUGUCACCUGCACUGUGCUAGUUCUUGACAAACCUGGUCCUGUACAGCACCUCCGUGUGUCUGAUGUCAGGAGUGACUCUGCCUACCUGUCCUGGAAAGAUCCAGAGGAUAAUGGUGGUACUCGCAUCACUAACUUUGUGGUAGAGAAGAAAGACACAGCUUCCACUCAGUGGGUCCCUGUCUGCUCUACAUCAAAGAAACGCAGUAUGAUGUUGAAGCACCUGAUGGAGGGCACGUCCUACUCGUUUAGAGUUGCCGCUGAAAACCAGUUCGGCCGGAGCGAAUAUGUCGAGACACCAAAGGCCAUCAAGGCAAUGAACCCACUCUUCCCUCCUGGUCCUCCCAAAGACCUGCAUCAUGUUGAUGUGGACAAGACUGAGGUAUGGUUAGCAUGGAACUGGCCUGAUCGCAAUGGAGGAAGUGAAAUCAUAGGCUUUCUGGUUGAGUACCAGGAAGAGGGAGAGAAAGAGUGGUAUGAAUGGAAAACUGUCAGCAUCCCUGAGAGUCAUGUGACUGGUCUGGAGGAAGGAAAAACCUACCGCUUCAGAGUGAGGGCUGAGAAUGCCAUUGGCCUCAGCAGACCUGAUACCACAGUGCCUAUCCUCUGCCAGGAGAAACUAGUGCCCCCAAUUGUUGAAGUUGAUGUUAAACUCACUGAAGGCAUCAUUGUGAAGGCCGGGACUACCAUCAGACUGCCAGCUAUAAUGAGAGGAAUCCCUGUCCCAACUGCCAAGUGGUCCAUCGAAGGAGAGGAGAUCACCAGCCAGGGCAACAUUAAGAUUGACACUGAUAAUUUCUCCACUAUUCUCAGCAUUAAUGAGUGCACCAGAAACCACACUGGAACCUACCUGCUCACUGUGUCCAACCCAGCAGGAACCAAGACGGUGGCCUUAAAUGUCACUGUACUCGAUGUUCCAGCUGCUCCGAUUGGACCUGUCAACAUAUUGGAGGUCAUGCCAGAUUCCAUGACAAUUGAAUGGCGUCCUCCUAAAGAUGAUGGUGGGAGCCCUAUAACCAAUUACAUUGUGGAGAAAAGAGAGUCCAACAAAGAGACAUGGGGAGGUGUGAGUUCUGGUAGUCUUGCAACUCAGCUCCGGAUCGCUCGCCUUCAGAAAGGAGUAGAAUAUGUAGUCCGCAUUCGUGCUGAGAACAAGAUGGGCAUUGGUGCUCCUCUGGAGAGCAAGCCCACUGUUGCUGAGCACUCAUUCAUGCCCCCUAGUGCACCUGGUAAGCCACAAUCCUAUGAUACCUCAGAGGAUGCUGUUACACUUGGCUGGACUAUGCCCCUAACUGAUGGUGGCAGUCAGAUUACUGGCUACAUCAUUGAGCGCAGACACAAGGGAGGAAAGUGGAUCCGUGUCAACAAGACACCUUGCAAGGACCUGAGGUACCGAGUCCUGGGCCUCUUCGAGGGCAGCGAGUAUGAGUUCAGAGUGUUUGCUGAAAAUAUUGCUGGAUUUAGUGGCCCCUCCCCCGUCUCCGACCCCUGCAAGCCCUGCAGGCCCAUCACUGUCCCGAGUCCCCCUGUCAAUCCUAAAGUUAAAGAUUACAGCAGGGCCACUGCUGACCUGGUGUGGACCAAACCUACCAAAGAUGGAGGCAGCCCAAUCCUUGGUUACACUGUGGAGAUGAAGAAAGCUAGCGCUGAAGAAUGGAAAAAAGUCAACCUGGAUGACUUGAUCAAGCAGUGUGCCUACAGGGUGAAGGGUCUGGAAGAGGGUGUGACCUAUAGAUUCAGAGUCUUUGCUUCAAACAUGAUUGGAGACGGGGAGCCAAGAGAAAUCCCAGAAUCAGUCACUGCUCAGGAUAUUCUUAUACCUCCAGAGAUUGAGAUGGAGGCCACUUGUCGAGAUUGUGUUACUGUGCGUGUUGGACACAACAUCAACAUCAUUGGUUACAUCAAGGCUCGCCCUGAUCCUGAAGUUUUUUGGUCAAAAGAAGAGACUAUUCUAGAGAACAGCAAACGUGUUACCAUCCUGCAGAAUCUUCCUUUAGUCCACCUAAAGAUCAAGGAAGCUACAAGGAAUGACCAUGGCAAAUAUAUUCUGAAAGCUUCAAAUGAAGGUGGUGAGGCUUCCCGCACAAUCACAGUUAAUGUUCUAGACCGACCCAGCCACUGCCAGAAUCUGAAUGUGACCUAUGUCACUAAGGGCUCAUGCAUGAUCAACUGGGAGAGCCCUAAGGACAAUGGUGGAUCCGAGAUCACCAACUACAUUGUGGAGUGCAGAGAGCCUAGUAUUAGCAUGUGGUCUAUGAUCUCUUCCCACUGCACUAAUCGUAAGAUCAAGGCAAAGCUGAUGGAAGGCCAUGAGUACCUGUUCCGUGUCUGUGCUGAGAACAAAAUAGGACCAGGACCCUCCGUGGAGAUCAAAACUCCUACAUUGGCCAUUGACCCUAUUGACAAGCCCGGCGAGCCUGAGAACUUCAGAGCAAUUGACAUUGGUAAGAACUAUGUCAAUUUGAGGUGGCGGAAGCCUGACUAUGAUGGUGGAAGCCCCCAUCUCUCCUACAACCUGGAGUGUAAAACUAAAGAUGCGGAGGAGUGGGAAAAACUCAACACCACUACUCUCACAGACACCUUCUUUUUGGCUGAUAAAUGUGUGGAAAAUCAGACGUACACCUUCAGAGUGCAGACUGUCAGUGAAGGAGGUGAGAGUGCCUGGGUAAAACUUGCAGAUAUUCUGGUGAGGGAGGAGAUCCAGAAGCCUGUCAUUGACCUGAAGUUGGCUGGAACACUGACAGUAAAAGCUGGAGAGUCAGUCAGGAUGGAGGCUGCUCUGAGAGGAAAGCCCCAGCCUGAGGUUAAAUGGAUGAAAGAUAAGGCUACUGGAGACAAUCCCAGAAUAAGCUAUGAAACUGGCCCAGACUACUCAAAAUUUCUGAUGACUAAGUCCAAGCGUAGUGACACAGGAAAAUACAUUAUCACUGCCACCAACUCGGGUGGGACUUUCACAGCAUAUGCCAAUGUUAAUGUCCUGGACGUUCCCGGCCCAGUGAGAGACCUGAGGAUUACUGGCAUUGGAGCUGACAAGUGCAGAGUGGUUUGGGAUGCUCCAGAGGAUGAUGGAGGUUGUGAGGUGGACAGCUACAUUCUAGAGAAAUGUGAAACCAGGAGGAUGGUUUGGUCCACAUAUUCAGCCUCUGUGGUCACACCAUACUGCAACGUCACUCGUUUGGUGGAGGGCAAUGAAUACAUAUUCAGAGUGCGGGCAGAAAACAAGAUGGGAACUGGCCCUGCCAUGGACAGUAAGCCUAUAACUGUCAAGACUCAGUUCAACAAACCUGGACCCCCUGAUGCCCCUGAAGUCACCAAGGUGAGCAAAGAUGAGAUGACUGUGGUCUGGGCUCCUCCUGAGAAUGAUGGAGGAAAGUCAAUCACUGGCUACAUCCUUGAAAGGAAGGAGAAGAGGGCAGUGCGCUGGGUGCCCUGCACUAAGAGCCCAAUCUCUGAGAGGCGCAUGAAAGUCACCAACCUGAUUCCAAACCAUGAGUACCAGUUCAGAGUGAGAGCUGAGAAUGAUGUCGGUCUGGGAGAUCCCAGUAAACCCUGCAGACCAGUUGCAGCCAAAGAUCCUAUUGAGCCACCUGGUCCCCCUGCAGCCCUGAAGGUGGCCGACAGCACAAAAACCUCUAUCACUCUGUCCUGGUCUAAACCUGUCUAUGACGGUGGCGCCCCCAUUAUUGGCUAUAGCUUGGACAUGAGGCUGAAAAGUGAGGCGGACCCUGAGAAUCCCACAGUGGGCUGGAAGAGAAUUGAUACUCAUGGACCACUGGUGCUCACAGAAUUUACUAUUGGCCAGCUUGAUGAAAAGCAGGAGUAUGAGUUCAAGGUGUCAGCCCAAAACCAGGUGGGCUGGGGACGCCAUGCUUAUUUGAAGGAGGCAGUGUCUCCCAAGGAGAUCCUGGAGGCUCCAGAAAUUGAGCUGGAUGCCAGUCUGAGGAAAGGCCUUUCUGUGAGGGCUGGUUGUCCUAUAAGGCUUUUCGCCGUGAUCAGAGGAAGGCCUGCCCCCAAGGUUACGUGGAAGCGGUUGGGUGUGGACAAUGUAAUCCGCCGAGGUCACGUGGACCAGGUUGACACCAUGUCCUUCCUUGUUAUCCCUGAGAGCACCAGAGAGGAUUCUGGAAAAUAUUCACUCACUCUGUCCAACUCAGCUGGAGAGAAAGCAAUAUUUGUCCGUGUCAAAGUCCUUGACACACCUGGUCCGGUUGGCAGCCUGGAUGCCACUGACAUCACCAAAACAACAGCUCAACUCUCCUGGUUGCCACCAGAGAAUGACGGAGGCAGCCCCAUCCUCAAUUACGUUGUGGAGAAACGAGAGGUUGAUAGGAAGACCUGGACCAAGUGCAUAGAGGACCUGAAGAAGACUAGCUUCAAGGUCACCAACCUUACACUUGGCAUUGAGUAUUACUUCAGAGUCAUGGCCUGCAACAAGUAUGGCAUUGGAGUUCCUCAGGACUCACCCAGGUCCUACUUGGCUGUUGACCCAAUCAGUGAGCCAGACCCUCCAAAGAAGAUGGACGUGUUAGAGAUCACCAAGAAUAGUGCUACACUGGGCUGGCUAAAACCACUCAGGGAUGGAGGUGCCAAAAUCAAUGGUUAUGUGGUGGAUUACCAGGAGGAGGGUGCACCUGAGGACAAAUGGACACCAUAUUCUGUGGUCAAAGACCUGACUAUCGUGGUAGUUGGUCUGAAAGAAGGAAAGAAGUAUAAGUUCAGAGUGGCUGCUAGGAACUCAGUGGGAGUCAGUUUGGCUCGAGAGGCUGAGGGAAUGUUUGAAGUUAAGGAGCAGCUCAUGGCUCCGAAGAUAAUCAUGCCUGACAUUGUGACAGUCAGAGCUGGAUCCAAGAUGACGAUUGAGGCUAUUGUGGCAGGUAAACCUGCUCCUGUCUGCAAGUGGAAGCAGGGCAAUGAGGAUGUGCUAACCUCUGAUCGCCUGUCCAUUGUAAAGACGCUGACAACUACCUCACUUAUUAUAAAGAAUGUAACAAGAAAGGAUAGUGGUUACUACAGCCUGUCAGCUGAGAACAGUACUGCCAAGAUUAAUCAGAUCCUCAAAGUCAUCGUCAUGGACAUCCCUGGACCCCCUGAAGCUCCUUUGGAGAUCACUGAACUGGACAUGGAUGCGUGCACACUGCUCUGGAACUCGCCACAGGAGGAUGGUGGUAGCAACAUCACCAACUACAUUGUAGAGAAGUGUGAUGUUAGCCAGGGUGAUUGGAUCACCGUUUCUACAUCUUGCACAAAGACGAGCUUCAGAAUGACCAAACUGACACCUGGCAAAGAGUACAGCUUCCGUGUUCGUGCUGAAAACAGGUUUGGCGUCUCUGGGCCUACCUACUCUGAGAAGAUGAUUGCCAGAUAUCCAUUUGAUCCUCCGAGUGAACCCAGAAACCUGCAGAUAAACAAGAUCAACAAGGAUUUCGUCAUCCUAUCAUGGGAGCGUCCCAGCUCUGAUGGUGGGAGCCCCAUCAGUGGAUAUUGCAUUGAAAAGAAGGAGAGGAAUAGCCUUCUGUGGGUGAAGGCUAAUGAGACUCUGGUCAAAGCCACUCAGUACACCUGCACAGGCCUGAUCGAUGGCCUGGAGUACACCUUCAGGGUGUCAGCACAAAACCAGGCCGGACAGGGCAAACCUUGUAAACAGACAGACUUCAUCACUGCCAGGACUGCUGUCGACCCACCAGGAAAACCCGAGCCCAUGGAUGUGACCAAGAGCACUGUAUCAUUAGUGUGGGGCCGUCCAAAGCAUGACGGUGGCAGCAAGUUGAUUGGCUACUACGUGGAAUAUACAAAGCUUCCAGAAGAGAAGUGGACUCGCUGCAAUGCCAACUGCAUGAACAUACAGACAGAGAACUAUGUGGUGACUAACCUACAGGAGGGUCAACAAUACCAGUUUAGAAUCAUCGCCAAGACCGCAAUUAACAGCAGCCUUCCAUCUGAGCUGUCUGACCCUAUUCCUGUCAUCGCAGAGAAUGUUGCUCCUCGUGUGGAAUUAGGUGUUAACAUGAAGAACCUGAUUGUGGUGAAAGCUGGAGAAAAUGUCUUCCUGGAUGCUGAGGUCUUUGGCAAACCACUUCCCAAAGUGAGCUGGAAGAAGGAUGGAGUACCUCUGGUCCUUGCUGAGGGAAUGAAGAUGUCCCAAAAGAAACAUCUUCAUCUGCUGGAGCUAUACUCUGUCACCAGGAAAGAGACUGGGGACUACACUAUCACAGCUGAAAAUGUCAAUGGCACCAAGUACGCCACCAUAAAGGUCAAAGUACUCGACAAACCAGGCCCUCCAGCCUCAGUGAAAAUUUCUAAGGUGUUUGCUGACCGUGUUAAGCUGCGAUGGGUGCCACCACUUGCAGAUGGCGGUUCUGAAAUCACUAACUACAUCAUUGAGAAGCGUGAGACUAGCAGGGCCAACUGGGCAUUGGUCACCUCAAACAUCCAUGGACACAUCACUGACUGUUCAGUGGAGAAACUUAUUGAAGGACACGAAUAUCAGUUCCGAGUCAGUGCUGAGAACCAGUAUGGUGUGGGAGAUCCCAUUAUGACUGAUGCCGUCACGGUCAAGAAUCCGUAUGAUGUUCCUGGUCCAUGUGAGCCACCUGUCAUCACCAACAUCACACAGAACUCCAUGACAGUCAGCUGGAAGGCCCCAGCCAAUGACGGCAAAUCUCCCAUCCUUGGCUACAUGGUGGAGAAACGUGAGGCCACUGAGCUGAGCUGGGCUAAGGUUAACCGCCGACCAGUCAUUGAUAGGACCAUCAAGGCCAUUCAACUGACUGAGGGCUCUGAGUAUGAGUUCAGAGUAAUUGCUAUAAACAAGGCUGGUCUUGGGAAACCCAGCGACGCUUCAAAUGGUGCCCUGGCUGUUGACCCUGUCUAUCCUCCCGGGCCACCUGCCUUCCCCAAGGUGGUGGACUCUACCAAGACGUCAGUUAGCCUUAGCUGGACCAAACCAGCAUACGAUGGUGGCUGUGAGAUCAUUGGAUACUUGGUUGAGUGCAAGCGAGUUGAUGGAGAGAGCUGGACAAGAUGCAAUGUGCCGAAGAAACUCCAGGCCACGAAAUUCCUGCUGACAGGCCUGAUGGACAACACUGAGUACCAGUUCAGAGUCACGGCUGUUAACAAGAUUGGCUACAGUGAGCCCAGCGAGGUGCCUGGAAACUACAUGCCUAAGGAUAUUCUAAUUGCUCCUGAUGCUGAGCUUGACGCUGACCUGAGAAAAGCUUUGGUUCUGCGAGCUGGAGUAACCAUGAGGCUCUAUGUACCACUGAGAGGACGCCCAGCACCGAAGGUGACAUGGACUAAAGUUGAUGCUAAUUUGAAGGAAAGACAAGGACUACUGAUCAAGACAUCAGACUGGGACACCCUACUGAUGAUUGAGGAUGUUAACAGAUGUGAUUCUGGCAAAUAUGUUCUGUCACUGGAGAACAGCAGCGGCUCUAAGAGCUACACCAUCGUAGUAAAGGUCCUUGAUUCUCCGGGCCCACCCUUAAACCUGACUGUGAAGGAAACCUCCAGAACCCAUGCCUGCAUCACCUGGGAUGCCCCACUGAUUGAUGGUGGUAGUCCAGUUAAGAACUACAUCGUAGAGAAACGUUUGGCUGAGAGGAAAGCCUGGACCUGUGUGUCAGCAGAUUGUCCUAAGAUUUCCUUCAGGAUCACCAACCUGGAGGCAGGACAGGCCUACUGCUUCAGAGUUCUAGCUGAAAAUGCAUACGGCAUUGGAGAAGGCUGUGAGACCCCAGGCAGCAUCAGGGCCUCUGAGCAACCUGGUCCAGUGACAGACUUCAAAGCUCAGAAGACUACAAAGAACUCUAUCACCCUGUCCUGGAAGAAGCCCAUCAAUGAUGGUGGGAGUUUUAUUACUGCAUACAUCUUGGAGCAGGGUGAAGGCGAGGAGAAGUGGAAGCAGAUCCUGAAAGGCAAGAAUACCUCACACACUAUUGGAGAACUGACAGAAAGCAAGGAGUAUUCUUUCAGGGUCAAGGCACUCAACGAGUCUGGAGAGGGACCACCCACUGAGCUCACUGCUGUUGCAAAGGACCAAUUUGUGCUACCCGACUGCAACUUAAGUGAUCUGCACGAUGGCUGCUGUGUGGUUAAGGAGGGCAGCACAACACGCAUUAACAUCCCCAUCACUGGAGUUCCAAACCCCACUGCUACCUGGAAGAAGGGCGAUAUGGGAGUGGGUGAUACUGGCCGGAUGUGUGUUGAAGCAUCUCAGGGCAUCACCACCUUACUGAUUAGAGACUGCCAGAGAGGAGAUGCUGACACCUACACUAUAAAUGUCAGGAACAGUGCUGGCUCAAAGGACUGCAAGUUCCAGCUGAAGGUGGUUGGCAAACCCGGUAUCUGCACUGGACCCAUUACGUUUGAUGAGAUAACUGCCGAUGCCAUCACACUAGAGUGGGGACCACCCAAAGAUGAUGGUGGUGCAGAGGUGUCUAAUUACAUUGUGGAGAAGAGGAGAACAACAGAUAACAAGUGGACUACAGUGGCUUCUGCCAUCCAGAAGACCACCAUGAGAGUGAUCAGACUCCAUGACGGGAUAGAAUACAUCUUUAGAGUGUUUGCUGAGAACAAGUAUGGGGUUGGAGAACAUCUGAGGUCUGACCCAGUCGUUGCCCAGCAUCCUUUCAAUGUUCCCGGGGCACCUGCUCCACCAGAAAUUGUGAGCAUCAGGCAUGAAUCAGCCAUCCUGACUUGGGUUGAUCCAAAGGACACUGGUGGUGCCCCAGUUACUGGAUAUCACAUAGAGUAUAAGGAAAAGAACAGUCUGAUGUGGAAACGGGCGAGUAAGACUCCUCUGAGAGUAAAAGAAUGUAGAGUCACUGGACUGACAGAAGGAUUAGAAUAUGAGUUCAGGGUAAUGGCCAUGAACAUGGCUGGCCUGGGAAAGGCUAGCAAAGUAACUGAGGCCGUAGUUGCUCUGGAUCCUAUUGAUCCUCCUGGCAAGCCUGAAGUAAUCAGUGUCACCAGGAGCACAGUCACUCUGAUGUGGACAGCUCCCAAAUAUGACGGUGGCUACAAGCUUACUGGUUAUAUCAUAGAGAAACUUGAGGCCAGUGGUAAGGCCUGGAUGAAAGCAAAUCAUGUCAACAUUCAGGGCUGUGCUUUUACCGUCACUGACCUGACUGAAGGAUCCCAGUAUGAAUUUAGAGUCAGAGCUAGGAAUGCUGCAGGUGCCAUCAGUAUUCCUUCAGAGCCUACUCCGCUUUUGACCUGCAAGGAUGAAUAUGAGCCCCCAACCAUCACUAUUGACCCAGAAAUGAAAGAUGGUAUAGCCAUCAGAGCAGGAGACACAAUUGUAAUCUCAGCUUCUAAAAUUGUGGGCAAACCUCCACCUACUGCAGCGUGGUCCAAGGGAGGACGUGAGUUGAAGACUUCUGACAUUGUCACCAUCACCAGUACCCCAACCUCCUCUACUCUGGCUAUUAAGUACGCAAGUCGGAAGAACACAGGGGAGUACACUAUCACUGCCAGCAACCCCUUUGGCAUUAAGGAAGAACAUGUUAAGGUGAAGGUCUUAGAUGUUCCUGGACCUCCAGGCCCAGUUGAAGCCAGUAACAUUUCAGCCGAAAAGUGUACCCUGACCUGGCUUCCACCAGAGGAGGAUGGAGGCUCUACUAUCAAAUCCUACAUCCUUGAGAAGAGAGAAACCAGCCGACUACAGUGGACCAAGCUAGCUGAAAAUGUCAUGGAUUGCAGACACGUAGUCAGCAAACUGAUUAAAGGCAAUGAAUACAUUUUCAGAGUGUCUGCUGUGAACCAGUAUGGCACAGGAGAUUCAACCCAGUCUGCUCCAGUCAAAAUGGUUGAUAGUUUCUCACCACCAGGUCCGCCCUCAACCCCAGAGAUUGAUAAUGUUAGUAGGAAUGCUGUCACCAUUUCAUGGAAGAGACCAGUACGAGAUGGGGGAAGUGACAUUAGGGGAUACUGUGUUGAGAGGAAAGAGAGAAAAGGACUGAGAUGGGUCAGAGCCUGUAAGCGGACUAUCCCUGACCUGCGGUUUAAGGUGCAAGGCCUGAGUGAGGGAGUAGAGUACGAGUUUAGAGUCACUGCUGAGAACAAGGCUGGAUUUGGGGAGCCAAGUGAACCAUCGCGCCCUGUCAUGACAAAAGAUAUUGUGUAUCCACCCGGUCCCCCAUCCAACCCUAGAAUUACAGAAACCACCAAAACCUCAGCCACAUUCACCUGGGGCCGACCCCACUAUGAUGGUGGUCUUGAAGUAGAGGGCUACAUUGUUGAAUAUAAAAAGGAAGGACAUGAUGAUUGGGAGACAGAGACACAGUACCCACUGAAAGCUUCAGAAUACGUGAUUGGUAAACUACAAAAAGGAGGCAAAUACCACUUCAGGGUUAGUGCUGUAAACUCUGAGGGAAUAGGCGAGCCUGCAGAGGUUGAGAAAGUGACUGAAUUGGUGGACCAGGAGAUGUUGCCAGACUUUGAGCUGGAUGCUGAACUCAGAAGAACUCUGGUAGUUAGAGUUCGUGCUUCAAUCCGUAUGUUUGUUCCUAUCAAGGGUCGUCCUGUCCCUGAAGUCACAUGGAGUAAAGAUGAUGCUAACCUGAAAACACGUGCACAUAUUGACAACACAGAGUCGUACACUCUUCUGGUUAUUCCUGACUGCACAAGAUAUGAUGCUGGAAAAUACCACCUUUCUCUAGAGAAUGUUGCUGGAAAGAAGACUGGGUUUGUUAAUGUGAAAGUUCUGGAUACACCGGGACCACCAGUCAAUCUCAAACCUAGAGAGAUCACGAAGAACAGCAUCACCCUACAGUGGGAAAUUCCCAUUAUUGACGGUGGUUCUAAGAUUCGUAACUACAUUAUUGAGAAAAGAGCAGCCACUAAGAAGGCCUACACAGUGCUUAGCACCACAUGGCAGAAGUGUUCCUUCAAGAUUCCAGACCUCGAGGAGGGAGCUUACUACUAUUUCCGUGUCUCAGCUGAGAAUGACCUGGGUGUGGGUGAGCCAGCUGAAACCCCAGAGCCAAUCAGGGUAUCCCAGGCCCCCUCUGCCCCAGAAAAUUUGUAUGUCACCGAUGUUACCUCUGAUAGUGCCAGCCUUGCAUGGACCAAGCCUUUGCAUGAUGGUGGCAGCUUGAUCACUGGGUAUGUCAUUGAGGCUCAAAAGAAGGACACUGAUCAGUGGGUCCAUGUGGCCACCAUUAAGGCUCUGGAUUAUACUGUUACAGAUCUAAUUGAGGGUGCUGAAUAUACCUUCCGUAUAAUGGCAGUCAAUGCAUCAGGCAGGAGUGAUCCCCGUGAGAGCAGACCAGCUGUUAUCAAAGAGCAGACUUCUGCUCCUUCAUUUGACCUGCGUGGGGUCUACCAGAAAACGAUCAUUGCUAAGGCAGGAGAUCGGUUGAAGGUGGAGAUUCCAGUGUUGGGCAAACCAAGGCCUGUGGUUUCAUGGAAGAAAGGAGAUACAGUGCUCAAGGAGACACAAAGACUCAACAUUGAAACCACACCAACAUCAACUAUUCUCAACAUCAGUGAGAUAAAAAAGAAAGAUGGAGGCCAGUAUUCUAUGACUGGUAAAAACAUGCUGGGGGCAAUGACAGAGACAAUCACAAUCCUGGUUCAUGACAUUCCUGGACCUCCAACUGGUCCUAUUAAGCUGGAAGAAAUUUCAUGUGAUUAUGUGCUGAUGUCCUGGGACCCACCAGAAAAUGAUGGAGGUGUUCCUAUUAACAACUAUAUUGUUGAGAUGCGGGAGACCACUGGUACUUCAUGGGUAGAGCUGGCAGCUACAGUCAUCCGCACCACAUUUAAGGCAGCCAGACUCACUACAGGAACUCAGUAUCAGUUCCGCAUCAAGGCCCAGAACAGAUAUGGGAUUGGACCAAGCAUUAUCUCUGAACCAGUGGUAGCUGUCUAUCCAUUUGAUGUACCAAGCCAGCCUGGCACUCCCGUGGUCACCUCUUUCAACAAGGAUGCUAUGACCCUUAGUUGGAAUGAGCCAUCCUCUGAUGGAGGUAGUGCCAUUCUGGGCUAUCAUGUGGAAAGGAAAGAGAAAAACAGUAUUCUGUGGCAGAGGAUCAGCAAAGCCCUUGUUGUUGGAAAUCUGUUUAAAUCAACGGGCCUUAUUGAUGGAAUUGCAUAUGAACACCGUGUUAUUGCUGAAAAUAUGGCUGGUCUCAGCAAAGCCAGCAAACCCUCUGAGCCCAUGUAUGCUUUGGACCCAGUUGAUCCACCAGGCAGGCCAGUAGCACUAAAUAUUACUAGGCAUGAAGUGACCUUGUCAUGGACCAAGCCAGAGGGAGAUGGAGGAUUUUCUAUUACUGGAUACACCGUAGAGAGGAGGGAGAUGCCCAAUGGACGUUGGCUCAAAGCAAACUUCAACAACAUUCUGGAAACUAUCUACACAGUCAGUGGUCUAACUGAAGAUGCAACCUAUGAAUUCCGUGUGUUUGCUAGGAACUCAGCUGGUGCUGUUAGUGCUCCAUCCCAGUCAUCUGAAGCAAUCUUGUGCAGAGAUGACAUUGAAGAGCCCCGGCUUGAUGUAGAUGCAUCAUAUAGCAGCACUGUUGUUGUCAUGGCAGGAGAGGUAUUCAAGUUGGAAGCCAGUGUAACUGGAAGGCCAAUCCCAUCUCUGGUAUGGACCAAAGAAGGAAAGGAGCUUGAGGAUACAGCCAAAAUUGAGAUAAAAACAUCCGAGUUCCACACAACUUUAACAAACAAAGAUUCGCUCAGGAGGGAUGGUGGUGCUUUCACUUUGAUUGCCAGCAAUCCUGGUGGCUUUGCUAAGUUCAUAUACAAUGUCAAGGUGUUAGAUAGACCAGGACCUCCCAACUCCCUCACUGUAACAGAUGUCACUGCUGAGAAAUGUGUCCUUAAUUGGCUCCAUCCAACACAUGAUGGUGGUGCCAAGAUUGAGUACUUUAUCAUUCAGAGACGAGAGACCAGCAGGUUGGCUUGGACAAAUGUGGCCACAGACCUUCAAGCUAAUAGGUUCAAGGUCACCAAGCUUCUAAAGGGCAAUGAAUACAUUUUCAGAGUUAUGGCUGUUAACAAGUAUGGUGUGGGUGAACCUGUGGAGUCAGAACCUGUCAUCUGUGCCAACCCCUAUGUACCCAGUGACCCACCACAGCAACCUGAAGUCACCAUAAUCACCAAGGAUUCUAUGGUUGUCUGCUGGGAUCGCCCUGAACAUGAUGGUGGCAGUAGAAUAAACACAUACAUAAUUGAAAGACGGGACAAAACUGGCCUGCGCUGGGUGAAGUGCAACAAGAGGACUGUAACUGACUUGCGAUUCAAAGUCUCAGGCCUCACACCAGGGCAUGAAUAUGAAUUCAGAGUUCUUGCUGAGAAUAAUGCUGGGCUAAGUCAGCCCAGUCCUUCCAGUCCAUUCUACAAAGCCAUUGACACCAUCUUCCAACCUGGACCUCCAGGGAACCCCAGAGUGCUGGACACAACCAAGUCUUCUAUCACACUUGCAUGGAACAAGCCUGUCUAUGAUGGUGGUUCAGAAAUCACUGGUUACAUAGUGGAGACCUGCCUGCCUGAGGAGGAUGAAUGGACAAUUCACACUCCCAAGAAUGGUUGGACUGCCACUUCUUUCACCAUCACCAAUUUGAGGGAAAACCAAGAGUAUAAAAUCAAUAUUUCUGCAACUAAUUGUGAAGGAGUGGGAGAGCCUGCAGCUGUUCCUGGAACACCCAAGUCUGAAGACAGACUAGUUCCUCCAGAAAUUGAACUUGGAGCAGAACUACGUAAGGUGGUCUGCAUCAGAGCCUGCAGCACACUCAGACUUUUUGUCCCUAUCAAGGGAAGACCAGCACCUGAAAUAAAAUGGUCUAGAGAGCAUGGGGAAUCUCUAGAUAAAGCUAACAUUGAAAUCACCUCAUCAUUCACCACUCUUCAGGUAGAGAAUGUUGACAGAUUUGAUGGGGGUAAAUACAUUGUGACUGUAGAGAAUGCCUCAGGAAGUAAGACAGCCUUUGUUAAUGUCAGAGUGCUAGACAGUCCUGGAGCACCUCAGAAUCUGAUUGUCAGGGAGGUCACUAGAGAUUCAGUUUCUCUUGCUUGGGAUGCUCCUGUCAUUGAUGGUGGUUCCAGAGUCCGCAAUUACAUCGUGGAGAAGCGUGAAUCAACCAGAAAGGCUUAUUCAACUGUGUGUGCCAGCUGCCAUAAGUCAAGUUGGAAAGUUGGAGACCUAGAGGAGGGAAAGAUGUACUUCUUUAGAAUUUUGGCUGAGAAUGAAUAUGGCAUUGGCCUCCCAGUAGAGACUCUUGAACCAAUUAAAGCAUCAGAGAGGCCUCUUCCCCCAGGCAAAGUGUCUCUCCGUGAAGUUACCAGCAAAAGUGUCACAUUAAGUUGGGAAAAGCCUGACCAUGACGGUGGAAGCAGAAUCACUGGCUAUAUAGUUGAGAUGCAGGGAAAAGGCAGUGAGAAGUGGACCCAGGUUAUGGUUGUAAAAAGCAAUGAAGCUCAUGUUACUGGCCUUACACAGGGAGAGGAGUAUACAUUCCGUAUUUCAUCCAUUAAUGAAAAGGGAGUCAGUGACCCCCGCCCUCUCAAUGUGCCUGUGGUUGCCAAGGAUCUGGUCAUCUCACCAACCUUCAAACUUCUUUUCAGCACAUUUAGUGUGCUAGCAGGGGAUGAUCUGAAAAUAGAUGUACCAUAUGCUGCCCAUCCCAAGGCUACAGCAACUUGGCUCAAAGAUGGUGUUGCUCUCAAAGAGACGACAAGAGUGAAUGCAGAUGCCACAGACAAAAAUCUUCUCCUGGUUAUUAAGGAGGCUUGCAGAGAUGAUGUGGGAACAUAUACUGUCAAACUUACUAACACAGCUGGAGAGGCAUCUACAGAUAUCAGUGUUAUUGUUUUAGAUAAGCCUGGCCCUCCAACUGGCCCAAUUAAGCUAGAUGAGGUCACUGCUGAUAGCGUGAUCCUGUCCUGGGAUCCACCUCAGUAUGAUGGCGGUUGUGCCAUCAAUAAUUACAUCGUUGAGAAGAGAGACACAUCUACCACAAACUGGCAGAUUGUGUCAGCUACAGUAGCCAGAACCACUAUCAAGGCAGCACGUCUGAAAACUGGAUCUGAGUACCAAUUCAGGAUUGCUGCAGAGAACAGAUAUGGCAAAUCUUCAGCCCUGUUAUCUGAUACUAUUGUUGCUCAGUAUCCUUUUGAGGUUCCUAGUUCACCACGUUCUGUUACCGUUCAGUCAACCACCAAGGAAAGUAUGGUGGUUGUAUGGGAAAAACCCAGCAAUGAUGGUGGAAGCAAGAUUUUGGGAUACCAUUUAGAGCUAAAAGAGAGAAACAAUAUAUUGUGGGUGAAACAGAACAAACAACUUGUCCCAGAAACUAGAUUCAAGGUUAUUGGCCUGGAGGAGGGUAUUGAAUAUGAGUUCAGAGUUUAUGCUGAGAACAUUGUUGGCCUCAGCAAAGCCAGCAAAGUGAGUGAAAUACAAGUUGCCCGAGAUCCUUGUGACAGACCAGGAAAACCAGAAGCUGUCAUUGUAACACGGAACCAAGUGACACUAAGAUGGACAAAACCCCAAUAUGAUGGUGGAAUCAAGAUCACAGGUUAUGUUAUUGAGAAGAAGGAGGGAGCUGGUCGCUGGAUGAAGGCCAGUUUCACUAACAUCACUGAAACAGAAUUUGUUGUCACAGGACUUAUUGAGAAUCAGACUUAUGAAUUCCGUGUCAUUGCCAAAAAUGCAGCAGGUGUUUUUAGCCAGCCAUCUGAUUCUACUGGAGCCAUCACUGCCAAGGAUGAGGUGGAUCCACCCAAAAUUGACUUGGAAGUUAAAUACUCCCAAACUGUGGUAGUUAAUGCUGGAGAGACAUUUAAACUUGAGGCUGCUGUUUACGGUAAACCUGUACCCACAAUUCAUUGGCUGAAAGAGGGCCAGGAGAUCACCGAAGCAGCUCGCUUAGAGCUUAAGAACACAGAUUUUACAGCUUGUCUUGUUGUUAAAGAAGCCAUCCGUGUUGAUGGAGGUCAGUACAUACUUCUAGUAAAGAAUGUUGGAGGAGAGAAAUCUGUUAACAUUAAUGUUAAGGUUUUAGAUAGACCUGGUGCACCCGAAGGCCCUAUAUCCAUUUAUGGUGUCACUAAUGAAAAAUGCUCAAUUUCCUGGAAACCUCCCUUGCAAGACGGAGGAAGUGAUGUUUCCCAUUAUAUUGUUGAGAGGAGGGAAACCAGCAGAUUGGUUUGGACUGUAGUUGAACCAAAAGUUCAGACACUGAACUUGAAGAUCACCAAAUUACUUCCUGGUAAUGAAUAUAUUUUCAGAGUGAUUCCUGUUAACAAAUAUGGAGUUGGAGAGCCACUGGAAUCUGAGCCAAUGGUUGCCAGGAAUCCAUUUGUCACUCCCAACCCACCAACAAAUGUGGAAGUUUCCACAAUCACCAAAGACUCUAUGGUGGUGACCUGGGAGAGACCAACUAAUGAUGGUGGCAGCCCAAUCCAGGGAUACAUUGUUGAGAAACGUGACAAGGAUGGUGUGCGAUGGACUAGAUGCAACAAGCGCAAUAUUAGUGAGCUGCGCUUUAGAGUUACCGGGCUUCUUGAAAACCAUAGCUAUGAAUUCAGAGUUGCUGCUGAGAAUGCUGCAGGUGUUGGCAUGCCUAGUGCACCAACAGUGUACUACAAAGCACUGGAUCCUGUCUUCAAACCAGGCCCACCAAACAACCCCAAGGUGGUAGACACAUCUAGAUCCACUGUUUCUCUAACAUGGGGCAAACCCAUCUAUGAUGGUGGCUGCGAGGUUCAGUCUUACAUUGUAGAGGCAUGUAAUGGUGCAUCUGAUGAGUGGUUUAUGUGUACUCCACCAACUGGAAUCAUGGACACAAAAUAUACUGUGAAAAAACUUCUGGAAAAGCAUGAGUACCAAUUUAGAGUGUGUGCAAUCAACAAGGUUGGUGUUGGUGAGCAUGCUGAUGUUCCUGGAAAAAUUCUUUUGGAGGAGAAACUUGAAGCACCUGAUCUUGAUCUUGAUGUAGAUAUGAGAAAGAUGAUCAACAUCAGAGCAGCAAGUACGCUCAGAUUGUUUGUUCCUGUAAGGGGUCGUCCAGCUCCAGAGGUGAAAUGGGGCAAGGCUGAUGGUGAGAUUAAGGAGACUGCUCAGAUUGACAAUACAGGCAACUAUGCAUCACUUGUCAUUGAGAAUGUUGACAGAUUUGAUAGUGGCAAGUACACCCUGACUGCUGAGAAUGCUAGUGGAGUAAAAUCAGUCUUCAUAAGUGUCAGAGUGCUGGACUCCCCUAGUCCACCAACUAACUUCGUGGUGAAAGAGAUUACCAAGAAUUCUGUCACUCUCACAUGGGAGCCUCCACAUCUGGAUGGUGGCUCAAAGAUUAAGCACUAUAUUGUUGAAAAGCGUGAGAGCACCAGGAAAGUGUACUCUCCCAUCACGACAUGCAACAAGAUGUCAUGGAAAGUUGAACCUCUUCCAGAGGGUGGAAUCUUUUUCUUUAGAGUAUUGGCUGAGAAUGAAUAUGGUGUGGGUCUCCCUGCUAAAACUAUAGAACCAGUUAAGAUAUCUGAGAAACCUCAGCCACCUGGCAAGGUCAGUGUUGUUGAUGUUACUCACAGCACUGUAACUUUAACUUGGGAAAAGCCUCUGCAUGACGGUGGUAGUAGAAUCACCCACUAUGAAGUUGAACUAGCUCCCAAGGACAGUGAAGCUUGGUCUAUAUGUGCUAGUGUGAAAGCACUGGAAACAUUAGUGACAAACCUUCUCAAGGGAGAGGAGUACCAGUUCAGAGUUGUUGCUGUAAAUGACAAGGGCAAAAGUGACCCACGACAGUUGGCUCAUUCUGUUGUAGCAAAGGACCUUGUUAUUGAACCUGCUGUUAGACCCAAGGCAAGUUCUUACAGUGUCCAGGUGGGGUAUGACCUCAAGUUAGAGGUCCCGGUCGCUGGUCACCCUAAACCAAUUAUCACCUGGACCAAAGAUGGCGUAGCCCUUAAGCAGACUACCAGAGUCAAUGUCACCGACUCAGCACAAACUACCACUCUUACCAUAAAGGAUGCUACCAGAGAAGAUGGAGGUAUGUACACUAUCGGUGUCUCCAAUGACCUUGGUUCAAAGGAUGCCACUGUAGAGGUGAUCACCUUGGACAAACCAGGCCCACCCACAGGCCCUGUAAAGUUGGAGGAUAUCAGUGCUGAGAGCAUCACCCUCAGCUGGGAACCUCCUACAUACACAGGUGGUUGUCCAAUCUCAAACUAUGUGGUGGAGAAGAAAGACACAACCACAACAAACUGGUCGGUUGUGUCUGCCACUGUGGCUAGAACCACUCUAAAAGUCAGCAAUCUGAAGACAGGCACUGAGUACCAGUUCAGAAUCUAUGCUGAAAAUAGAUAUGGAAAGAGCUAUGCAAUUGAUUCACAGCCUGUUGUGGCACAGUAUCCAUUCCAGGAGCCAGGACCACCAGGAACACCAUUUGUUUCUUCAUACACUAAAGACUACAUGGUAGUUGAGUGGCAUAAACCCCCAAGUGAUGGUGGCAGUGCCAUCUUGGGCUACCAUUUGGAAAGAAAAGAAAGGAACAGUAUCCUCUGGACAAAGAUAAACAAAAUGCUCAUCCAAGAUUGUAGAUUCAAAUCUACUCCACUCGAGGAAGGCAUUGAGUAUGAGUAUAGAGUCUAUGCAGAGAAUAUUGUUGGCAUUGGUGAAUGUAGCAAAGUGUCUGAGGUUUAUGUUGCCCGUGAUCCAUGUGAUCCUCCUAGCCGUCCUGAGGCUGUGAUUGUGACCAGGCACUCAGUGAAACUCAAGUGGAACCCCCCGGCAUACGAUGGUGGGAGUUUAGUUACAGGUUAUCUAGUAGAGAAACGUGAUCUUCCUGAAGGAAAAUGGAUGAAGGCUAGCUUCACAAACAUCAUUGAACACGAAUUCACAGUUACUGGCCUCACAGAAGAUAGCAAAUAUGACUUCAGAGUAAUUGCAAAGAAUGCUGCAGGUGCCGUUAGCAAGCCCUCUGAGAGCACAGGAUCCAUAACUGCUAAGGAUGAAGUUGUACCACCUAAGAGUGAGACAGAUCCUAUGUACAACCAGACCAUUGUUAUAAAUGCAGGAGAGACAUUCAAUCUUGAGGCCAGUGUGGAAGGAAAGCCUAUUCCAACUGCUCAGUGGUUCAAGGGGAAUCUUGAAGUUGAAAACUCAGCAAGAGCGGAGAUCAGAAACACAGAUUUUAAAGCUUUGCUUGUUGUAAAGGAUGCUAUCAGAGUUGAUGGUGGACAGUAUACUCUGGUUCUCACAAAUGUGGCAGGAAGUAAGACUAUCCCCUUCAGUGUGAAGGUUCUGGACAGACCAGGGCCUUCAGAAGGACCUCUUACUAUCAGCAAUGUUACUGAGGAAAAAUGCUCACUGUCGUGGCUGCCACCCAGGCAUGACGGAGGCGCCAGCAUUUCUCACUACAUCAUUCAGAAAAGAGAAACUAGCCGCUUGGCAUGGACUGUGGUCUGCAGUGAUUGUAAAGCUACCAUGUUUAAAGUUACAAAACUACUGAAGGGAAAUGAGUACAUCUUCAGAGUCAUGGCUGUCAACAAAUAUGGCACAGGUGAGCCACUUGAAUCAGCACCAGUUAUCAUGAGAAAUCCAUUUGUUCCACCUGGAGCACCUCAGGAUCUUGAGAUCACAAAUAUCACCAGGGAUUCUAUGACUGUAUGUUGGAACCGUCCUGAGACAUCAGGAGGCAGUGACAUUGUUGGCUACAUUGUUGAGAAGAGAGACAGAGCAGGAGUGAGGUGGACCAAGUGCAACAAACGCAGAGUGACAGACUUGCGUUUCAGAGUAACAGGACUGACUGAGGACCAUGAAUACGAAUUCAGGAUAUCUGCUGAGAAUGCAGCUGGAGUGGGCCAGCCAAGUCCAUCGACAACCUAUCUUAAGGCAUGUGACCCCACCUUCGAGCCAGGCUGUCCCACCAAUGUCCAUGUGGUAGACACUACUAGAGACUCCAUUAGUCUGGCUUGGCACAGACCUAUCUAUGAUGGUGGCUGUGAGAUUCAAGGCUACGCUGUGGAAAUAACCAAGGCUGAUGAGGAGGAAUGGGCCAUAUGCACCCCACCUUGUGGAGUCAAUGCUACCAAGUUUACUAUCAAAAAGUUGAUUGAACACCAAGAAUACAAAGUCCGCAUUUGUGCCAUCAACAAGGUGGGUGUUGGUGAGCCCACUGAGAUUCAGGGAGUCGUCAAACCUAUGGAUAAAAUUGACCCUCCAGAAGUGAUUCUGGAUUCAGAGCUCAGGAAGGGAAUAGUUGUCCGUGCAGGAGGCUCGAUGAGAGUCUGCAUUCCAUUCAAAGGCCGUCCUACUCCUGAGAUAAACUGGGCCAAAGAGGAUGGAGAGUUACCCAGUAAAGUUCAGGUUGAGACUGGUGAAGAUUACACACAGCUCUCAAUUGAAAUCUGUGACAAAUAUGAUGCUGGAAAGUACGUGCUCAAUUUAGAAAACAGUGCUGGCACCAAAUCAGCUUUUGUUUCCGUUAAGGUGCUAGACACUCCAGGGGCUCCUUUAAACCUAACAGUAACAGACAUCAAGAGGGAAAGUGUGACUCUGACCUGGGAGCCUCCUCUUAUUGAUGGUGGUGCAAGAAUCAAGAAUUACCUUGUUGAAAAGAGGGAGUCCACAAGGAAGGUUUACUCUAAUGUGGACAACAAGUGCACAAAGACAAGCUAUCGUAUAACUGGCCUGACAGAGGGAACUAUAUAUUAUUUCAGAGUCUUAGCAGAGAAUGAGUUUGGUGUGGGACAGCCAGCUGAGACAGAAGAAUCAGUAAAAACAUCUGAGCCCCCCCUGCCUGUGGGUAAGGUCACAUUGACCGAAGUGACAAAAACAACUGCUUCACUCUCCUGGGAGAAGCCAGAUCAUGAUGGAGGUAGCAGAAUAAUUGGUUACUACAUUGAGAUGCAGCCUGUUGGCUCAGAGGAAUGGGUGGUAGCUGCCACAUGCAAAACUUGUGAAGGCACUGUCACAGGCCUCAGUGCAGGGCAUGAGUACCUAUUUCGAAUCUUAGCCUUCAAUGAGAAGGGCAAGAGUGACCCUAGACCUUUGGCUGCGCCAGUCACUGCUAAAGAUAUAACCAUUGAACCCAAAUUCAAGAUUCAAUUUAACACUUAUAGUUUACAGCACGGUGAGGAUUUGAAGAUUGAGAUUCCAGUGAUUGGACGACCUGUUCCCAAGGUUGAAUGGAAGAAGGAUGGACAAGCUCUUAAAGAGACAACAAGAAUUAAUGUUUCCAGCACAUUGUCAUGCACUAAGCUGUACAUCAAAGAUGCAAAUAAGGACGACUCUGGCAAAUACACUGUCACAGCCACCAGUAGCAUUGGAACAGCUACAGAGGAGAUUACUGUUAUUAUUCUUGAUAAGCCUGGGCCACCCACGGGCCCUGUAAAGAUAGAAGAGGUGAGCUCUAAUUAUGUCACUCUCUCUUGGGAGCCACCAGAGUAUACCGGAGGCUGUCCCAUCAAUAAUUACAUCGUGGAGAAGAGAGAUACUACCACCACAGCAUGGCAGAUUGUUUCUGCUACUAUUGCCAGGACAACCAUCAAAGUCACCAAGUUGAAGACUGGUGUUGAAUAUCAAUUCAGAGUGUCAGCUGAAAAUAGAUACGGGAAGAGUUCUGCAAUUGUCUCUCCUGCUGUUAUUGCUCAGUAUCCAUUUAGUGAGCCUGUGGCCCCAGGAACACCAGUCAUUUCUUCUGUAACCAAGGAUAGCAUGGUCGUUGAGUGGAAACCUCCUACCAACAAUGGGGGCAGUCCAAUUCUUGGCUAUCACCUUGAGAGAAAAGAAAAGAAUAGCCUCUUGUGGACUAAAUUAAACAAGCUUCUAAUCCCAGACACACGUUUCAGAACUACAGAACUUGAAGAAGGUAUUGAGUAUGAAUUCAGGGUUUAUGCUGAAAACAUUGCUGGUCUCAGCCCAGCUAGCAAGCUGUCUGAGAGCACAGUAGCAAGGGACCCUUGUGACUCACCAGGAACUCCUGAGCCUAUUGAAAUCACCAGAAACCAUGUGACACUCCAGUGGACCAAGCCCCAGUAUGAUGGAGGGAGUGCAAUUACUGGCUAUGUGAUUGAGAGAAGGAAGCACCCAGACACCCGCUGGAUGAAGGCCAGCUUCACUAACAUCAUUGAUACACAAUUUACACUUACUGGUCUGACUGAAGACUGUGUGUAUGAGUUCAGGGUCAUUGCCAGAAAUGGUGCUGGGAUUUUGAGCCAACCCUCUCAGAGCACAGGGGAAAUUACUGCCAAAGAUGAAAUUGAGGCUCCAGCAGCCACCAUGGAUUCGAAAUUCAAGGAUAUGACUAUUGUUCACGCAGGUGAGACAUUUGUCAUUGAUGCUGACUAUACUGGAAAACCUUUGCCUGAGGUCAUUUGGUUAAAGGAUGGAAAAGAGAUUGACAAAGCCACACCAAGAAUGGAAAUCAAGACUACCCUUACACGUACCAUCCUGACAGUCAAGGAUUGCAUCAGAGUGGAUGGUGGCCACUUUGUCCUCAAGCUUAUUAAUGUGGGAGGAGUCAAGAUGAUCCCAGUUAAUGUCAAAGUUCUGGAUAGACCUGGGCCUCCAGAUGGACCUCUAGAAGUCAAAGGGGUCACAGCUGAGAAAUGUUAUCUGCAUUGGAAUCAUCCCUCACAUGACGGAGGAGCUGGCAUCUCUCACUAUAUCAUUGAGAAGAGAGAGACUAGUCGUUUGUCAUGGACUAUGGUUGAGCCCAAGAUUCAGGCAAUCAGCCACAAAAUCACAAAACUAUUGCCUGGCAAUGAAUAUAUCUUUCGAGUUACUGCUGUAAAUAAAUAUGGUGUUGGCGAGCCUUUAGAAUCAGAAGCUGUUGUUGCUCGUAACCCUUUCACCACUCCCAGUGCCCCCUCAAACCUUGAGGUCGGUGCCAUCACUAGGGACUCCAUGGUGCUUUCCUGGGAGAGGCCCAAUGAUAAUGGAGGUGCAGAGAUUGAGGGAUAUGUCCUUGAAAAACGUGAUAAAGAUGGUAUCAGAUGGAGUAAAUGCAACAAGAAGAGGCUGAAUGACCUGCGAUUCAGAUGCACUGGUCUCACAGAGGGCCACUCAUAUGAAUUCAGGGUUUCGGCUGAAAAUGCUGCUGGUGUAGGAAAGCCUAGUGCACCAACUCCGUACAUCAAGGCCUGUGAUGCCACUUAUCCACCUGGACCCCCAAAUAAUCCAAAGGUCACUGACCAUUCAAGUACCACAGUUUCCCUUUCAUGGUCCAGGCCUAUAUAUGAUGGUGGUGCACAGAUCACUGGGUAUAUUAUUGAAAUGAAAGAGGCAACAGAUGAUGAAUGGAUCAUUAGCACACCACACACUGGCGUCCAAGCCACUAACUACACAGUAAAGAAACUUAAGGAGAAUGCGGAAUACAACUUCCGCAUAAGUGCUGUUAAUUGUGAGGGAGUAGGAGAACAUGUAGAUUUGCCUUGUUCUGUGAUUGCUGCAGAGAAGCUGGAGGCUCCUGAAAUUGAACUAGAUUGUGACCUAAGAAAGAUGGUCAACGUCCGUGCCUCUGCUACCUUGCGUCUGUUUGUGACAACCAGAGGGAAGCCUGAGCCUGAAGUCAGAUGGUCAAAGGCUGAUGGCACUCUAAAUGAACGUGCCCAGAUAGAAGUCACAAGCUCUUACACAAUGCUGGUGAUUGAGAAUGUUGACAGAUUUGACACUGGCAAAUAUGUGCUGACCCUUGAAAACCUCAGUGGCUCUAAAUCAGCCUUUAUCAACGUCAGAGUUCUGGAUUCUCCUAGUGCUCCUACUAACCUCGGAGUUAAGGAUGUUAAAAGAAAUUCUGUCUCUCUCUCCUGGGAGCCUCCUCUAAUUGAUGGUGGGGCUAAGAUAUCACAUUAUAUAGUGGAGAAGAGAGAACAGAAGAGAAUGGCUUUCACCAGUGUUUGCACUAACUGCGUCAGAAACUCCUACAUUAUUUCAGACCUGCAGGAAGGAGGCCGAUACUAUUUCCGUGUGUUAGCUGUGAAUGAACUCGGAGUAGGUCUGCCUGCAUCCACAGAUCAAGUUAAGGUGUCUGAGCCUCCUCUGCCUCCUGGUAAGAUUGUGGUUGUUGACAUUACUCGUCAUGCUGUUACACUCUCUUGGGAGAAACCUGAUCAUGAUGGAGGCAGUAAGAUUACAAACUAUAUUGUGGAGAUGCAGCCCAAGGGAGAUGACAAAUGGACGGUGUGCAGUGAAGUCAAAGCACUUGAAGCUACCAUUGAUGGACUCACAACUGGAGAGGAAUACUCCUUCAGGGUAACUGCUGUGAAUGAUAAGGGUAGAAGCGAUGCUAAGCCUCUGGCUACUCCUGUGGUGGUAAGGGACAUCACGAUGGAGCCCAUCAUCAACCUGUUAUUCACCACAUACAGUGUAAAAGCAGGAGAUGAUUUGAAGAUUGACGUUCCCUUCAAAAGCAGACCACAGCCUGAGGUGUGCUGGAAGAAGGAUGGCCAAGUGCUUAAGCAGACAACCAGGGUAAAUGUUCUCAAUUCAAAAACCUCAUCUAAGAUUGUCAUCAAGGAUGCCACGAAGGAGGAUGUAGGGAAGUAUGUGAUUACCCUGACUAACUCAGUUGGUACCAAGUCAGCUGAAAUCUCUGUUAUAAUCCUGGAUAAACCUGGACCACCUAGUAACAUUAAGGUUGAUGAGGUGAGCGCUGACUUUAUUUCUCUGUCUUGGGAUCCUCCAACCUAUGAUGGUGGUUGUCAGAUUAACAACUAUGUAGUUGAGAAGAGAGACACUACUACUACAACAUGGCAAAUCGUGUCAGCCACAGUGGCCAGAACAUCAAUAAAGGUUUCUCGACUUACUCAGGGGACAGAGUACCAGUUCCGCAUUGCAGCUGAGAACCGUUAUGGGAAGAGUCCUGCCAUAGAUUCUGCUCCUGUUGUUGCUCAGUAUCCAUUUGAGCCUCCUGGCCCUCCAACCCAACUUCAUGUUGUCCAUGCCACCAAAACUGGGAUGCUCGUGGUAUGGGGCAGACCUGCAAGUGAUGGUGGAAGUCCUGUUAUUGGUUAUCACAUUGAAAGCAAAGACCAAAGCAGCAUCUUGUGGACCAAGGUCAACAGAGGUCUGGUGACUGAGAACCAGUUUAAGAUGACAGGAAUGGAAGAAGGUCUGUUGUAUCAGUUCAGAGUGUAUGCUGAGAAUAUUGCUGGAAUUGGUCCAUGCACUAGGGCAAGUGACCCUGUGGCAGCCAGGGAUCCAUGUGAAUCUCCACAUAACCUUAGAGUCACAAACAUCACUAGAAAUUCAGUUUCUCUUUUUUGGGAAAGACCUGAAUAUGAUGGCAGUGCAAAAAUUACUGGCUACAUUGUUGAGCGUCAAGAGCUUCCCAAUGGUCGCUGGCUGAAAUGCAACUUCACCAAUGUUCAAGACACUUACUUCGAUGUCACUGGUCUCACAGAAGAUGUCCGAUAUGAUUUCCGUGUUAUUGCUAAAAAUUCUGCAGAGCAAUUGAGUGCUCCUUCAGAAAGCACUGGACCCGUCACUGUCAAAGAUGAUGUAGAUCCUCCCACCAUUAUACUGGAAGAUAAAUUCAGACAGUUGGUUGUCAUUAAGGCUGGAGAAAUCAUUAGAAUUGAUGCCGAAAUUACUGGGCGUCCACUCCCAGUUGUUUCAUGGUCUAAGGAUGGUAAGGAGAUUGAGGCCAAGGCUAGAUGUGAAAUCACAUCCACUAACUUCACAACCACGCUCAUUGUCAAAGAUGCUAUCAGAAGGGACUCUGGACAGUAUGUUCUAACUCUGCACAAUGUAGCUGGAACCAGAUCUGUGGCUAUCAACUGUAAGGUUCUGGACAGACCUGGACCUGCAUCAGGACCUUUAACAGUUUCUGGUCUCACAGCAGAGAAAUGCACCCUGUCAUGGGGACCACCUCAGGAAAAUGGUGGUGCUGAAAUUAUGCACUACAUUGUUGAGAAACGUGAGACCAGUCGUCUUGCCUGGACUCUUGUCUAUGGUGACAUGAAGGCAACUACCUGCAAAGUGACUAAACUGCUCAAAGGAAAUGAGUACAUCUUCCGAGUUAGGGGAGUCAACAAAUAUGGAGAUGGUGAAAGCCUGGAGAGUGAGCCAACAAAGGCCACUGAUCCAUUCACUGUCCCUUCAGCUCCCACUAAUGUCCAGGUCACCUCUGUUACAAGUGAGGCAAUGACCAUUUGCUGGGAAAGACCUGUUUCUGAUGGUGGCAGCAGUAUUGCUGGCUAUGUAAUUGAGAAGCGAGAGAAGACUGGCCUCCGCUGGUGCCGUGUCAACAAGAAACCUGUUUAUGACCUUAGAGUGAAAGCUUCACACCUUCGCGAGGGCUGUGAGUACGAAUACAGAGUUUUUGCAGAGAAUACUGCUGGCCUCAGUGCUCCUAGCACUCCUUGCCCACUCACCAGGGCAGAAGACCCACAGUUUUUACCCUCACCUCCAGCUAAGCCUAGGAUAAUUGACUCCACAAAGACUACAGUCACCCUGUCAUGGAAUAAGCCACUUUUUGAUGGUGGAGCACCUGUGACUGGUUACAGAGUAGAAUACAGGAAGACAUUAGAUGAUGAAUGGAUUGUUGGAGUACAGAACACCAAAAACACAGAAUUUACAGUGGUGGGAUUAUCACCUGGAACUGAAUAUGUGUUUGUUGUCAAAUCCAUUAACAAGAUUGGAGUGAGUGAGCCCAGUCCUGAGUCAGACAAACAAGUUGCCAAAGAAAGAGAGGAGGAGCCAACCUUUGAUGUUAGCAAUGAAAUGAGAAAGACUCUUAUUGUAAAGGAUGGAAGCUCUUUCACAAUGAAAGUUCCUUUCAAAGGCAAACCCAUCCCUAGUGUUACUUGGGCUAAGCCUGAUGUAGACCUUAGAGUUCGCGCUGUAAUUGACACCACAGAUACCUUUACUUCCAUCACCUUAGAAAAAGCAACUCGGAAUGACUCUGGAAAAUACACUGUCACUCUAUCCAAUGUAGCUGGUACCUCCUCCUUGACGCUCAUUGUCCGUGUUUUGGACUCACCUGGGCCUCCUAGUCAUAUAGAGGUCAAGGAAGUCACAAAGACCUCUGCUACUAUAACCUGGGAUACUCCUGAGAUUGAGGGAGGAGGACCAGUCAAGAAUUACCUUAUUGAUUACCGUGAGGCUAGCAAGAAAGGCUGGACUAGAUUGACUGACACAUGCCACAGACUGACAUACAAGGUGGCAGACCUGCAGGAGGGAGAAGUCUACUACUUCAGAGUGACAGGCGAGAAUGAAUAUGGUAUUGGUGUUCCUGCUGAGACCAAAGAGGGGACCAAGAUCACAGAAAAACCAAGUCCACCACCAAAACUGGGUGUAACGGAUGUGACCAAGGAAAGUGUGUCCUUGGCUUGGGCCAAGCCAGAACAUGAUGGAGGCAGCAGAAUUACUAGCUACCUGGUAGAAGCACUGGAGAAUGGACAAGAGAAGUGGGUUAAAUGUGGUACAACAAAGUCCAUCCACUUCACAGUGUCUGGUCUGAGGGAGAAUGCGGAGUACUUCUUCAGAAUCAGAGCUGAGAACUAUGCUGGAUUCAGUGAUGCUAAGGAAAUGAUUACUCCUGUAGUGGUCAAAGACCAGCUUGAAUCUCCUGAGAUCAACAUGAAGGACUUCCCCCACAAUACAGUAUAUGUUAGAGCUGGAUCUACCCUAAAAUGUGAGAUUCCAUUGACAGGCCGGCCUUUACCUAAAGUGACUCUGUCCAAGGAUAAUGUGCUGCUCAAAUCAACAAUGAGGUUUAACUCAGAAGUCACUCCUGACAGCAUCAAGAUUAGUGUGCGUGAGAGCAUUGCAGGAGACUCAGGCCGCUAUGAUAUUAUUGCCUCCAACUCCAGUGGAACCACCAAGUCCUUUGUAAAUAUUGUGGUUCUUGACCGCCCCAGUGUCCCACUUGGACCAGUGGAGCUGUAUGAUGUCACAGAAGACAGUGUAAGCUUAAAGUGGCUCCCACCAGCAUAUGAUGGUGGCAGUCCCAUCACCAACUACAUCAUCCAGAAGCGAGAGACAACUACAGCCAACUGGAUGGACGUGUCUUCAGCUGUGGCCCGUUGCACCAUGAAAAUUAUGAAGCUGACCACUGGCCUGGAGUACCAAUUCAGAAUUAGGGCAGAGAACAGAUAUGGAAUCAGUGAACAUAUUGACUCCCCAGCUGUCGCUGUCAGUCUUCCUUACACUAUACCAGAUGUGCCAUCAACUCCAGAAAUUACUGCUGUAACCAGGGAAAGCAUUACCGUUGCAUGGAAGGAGCCAAAGUCAGAUGGAGGCAGCCAUGUGUUUGGUUACCAUCUCCAAAUGAAAGACAAAAACAGCAUCCUUUGGCAGCGAGUCAACAAAACAGUGAUCCGUGCUACACACUUUAAAGUCACCAACAUAAAUGCUGGACUUAUUUAUGAGUUCAAGGUAGCAGCAGAAAACUCUGCUGGAAUUAGUGCCUUCAGCAAGAUUUCUGAUGCUGUAUUGGCUAUUGAUGCCUGCGAGCCACCCCUAUACUUGCGUAUAACUGACAUCACUAAGAACUCCAUUAGUCUGGCCUGGCAGAAGCCUGACUAUGAUGGUGGAUCCCCAAUAACUGGUUACAUCAUUGAGAAGAGAGAGGGUGUUAGCCCCAAAUGGUCUAAAGCUAACCUCACCAAUAUCACAGACACCCGCUUCAUUGUUACUGGCCUCACCCAGGAUGAAACAUAUGAGUUCCGAGUCAUGGCAAAGAAUGCAGUUGGUUCAGUGAGCAAUCCGUCUAUCACUGUGGGGCCAGCCACAUGUGUGGACACUUAUGGUGCCCCAGAGAUUGAAAUACCUCAGGAGUAUCUUAAUGAGGUCAAGCACAAGGCUGGCUCUAAUGUGGAACUCAAAUUUAAUAUAAGAGCCAAACCUGCUCCCAGUAUUGAGUGGUUUAAAGAUGGCAGAGAGCUUAAGCCUACUUCUCAGCUCUCUUUUAAACACACUUUCGAGUCCACAAGUGUGUUCGUGAAGGAAACAACUCGUCUUAACUCUGGAACCUAUGAAGUCAAGGUGAAGAACUCCCUCGGAUCUUCAUGUGCCAUUGUCAGGCUGCUCAUUCAAGAUAAGCCAGGCCCACCUGCUGGAGAGAUUCAGUUUAAGAAGGUGACAGCUGACAACAUCACCAUCAUGUGGUCACCACCUGCUGAUGAAGGUGGUGCCAUGGUGACACAUUACAUUGUAGAAAAGCGGGAGACCAGCAGGGUAAUGUGGUCGAUUGUCUCAGAGAAACUGGUUGACUGCAUUGUGAAUGUGCCCAGACUCAUAAUGGGCAAUGAGUACAUCUUUAGAGUCCGUGGAGUCAACAAGUAUGGCAUUGGAGAGCCACUGGAGUCUGAGCCCAUUAUUGCCAAGAAUGCAUUUGUACCUCCCAGCGAGCCAUCUAAGCCUAAAGUUACUAUGAUCACUAAGUCUACCAUGACAGUGACCUGGGAAAGACCAGCGUUGGACGGAGGCAGUGAUAUUGAUGGCUACUAUCUAGAGAAAAGGGAGAAGAGGAGUCUGCAAUGGUUCAAGGUGGUGAAGGGCACUAUCAGAGACACCAGGCAGAAAGUGGCUAACCUGGUGGAGAACAAUGAGUACCAGUACAGAGUGUGUGCUGUCAACAAGGCUGGAGCAGGGAACUACUCUGAACCUUCUGAGCUCUAUAAAGCCUAUGACCCAAUAGAUCUACCAGGUGAACCCACUAAGCUGCGUGUGGUUGACUCUACAAAGACAUCUAUCACACUUGGAUGGGAGAAGCCCGUCUAUGAUGGUGGCAGCGAAAUUACACACUAUAUUUUAGAGCAGAUGAAUACAGAGGACAAAGAAUGGGUGAUUACCAACCCACAAGUCAAGACAUGUGAGUAUGUCGUGUCCCACCUCAAACCUGGCAUCUACUACUUCUUCAGAGUAUCUGCUGUCAACUGUAAAGGCAAAGGAGAAGACAUCAAAAUGUACCAGCCUGUGCAAGCCAAAGAUAUUUUAGAGGAGGCUGAUCUGGACUUGGAUGUUGCUAUGACAACUCAAUACACAGCAAAGGCUGGCCGUGAUGUGGAAGUCUUUAUCCCCCUGAAGGGUCGUCCUACACCAAAUGUCACCUGGCGCCGUGGUGACCGUAACAUGGCUGGUGAUAACCGCUACACAGUCACAAGCACUGAAAGAGCUACCACACUCCUCAUCCCCAAGGUCACCCGUGAUGACUGUGGAAAGUAUGUGCUGGAAAUUGAGAAUGGUGUUGGAGAACCUAAGAUAGUUACUGUUUCCCUCAAGGUUCUGGACAGUCCAUCCACCUGCCAGAAACUGAUGAUAAAGAAUGUCACAAGAGGAAAGCUGACACUAAGCUGGGAGCCUCCGCUCAUAGAUGGUGGCUCCCCUGUGACUAAUUACAUUGUCGAAAAGAAGGCCUCCACUAUGAAAGCUUAUCAAGUGAUUACUGAUGAGUGUUUAAAUACAAGUUACAAGGUGUCAGGGCUGGAGGAAGAUAUAGCUUACUUCUUCCGUGUGUCUGCUCAAAAUGAGUUUGGUGUGGGUGACCCUUGUGAAACCACUGAUGCUGUCCGAGCAACUGAAACUCCAGGAGCUGUUAAAGACCUAAUAAUGGUGGACUCCACAAAGAACUCUGUCACCCUUCAGUGGAGCAGACCUGACCACGAUGGUGGCAGCCACAUCACUGACUACAUCAUUGAGAAGAGAGCCCAGGAUGAAGUCAAAUGGACUUUAGCUGCUAAAUGCAAGCGGUGCAGCUGUGAAGUGACGGGACUCAAGGAAAAUGCUAUCCUGGAUUUCAGAGUGUUUGCAAAGAAUGAGAAAGGCAACAGUGACUUCUCCCAAAUUGGUCCGAUCACAGUGAUGGACCUCAUCAUUCCACCUGAAGCCAAACUGAAUGAUUAUCCCAAUGGAGAGCUUGCUGUUCGUAUAGGUCAAAACAUCCAUAUUGAGUUACCAUUCAAGGGAAAACCAAGACCUACAAUCAGCUGGCUAAAGGAUAAUUUCCCACUAAAGGAAAGUGAGAAGAUUCGCUUUAGGACCACUGACAACAAGACUUCAGUUACAGUCAGAGGGGUUAAGAAAGAACAUGCUGGACAAUACACCUUGGUUCUGGAUAACAGAGUCAUUAAGAACUACUUUGACAUCAAUGUGAUCACUCUGGGACCCCCUUCAGUCCCUACUGGCCCCAUCCGUUUUGACGAGAUAAAAGCUCAGAGUAUUAUUAUCUCCUGGGAUGAGCCGAAGGAAGAUGGAGGUGGCGAGAUCACCUGCUACAGUGUGGAGAAACGUGAAACCUCCCAGGCCAACUGGAAGAUGGUCUGCUCCAGUGUUGUCAGGACUACCUUUAAGAUUCCUAACCUGGUCAAAGGAACUCAGUACCAGUUCAGAGUCCGUGCAGAAAAUAAGUAUGGGGUCAGUGAGCCACUCAUCUCUUCAGAUGUUGUUGCCCAGCACCAGUACAAACCUCCAGGUCCUCCAGGAAAACCAGUUGCCUACAACAUCACCAGUGAUGGUAUGUCAAUAAAGUGGGAUGCCCCAGAUUUUGACGGGGGUUCCCCAGUCUUAGGUUAUCAUGUCGAGAAGAAGGACAGGAACAGCCUCUUAUGGCAGAAAGUGAAUUCCACAACCAUCUCUAACAGAGAGUACAGGAUAAUUGGUCUUGUGGAGGGUCUGGAGUACUCCUUUAGAGUCUAUGCAGAGAACAAUGCCGGACUCAGCCCUUGCAGUGAGCAGAGCAAACAUGCACUCGCUAUCUCCCCUGUUGAUCCACCCGGUACCCCAGUCUGCAUUGAUGUAACCAGAGACUCAGUCACCCUCCAAUGGGACAUUCCCAAGAGGGAUGGUGGAAGCAAAAUUGUAGCCUAUAGUGUGGAGAGGCGUCAAGGCAGAGGCAAAUGGCUACGGUGCAACUUCACUGAUAUCAGUGAGACCCAGUUCACUGUAACUGGUCUCUCACCUGGAGAAAGAAUUGAGUUCAGAGUGAUUGCCAGGAAUGCUGUUGGCACAGUCAGCCCACCAUCCAACUCCUCUGGAUACAUAAUGACCAAGGAUGAGAGCAUUGCUCCUGAGAUUGAGUGGUCUCCAGACCAGGUGCUCACCCUGAGGGCUGGAGAUAACGUCAGUCUCAGCUGCAAAAUCACCGGACGUCCAGUCCCACAGGUUCUUUGGUACAAGGAGGGUAAAGAGAUCGACAAGAGGACUAUGAUUGACAUUGAGAUUACUACUGGCAUUGGCACCAGUAGUCUGUUUAUUCGCGAUUCUAACAGGAACCACCGUGGAAUUUACACUGUAGAGGCCAAAAAUAGCUCUGGAACCAGGAAAGCUGACAUUAACGUUAGAGUCCAAGAUACCCCUGGACCCGUCGAGGGCCCAAUCCGUUUCACAGGCAUCACAGCUGAGAAGUGCACUGUGUGGUGGAGCCCACCAGAGAACGAUGGCUGUGCUGCCAUUUCUCACUAUGUGGUGGAGAAAAGGGAGACAUCCAGGAUCACUUGGGCCUUGGUCACCUCCAAGUGUGAAGCUUGCUCUUAUAAUGCCACCAACCUCAUCAAAGGCAAUGAGUACCAGUUCAGAAUCUCUGCUGUCAACAAGUUUGGUGUCGGAAAACCACUGGACUCUGAUCCUAUAAUUGCGAAGAUGCAAUACACUGUUCCUGAUGCCCCUGGUACACCAGAUGCCACCCAUGUUACUGGAGACAGCAUAACGCUGUGUUGGACCAGGCCACGGUCAGACGGAGGCAAUGAGAUUAAAUGCUACAUCCUAGAGAGGAGAGAGAAGAAGAGCUUGCGCUGGCUUAAGGUCUCCUCCAAGAGGCCCAUUACAGAGUUAAGGCACCGUGUGACCAAACUUACUGAGGGCAAUGAGUAUGAGUUCCGUGUUAUGGCUGAAAAUGGAGCUGGUGUUGGACCAGCCAGCAGCACCUCCAGGCUCUUCAGAUGCAGAGAACCAACAAGCGCUCCCAGUGCUCCCACUGUAAUCAAGGUCAUUGACUCCACUAAGUCCUCUGUCACCCUGGAAUGGACCAAGCCAGUCUUUGAUGGUGGCAUGGAAAUAAUUGGCUACAAUAUAGAUAUGUGUAAGGCCAGUCUGGAGGAGUGGCACAGAGUCAACAGACAGAUUUGUAUUCACACCAGGUAUACUGUCACAGGUCUAGUACCUGGAGAACUCUACAAGUUCAGAGUCAGUGCUGUAAAUGGAUCAGGAGAGGGCGAAGCAUCAGUGAUGCCAAACCCUGUUCAGUCUUUGGACAGACUUACAUCUCCUGAAAUUGAUCUUGGUCCUGACUUCAAGCAAACUCAUAUUGUGAAGAAUGGAGGCACUAUAACCCUACAUAUUGCUUUCCGAGGAAAGCCAGCUCCUCUAGCUACGUGGUCUAAAUUAGACAGUGAGCUUCCGAUAAUGGCUGAUAUCAACACCACAGAUUCAUUUUCCACUCUGACCAUAGAGAACUGCACCAGGUAUGAGGCAGGCAAAUACACCCUGUCCCUGGAGAACAACAGUGGGCGCAAAUCCAUCACAUUCACUGUUAAAGUACUGGAUACUCCUGGACCUCCAGGAGCCAUAACCUUCAAAGAUAUUACUCGCGGAGCCUUGACAGUGAUGUGGGACGCUCCUGCCACUGACGGUGGAUCCCGAAUCCACCACUACAUUGUGGAUAAGCGUGAAGCAAGCCGCCUUGCCUGGCAAGAAGUCAGCACCAAGUGCUCACGGCAGAUGAUCAGAGUAACUGGUCUGGAAAUUGGUGUACCGUAUUUGUUCAGAGUGAUUGCUGUUAACCAUUAUGGCCAGGGAGAACCAAAAGAGAUGACUGAGCCUAUAAUUGCCACAGAAGAACCUGCGCCACCCAAGAGAUUGGAUGUUGUUGACACAACCAAUUCCACAGCCUCACUGGUAUGGCUAAAACCCGAGCAUGAUGGAGGCAGCCGCAUUAGAGGCUAUAUUGUUGAAUUCAGGGCUAAGGGCACUGACCACUGGGUUGUUAGUGGAGAGACUAAGUCUCAGAAGAUGUUGGUAGAGGGUCUGAUUGAGAACACAGAAUAUGACUUUAGAGUGAAAGCCAAGAAUGAUGCUGGAAUUAGCGAACCUCAGGGCACCUUUAGCUCUGUGGUCAUAAAGGAGCCUUGCAUAGAACCAACUGCUGAUCUCAGCAGCAUCACCAACCAGCUCAUCACUUGCAAGACUUCCAACACCUUCACAAUUGAUGUCCCUAUCAGUGGCAGACCUGCACCUAAAGUUACCUGGAAACUGGAAGAGAUGAAGCUGAAGGAGACUGACAGAGUCUCCAUUAAGACCUCAAAGGAAAGAACCAUUUUGGUAGUGAAAGACAGCAAGAGAAGCGACAGCGGCAAGUACUACCUGACACUGGAGAAUGCUGCUGGUGUGAAGACAUUCACAGUGACUGUGGUCAUAGUUGGCAGACCAAGUCCACCCACAGGACCAGUAGAAAUUUCUGGAAUCUCUUCAGAGUCCUGCACCCUUUCUUGGUCUGAGCCAGCUGAUGAUGGUGGUACUGACAUCAGCAACUACAUUGUAGAAAAACGGGAAUCUGGCUCUGCUUCUUGGCAAGUGGUGAACUCCAGUGUGAAGAGAACCACCAUCAAAGUCACACAUCUCACCAAAUACAUGGAGUACACAUUUAGAGUCUGUGCUGAGAACAAGUUUGGAGUCAGCAAGUCCGUUGAGUCUGCCCCUGUUGUCAUUGAGCAUCCAUUUGUUCCACCAAGUCCUCCAACUCGCCCAGAUGUGAUAUCUAUAUCUGCCAAUGCCAUUAGCAUCAAAUGGGAUGUUCCAUAUGCUGAUGGUGGCAGCAAGGUGACAGGCUACUGGAUUGAGAAAAAGGAGAGGAACACGAUCCUGUGGGUGAGGGAGAACAAGCUACCCUGCCUGGAUUGCCAAUACAAGGUCUCGAACCUGAUUGAGGGGCUAGAGUAUCAGUUCAGGGUGUAUGCCAUGAACCUUGCUGGGCUCAGCAAAGCCAGCGAAGCCUCCAGACCUGUAGUGGCACUCAAUCCUGUUGAUCCUCCUGGCAAACCCGAGGUGACAGACAUCACCCGCUCUUCUGUGUCAUUGUGCUGGACGGUGCCCUUCAAUGAUGGUGGCAGUAAGAUCAUUGGUUAUGUGGUGGAGAGAAAAGUCUACAGCACAGAUGAGUGGGAUGACAACCGCUGGCUCAAGUGCAACUAUACCACAAUCACAGAGAACUACUUCACCAUCACAAACCUAGGUGAAGGAGAGACCUAUGAAUACCGUGUCGUUGCCAAGAAUGCUGCAGGUGUUCAAAGUGUCCCUUCAGAGACCACUGGACCAGUCACAUGCAAGGAUGAAUAUUCUCCUCCCAAAGCUGAACUUGACAGCAAACUGAUAGGUGAGACUGUCACUGUUACUGCUGGUUCUGACCUUGUCUUGGACGGUGCUGUGGGUGGUAAACCAGAGCCUACAGUGUACUGGUCAAAGGGUGACAAGAUUUUAGAACUUGGAGAAAAAUAUUCACUGACCUACACUGCCACUAGAGCCAUGGCUGUCAUCAAGAGCUGUGACAGAUACGACACAGGUAGAUACAUUCUAACUGUCAAGAAUGCCAGUGGAAUUAAGACGGCAGCUGUCAGCGUUAAAGUUCUAGACACUCCUGGAGCUCCAGCUGAUAGGAUUGUAAUCAGCAGAGUCACAGAGGAAAAAUGUACAGUGUCUUGGAAGAUACCUCUGGAGGAUGGUGGAGACUCUGUCACCCAUUACAUUGUGGAACGUCGUGAGACCAGCCGCCUCAACUGGGUCAUCAUGGAGACUGAGUGCAAGACCCUGUCAUGUGUCAGCACUAGGUUGAUCAAGAACAAUGAGUACAUCUUUAGGGUUAGAGGUGUCAAUAAGUAUGGGGCUGGAGUUCCUUUGGAAUCUGAUCCCAUCAUCGCCAGAAACGCUUACACAAUCCCCUCCCAGCCAGGCACACCAGAGGUGACUGCAGUGGGUAAGGAGCACGUUAUCAUCGAGUGGCUGAAGCCUGAGAGUGAUGGAGGAAGCGAGCUCAAAAACUACAUCGUUGAAAAACGAGAGAAGAACAGUAGCAGGUGGACUCGAGUGAAUAAGACCUACACCAUCUAUGACACCCGCCUGAAGAUCACAGGCCUACUGGAGGGAAGCGAGUACCAGUUCAGAGUUACAGCAGUCAACUCUGCUGGAUACAGCCAGCCAAGUGACACCUCAGUAUACAUCCUCUGUAAAGACCCCACAUACACCCCAGCUCCUCCAUCAGUGCCUCGCAUCACAGACACAACGAAACACAGCAUCACCAUGACUUGGACCAGGCCCAUGUAUGAUGGUGGAUCAGAUGUCACCGGCUACAUUGUGGAGAUCCUAGAGGAGGGUUCUGAGCAGUGGUACCGUGCCACUGCCAAAGCCCUCAAGACUAAUGAGUAUGUGGCUGCUGGUUUGGCUGCCAAUAAGAAGUACAGAUUCAGGGUUGCUGCCAUUAACAGCAAUGGGACUGGAGAGUUCAGUGAACCAAGUGCUGAAAUUGAACCACUUGAGAAAAUUGAAAUACCCGAUUUGGAGCUGGCUGAUGACAUAAAGAAAACAGUGUGCCUCCGCGCUGGAGGUACUCUGCGCCUAUUUGUGUCUGUCACUGGUCGUCCGACGCCAGUAGUGGCCUGGAGGAAGACGGGGGUGGAACUACAGAGCCGUGGUUAUAUUGAGACUACUGACAAGUACACAUCACUGGUAGUAGAGAAGGUUGAUCGCUAUGACUCUGGAAAAUACAUUGUAGAGGCAGAGAACCCAUCUGGAAAAAAGACUGCCAUCAUCCUUGUUAAAGUCUAUGACACUCCUGGUCCUCCAUGUUCAGUGAAAGUGAAGGACUACACCAAGGAAUCUGUUGUGAUCACCUGGGAUGUCCCAAGCAUUGAUGGUGGUGCUCAUGUCAGCAACUAUAUUAUAGAGAAGCGUGAGGCCAACAUGAAGUCCUAUAAGACUGUUACCACUGAGUGUAGGAAAACACUGUACAGAAUCAGUGGACUGGAGGAGGGUGUGUACUACUUUUUCAGAGUCCUGCCAGAGAAUAUCUAUGGUGUCGGUGAGCCCUGUGAGACAGCGGAGGCUGUGCUGGUGUGUGAAGUGCCCUCAGUGCCUGUGAAGCUUGAGAUUGUUGAUGUUUCCAAAUCUUCUGUCACCCUGCACUGGGAGAAGCCUUUGCAUGAUGGUGGCAGCAGAUUGACAGGCUACAUUAUUGAGGCCUGCAAAGUAGGCUCCGACAGAUGGAGUGCUGUGGCGACAGUUAAGGCCUCAGUAUCCCAGCACACCAUCCAGUCUCUGACAGAAAAUGACCAGUAUCUGUUCAGAAUCCGCGCCACGAACAGCAGGGGAGCCAGUGAAUCCACUGACAUUGUCACUCCAGUGAUCAUCCAAGAGAUCAAGGUUAUGCCCAAGAUUGACAUGACAAGUAUCCCUCAGAAGAUAGUUCAUGUGAAUCGCGGCAAACCCAUUGACCUCAACAUCCCAAUAAGGGGCAGACCACAGCCAGUCUGCUCGUGGUACUUUGGUGGUGUGAAGCUGAAGGACACCCUGGACCGCAUCAAGAUUGACAGCACCAGCAAAUAUACCCAUCUCGUCAUCCGUGAGACGACCAUCUCUGACACAGGAGACUACACACUAGAGGUGAAGAAUACCAUAGGCAUGGCAACUGAAAUUAUCAAGGUUAUCAUCCUGGACAAACCGAGUAUUCCUAUGGGUCCAGUAAAGAUCGAGGAAGUCGACGGUGUUUCAGUGACAGUUAGUUGGCAACCUCCAGAGAAUGAUGGUGGUGCCAAUGUCAGCGGAUAUGUCGUUGAGCAGCGUGAUGCCCACCGGCCUGGCUGGACCACCAUCUCCGAGUCUGUGACAAGGCCUUGCUUUAAAUUCACUAGGCUCUCUGAAGGAACUGAGUACGUGUUCCGUGUUGCAGCCAUGAAUCGUUUUGGCAUUGGUGGCUUCCUGCAGUCUGAUGUGGUGGAAUGCAAGAGCGCCAAGACCAUCCCUGGACCCCCAAGCAGGCCAGAAGUGCUUGAUGUCACCCAUGAGGGCAUGACCCUGACCUGGAAACCACCUGAGGACAAUGGUGGCUCCACUAUUGCGGGCUAUAUCAUAGAACGGAAAGAGGCCCAUUCUGACAGGUGGUUGAGGAUCAACAAAAACCCUGUUACUAUGACCAGGUACCGUUCCUCCGGACUGAUUGAGGGCCUGGAGUAUGAACACCGUAUCACAGCCAUUAACUCUAGAGGGGCUGGGAAACCCAGCGAGAGUUCUGUCAUUACCAUCGCUUUAGACCCCAUUGAACCUCCAGGUCCUCCAGUUCAGGCCAGAGUCACAGACACUACCAGGACUUCUGUUUCUCUAGCUUGGCUUCCACCAGAAGAGGAGGGUGGUUCUGUCAUUACUGGCUACUUUAUUGAAAUGCAGAAGGUAGACCAGCUGGAAUGGACACUGUGUAACACAACUCCCACGAAGAUGUGCGAGUACAUCAUCACCCACAUGCCACAGGGGGCUGAAUACAAAUUUAGGAUCAUCGCCUGCAAUGCUGGUGGUUGUGGAGAAGCUGCUGAGAUUCCUGGAGUGGUUAAAGUCCAGGAGAUGCUUGAUUAUCCUGACUAUGAGCUGGAUCCUAAAUAUGAAGAGGGCUAUGUGGUCAGACAAGGUGGUGUCAUCCACCUGUCUGUACCCAUUAAGGGUAAACCCAUCCCUACAUGCAAGUGGACCAAGGAUGGUCGUGACAUCUCCCAUCGGGCCAUGAUUGCUACGCAUGAUGACAUCACUGAGCUGGUCAUCAAAGAGGCGCAUAAAGAUGACACUGGUACCUACGACUUGGUGCUGGAAAACAAAUGUGGCAGGAAGGCUGUUUAUAUCAAGGUGAAAGUGAUUGGUCGCCCAGAUGUCCCAGAAGGGCCUCUGGAAUUUGACGACAUUCAGGCCCGAUCAGUAAGAGUCAGUUGGAGGCCACCAUCAGAUGACGGUGGAGCAGACAUCCUGGGAUACAUAGUGGAAAGGCGGGAGGUACCCAAGGCUGCCUGGUAUACAGUGGAUGCUCGAGUAAUUGGGAACUCUCUAGUGGUGAAGGGCCUAAAGGAGAAUGUGGAGUACCACUUCAGGGUUGCUGCUGAGAAUCAGUUUGGUGUCAGCAGAGCUUUAAAAUCUGAAGAGUCUGUCACACCAAAGACUCCACUUUGCCCACCUGAACCUCCCAGCAACCCACCAGAGAUCAUGGAUGUUACCAAGUCCACAGUUUCUCUCUCCUGGGCCAGGCCCCGCGACGAUGGAGGCUCUCGUGUCACUGGAUAUUAUGUUGAGAGAAGGGAGGUUUCAACAGAGAAGUGGGUCCGCCACAAUAAGACCCACAUCACCACCACCAUGUUCAAUGCCACUGGUCUCAUCCCUGAUGCAGAGUACAUGUUCAGAGUUGUCGCACAAAAUGACAUUGGACAGAGCGAACCUGGUCCUGCUUCUGAAUCUGUAGUCUGCAAAGAUCCAUUUGACAAACCUAGCCAACCAGGAGAGAUUGACAUUGUCUCUGUCACUAAAGACUGUAUCACCAUCCACUGGCUCAGGCCUGAGCAUGAUGGUGGCAAGGAGAUCCUAGGUUACUGGAUUGAGUUCCGACAGGCUGGAGAGAGUGCCUGGAAAAAAUGCAAUAAGGAGCGCUCGAAGGAUCGUCAGUUCACCAUGGGUGGCUUAAUGGAAGCCACUGAGUAUGAGUUUAGAGUCUUUGCUGAGAACGAGACUGGACUCAGCCGACCUCGUCGCACACCUAUGGGCAUCAAGACCAAAUUGAGUGUUGGUGAGGCUCCAGCUUUGACAGAAGACAUCCAAGAUGUAACAACUAAACUUGGCGAGUCUGGCACUCUGACCUGUGGCAUUAUUGGCAGACCUCUGCCUGAGAUUAAGUGGUACCGCUUUGGCAAGGAACUGAUCCAGAGCCGCAAGUACAAAAUGAGCUCAGAUGGUCGAAACCACUCCCUCAGCAUUCUAACAGAUGAACAGGAAGAUGAGGGCCUGUACACCUGUAGGGCAAUCAAUGAGGCUGGAGAGAUCGAGAGCAGUGGUAAACUGCGUUUACAGGCAGCUCCCCAGUUUCACCCUGGCUUUCCCCUGAAGGAAAAAUACUUUGCUGGGGCUGGCACCAGUCUCCGCCUUCAUGUCAUAUACAUUGGCCGUCCCAUCCCACAGAUCAUGUGGUUCUAUGGCAAGAAGCCUCUGAAUCCAUCUGAAAAUGUGAUCAUUGAAAACACAGAGAGCUACACCCACCUCGUGGUGAGGAAUGUUCAGAGAAAGACCAACGCUGGUCGCUAUAAGGUGCAGCUCAGCAAUUUCUUUGGAACUAUUGACACUGUGCUUCGUGUAGAAAUCCAAGACAAGCCAUGCAUGCCUGAGGGGCCCCUAAUUGUUGAAGCCCUGCUUAAGAGCUCAGUUGUCAUCAGCUGGAAGGCUCCCAAGGAUGAUGGAGGAUCAAUGAUUACCAACUACAUUGUGGAGAAACGGGAGGCCAAAGAAGGGGAACAGUGGUACCUGGUGUCCUCCUCUUUGUCUGGAACCACCUGCCGUGUCCUCAAUCUGACGGAGAAUGCUGGCUACUACUUCAGGGUUUCAGCUCAGAAUCAAUAUGGAGUCAGCGAGCCUCUAGAGAUCCCAUCAGUGGUUAUAAUCAAGAGUCCAUUUGAAAAACCUGGCAUCCCACAGCAGCCUUUCAUUAUCAGCUCCACAAAAGACUCUUGUGUUGUCUGUUGGAAGCCUCCAAGCAGCGAUGGUGGAGCUAAAAUCACAAACUACUACCUGGAGAAACGUGAGAAGAAACAGAACAAGUGGAUGUCAGUAACUACCAAGAAGAUUGCAGAGACCAACUAUGAGGUCACAGGCUUGAUUGAAGGCUUCGAGUAUGAGUUCCGUGUCAAAUGUGAGAACAUGGGCGGUGAGAGCGAAUGGAGUGAGAUUUCUGAACCCAUCAUCCCCAAGUCUGACCAGCCUCCUCGCACUCCCACAUUCAGGGAGGAGAUCAGAGACAUGACUGUCAAAUACCAUGCCAGUGCAACAUUUGUCACUAAGGUGUUGGGCUAUCCAAAGCCUGUUGUGAAAUGGUACCGUAGUGGAAAGGAGAUCCUGGCAGAUGGAACUAAGAUCAAAGCGCUGGAGUUCAAGGGAGGCUACUAUCAGCUUGUCAUCACUUCUGCUGAUGAGAAUGAUGCCACAGUUUACCAAGUCAGAGCAACUAAUUCCUCAGGAUCCAUCUCUACCACAGCCAACUUGGAGGUGGAAGUUCCUGCUAAGAUCUAUCUGCCUCAAGAGCUCCAAGGAAUGGGCGCAGUCCAUGCUGUCCGUGGUGAUCACAUCACCAUCAAGAUCCCCAUCUCUGGCAAACCUGAGCCAACAAUCACUUGGCAGAAAGGUCAGGAGAUCCUCUCCAACUCUCCUUAUCACCAAGUCAUCACCACAAGGUCUUUCACAUCCCUGGUAUUCCAGAAGGGAGUCCAGAGGAAAGAUACUGGCUACUACAUUAUUACUGCAAAGAACAGGUUUGGAAUGGACAAGCAAACCAUCGAGGUGAAUGUGGCCGACAUUCCUGAAGCUCCAAAAGGCCUUGUGGUUAGUGAAAUUGCAAGGGAUUCUAUCACUCUUGUCUGGGAGCCCCCUGUCAGUGAUGGUGGAAGCAACAUUAUUAACUACAUUGUGGAGAAGUGCCCCACCACCAGUGAUAGGUGGAUUCGUGCUGGACAAACGACUGACUGUAGUAUCACUAUCAUCAACAUAUUUGGAAAGGCCAAAUACCAGUUCCGUGUUAUUGCCGAGAACCAGUUUGGUCUGAGCCCACCAUCUGAACCAACUGAGCCUAUCACCACAAAGGAAGACAAGUCUGUAAUUAGGAACUAUGAUGAGGAAGUGGACGAAACAAGAGAAAUUACUAAAGAGGAGGCUCUUUUCUACAAGGUGAAGGAGCUGUCCUCAAAGUACAUUAUCUCUGAGGAGCUUGCUCACUGCCAGUUUGGUGUGGUUCACCGUUGUAUUGAGAUUGCCACAAAGAAAACCUACAUGGCCAAGUUUAUCAAAGUCAAAGGAACUGAUCGUGAGUUGGUUUUGAGGGAAAUUGAAGCUCUUAAUGUGGGAAGGCAUAAGAAUAUCAUCUACUUGCAUGAAUACUUUGAAAGCAUGGAGGAGAUCAUCCUUAUCUUUGAAUUCAUUUCUGGAGUUGACAUCUUUGAGCGGCUUGGCACCAGCAACUUUGAGCUUACAGAGCAGGAGAUUGUCAAGUACCUUAGACAAGUCUGCUCUGCUCUCAAGUUCCUGCAUUCCCACAACUUUGGCCACUUUGAUAUCCGCCCAGACAACAUUGUGUACACUACAAGGAAAAGUACCAACAUAAAGAUCAUUGAGAUGGGCCAGGCUAGGCUUCUGGUGCCGGGAGAAAACAUCAGAAUGCUCUUUUCAGCACCGGAGUACUGCGCCCCAGAGGUCCACCGCCAUGAUUUGGUCACAACGGCCACAGAUAUGUGGUCUGUUGGUGUUAUGGCCUAUGUUCUACUCAGUGGCCUUAAUCCAUUUGCAGCAGAGUCUACCACAAAGAUGAUUGAGAAUAUCACCAACUGUGAGUAUGUCUUCGACAGUGAAGCAUUUAAGGAUAUCAGCCUGGAGGCUAUGGACUUUGUGGACAGACUUCUUGUCAAGGACAGGAAGCUUCGUAUGACAGCCCAUGAGGCUCUGGAGCACCCAUGGCUCAAGAUGAAAAUAGAGCAUAUUAGCAACAAGGCUAUCAGGACACUGAGACACAGAAGGUACUAUCAGACUCUGGUAAAGAGGGUUGAUACUAUUGUAUCAGCAGCUCGUGUGGCCUAUGGUGGUGCUUUCAAGAACCAGAGGGGAUUGGCUGUUGGUAAAGUGAAGAUUGGAACUGAGUGCCAUGGCUUCCGUGCUGGCCCAGUCAUGCAUGCCUCAGCUGAAGAAGGUGGUUAUGCAAGAUUCACUUGCAGCAUUGCCAAGCAUGACAAGAGUACACAGGUGUCAUGGUACUUUGGUAACUGCCAGCUACACACAAGCCACAAGUAUGAGAUUACUUAUAGUAAUGGCUUUGCCAGUAUCUACGUAAAGGACAUUGAAGAAAGUGAUGAUGGUGUGUACAGAUGCAAAGUGCUGAGUGAUGAUGGAGAAGACAGUGCUUAUGGAGAGCUUUUUGUCGAGACAGUGAGGAGUAUCAAAGAGUACUAUCUUAGCCGCUCCAUCAAGAAAUUAAGGAGGAGAGUUGACAAGACUAAGCUUCUGCAGAGACCACCAGAGUUCACUUUGCCUCUCUACAACCGCACCUCUUUCAUUGGCGAAGAUGUGCGUUUUGGUGUUACUGUUACUGUGCAUCCAGAGCCUUGCAUAAUUUGGCUUAAGAAUGGUGAAAAAAUCAAGCCAGGUGAUAAUGACAGCAAGUACACGUUCACCAGUGAUAAGGGUCUAUACCAGCUCAUGAUCCAUAACCUGGACAUGACUGAUGAUGCUGAAUACACCGUUAUGGCCCACAACAAGUUUGGAGAAGACAGCUGCAAGGCCCGUCUCACUGUGGCACCACAUCCUGUGACAGAAGAAACUAUGAAGCCCAUGUUCAAACGCCUGCUGGCUAAUGUUGAGUGCAUGGAGGGACAGAGUGUCCAUUUUGAGCUCAGAGUCUCAGGUGUACCACCUCCUACUCUUAAAUGGCAAAAGGAUGGUCAUCCACUACAGUUUGGUCCCAAGGUGGUUGUCAUACAGGAGGACGUUGACUCUCAUGUCCUUCACAUUAGAGAGACUCUACUUGAGGACUCUGGUGUUUACAAAGUUACUGCAACCAACUCUGCUGGCACCGCCAGCUGUCAGGCAACAUUGAAGGUGGACCGCCUUACCUAUACAAGGAGAGAAUAUAGGAGUGAGGAAGAGAAAUACAUGCACAUACAGAAACAAAUUGAAAAGACCAACAAGAUGGCUCAGAAAAUCGUUGCUACUGAGGAGCUUGUACCGCUUAAUCCCACUGCUCAAGAAGCUCUCAAAUAUGCUGCAGAGAUUUACAAGCCAGCAGUGAGCACAAAGAAUGUCGAGGGUGAGUUUGACAUCAAAGAGGAGAAGUCAGAGACCAAGAAGUUGGAGGAGGAGAGGAGGAUCUUCAUGCCCUAUGAAAUUCCUGAGCCUGUGGUUCAUGAUCCCAGAGUUCUUGAUGAGAACAAAGGUAUCAAACUGUUUGUACCUCUGUCAGAUAUGAAGUGGUACAGAAAGCUAAAAGAUCAAUAUGAGAUUUCAGAGAGGAUGGAGAGGAUUGUGCAGAAGAGACAGAAACGUAUUCGUUUGUCCAGAUGGGAACAGUUCUACGUCAUGCCCCUUCCUAGAAUCACUGACCAGUAUAGGCCAAGAUGGCGUAUUCCAAAACUCACUCUAGAUGAUCUGGAGACUGUCAGACCUGCACGCCGCUCUCCCAGUCCUGUGUCAGAGGCGUUGUUCAGAUCUAGGAGGAGAUCUCUGGGAGACCUUAGCGAUGAGGAGCUGAUGAGAACAGAGGAAGAAGAAGGAAUGAUGUUGGAGGAUGAACUGGAGCUUGGCUUUUCUGCCUCACCUGCUGGCAGCCCUGUACGCAUUGAGCGACGUGCCAUGGAGCAUGAGGAAAGAAGGCAGGAAGGUAGACAUGAAACCGUUGAGGUUGCUGAGACAAAGAAGAAACGUACCAUCUCUCAGUAUAUGAGGAGGAGAAGGUCACUGUCACCCACUUACAUUGAGCUAAUGCGUCCAGUUUCAGAACUGAUAAGACAACCACAUGCUAGGCAUCCUGUGGAAGUAGAGGGAGAGAUUGUGGGGAGGAGGUCCCCUACCCCAGAGAGGACCCGACCACGUUCCCCCAGCCCCAUCAAGUCAGUUGAAAGGUCUUCACGCUCCUCUUCGAGGUUUGAGCGGUCUGCCCGUUUUGAUAUCAUGUCCCGUUACGAGGCCAGAAAGGCUGCUCUGAAAUCUGAAAGGAAGUAUCAGUUGGUCAGUCAGACACCUUUCAGUUUGGACCAUGCCCCGCGUGUCACUGUUAGGAUGCGUUCUCAUCGUAUCCCAGUUGGUCAAGAUACAAAAUUCACCCUAAAUGUACAAGCUAAACCAGAGGCUGAGGUCACGUGGUUCCACAAUGGAACGGCGAUCUCUGAAUCCAGUGAGAAAUUCAUCUUUACCAACAUGACUGGUGUCUUGACCAUCACUAUUCUGGACUGUCAGGAAGAGGAUAGUGGCACGUAUCGCUGUGUAUGUUCCAACUCUAAGGGAGAGGCUUCAGACUAUGCUACCCUGGAGGUGUCAGGUGGUAGCUACACAACUUUCUCUUCUCGCCGCAAGGAUGAGGAAGCUCCCAAAGCACAUGUCCCUGAAGUCACUCGAACAGACCACUACCACAUCUCCCACUUCAAAGCUGGCUAUGCUUCACAGACCCACUUUGAGGUAGAAGAAACCAAAUCUAAGUUAACCGAAACACAUGAGGUAUUCACACAUGAGAGAUAUGGCGCCUCCUCUGAAAGGUACUCCUCUGCUGAGAGGUAUGACUCAUCUAUCAAGUAUGCUUCUGCUGAAUACCUGUCAUCUAGUUCCUCUUAUUCAUCUGACAAAUUUUCUCUGAGUGGGAAACACACCAUAUCUGAAGCUAAACUGAAAUCAUCUACCACUGCUGGUGAUGAGGAAGUUUCUGUCCAGAAGGCAAAACUUUCUCUUCCAGCUAGAAUCCUCACUAAGCCUCAGUCUGUGACAGUUGAGGAGGGAGAGACUGUCAGAUUUACCUGUGAUAUUGAUGGUGAGCCUGCACCCACUGUGACAUGGAUACAUGAGAACAGAACCAUUGUCUCAUCCCACCACAUUCAGGUCACCACAACUCAGUAUAAAUCCAGUUUGGAAAUCUCCUCUGUGACAGCCUCCCAUGAGGGCAGUUACACAGUAGUGGUAGAGAAUUCAGAAGGCAGACAGGAAGCUCAUUUUACUUUAACCAUCCAUAGAGCAACCCCCAAGCAGGAAGUUAAAAUAAUCAAACCCCCUGAGCCAUCCGUGAAGUCACCCACUCCCAGUGUAAAGUCACCUGCACCUUCAGCCACAUCCCCUAUUCCCUCCACAACCUCUGCUGUUCCCAGUGUGAAGUCACCAGAACCUAGCACCAAAUCCAUCGAGCCUUCAGUUACAUCACCAGCUUCAAGUAUAAAAUCUCCUGAACCAAGUGCAACAUCUCCUGCUCCAAGUGUGAAGUCCCCAACACCAAGUGUGAAGUCUCCUGAACCCGAGGGGAUUAAGUCUCCUAAGAGCAUAAAGUCUCCUGAACCAACUGCACCUUCUCCUGCACCGAGCUUAAAAUCACCGACUCCAGGUGUCAAAUCUCCUGAGCCUGAGGGACCUAAGUCACCACGAGGUCUAAAAUCUCCUGAGCCACGACUCAAGUCACCACCGCCAACUAAGACCCUGGGGACUGGAAAGUCACUGGAAUCUGAGGAAGUAAAAUCACCCCGGGGUAUCAAAUCUCCAGAACCUACAGGAAUCAAAAUGCCAAGAGGUGUCAAGUCCCCAGAACCUCCUGGACUCAAAACACCAAAAGGCAUCAAGUCCCCAGAACCAGCAGGCAUCAAAUCACCAAGGGCACUGAAGUCCCCUGAACCUGAAGGGAUCAAAUCACCUCCUAGAAUGAAGUCUCCUCCUCCCACCAUGUCCCCCAAGAGAGUUGUAUCUCCACCCACCGUAAAAUCCCCAAUCCCCAAACCCCCCAAGGUCAUGAGUCAGCUAACAGCAGAAGCCUGUGAGGGGUCAGUGAGGAUGUCCUGUGUUUGUGAGAGCUCCGUCAGAGAGGUGGUAUGGUAUGUGAAUGGGAGGAGGCUUUCACAAAGCAGUCGCCUAGAGAUGCACUAUUCUGAGGGUUCUUGCAGCCUUUUGAUCCAUAAUUUAACAGACAGUGAUCAGGGAGAGUACAUCUGUGAGAUGAAAUCAGAAGGAGGAGUAUCCAAGUCUUCUUUCAACUUCACUGGACAAGUGUUUCAGUCAAUUCGCAAGAAGAUUACAGCUUAUUGUGAACAGCAGCUGGGACUUCAAGGAUCAGUAUUGAUGAGUCAAAAGGAGUCAUCGUCAUCCUUGAGUUCAUCGGUGAUGAUGAAGAAAGAAAUCCAUACAAUGGAGGAGUCGUCUGCCUUUUCUUCUACUUCCCAGCAGGCAGUGAUGUCAUCCAUGACGGAUUCCCGCUCCUUCAGCAGCAUGGCAGCUGAAAUGAAGUUUGAGACCAUGUCCAUGUCCAGCAUGUCCUCCGUGUCAUCUGAGGCAUAUGCCAUGAGCUCCAGUAGCCUCAUGGAGAUGGCCUCCCACAUGGAGGGAUCACUUAGAGCUCUUGGUUCUGCUCCAAGGAUUGAAGCUCUGCCAGAGGACAUCAGCAUUGAGCCUGGCAAAGUCCUGACAGUCGCCUGUGCCUUCUCUGGUGAUGCCAGACACAUUGAGUGGUCGCACGACGGCAAAAGGAUUGAGUUGACUGCUGCCGGACGCUUCCAUAUUGAGACCACUGAGGACUUGACCACGCUCAUUAUCACUGGGGUGAAGAAGGAGGAUGCUGGAAGCUACACCCUCAAACUGUCAAAUGAGCUAGGAUCUGAUACAGCAACUGUUCACAUUAGUAUUCGAUCGGUGUAAGGAAAAAAAACAACUCUUCAAAACUUCCCCUUUUUCCUUUUCUCAUGCGUUUUUAUUUAAUCAAGCAAAAGAAUCUACUUGAUAAAGAUCUGGAUUUCUGUUCUUGUAAAUAUGAACUAUUUUUGUAACUAUCUUGACAUUAAUUUUUGCCAAACUAGACUAAAGUCUAAAGGUGUUAUAAAAUGUACCAUAUUGGAUAACUGUGACUUAGGAUUUUUGAUCCAUUAUUCUGUGACAUGUACAUAAUGUAUAUAGCCGAAUUUACCGGUUAUGGGAAGUGUAUGCAUUGUUAUUUAUGACAAUAAUAUUAACUAAAACAAAAUGAAACUGUAUAUGGUUUAACAGGAGAAAGUUCCAACAGGAACGAAUACUCUGUUAAAUUAAGAAACUAAACUUUGUGCCUCAACGAUAAGUUGAAGUCUUAAGAUUGCCUCAACAGGUAGAGAGGCUCCCUGUUGAUGUUAACUCAAUCAGAGACAAAACUAUGAAUACACUGCUUUAGAGAGCAGUGCAUUAGCAUUGUGAAAGCAGUGUGAGAUCCUGAAUGCUGUUUGCAUUUACCCUCAUGUAAGCAGGAUGACUGGACCUCGCACUCCGACUGAUUCUGUCGUACUGCUAUUUCACUGACGUGCUCAGAGUGCAAGCGGCCUGCACUCCCUGAGCACAAGUGUUUCUUUUAUAUUUUGUGCUCUGCAUCUGGCAAACAACCACUGAUGAGACUUUUCACUUGUACCACCAACCUGGCCAAUCACUUUAAAUAAGAGUCCCUCCUGUGCUUGUUUGCAGAAACAGAGCUGUCUCUCGGAGGUAUGCAGUGUGUUUGUGUGCUAGUUUUUAGAAGUUCACCUGUCAGUCAAGGUGGGUGCGGCAAAGCAGAUGUAUGAAACCACCUACUGCUGCGUUCAACAACAAGUCCCACAUGUCGCCCUGCAGUUUAAGGGUUUGAUUGAAGUUUGAGUUGUAGUUUUGACUAUUUUCGCACCCUCCUUGAGUCUUUCCUCCAGUUAUUUCUUUAAUAAAGCAUGAUUAUCAGCACUACA